AUGUCGGUGCCGCCGGCACACUCUGAGGUGAUUACUCACCUUGCGGCCAGCGGACCCAUCUCCUUGCUGUAUGACUGCAGUCAGUAUCAGUGAGUGUGCUGGGCGGCCGCUUAAGCGAUCCAGCAGCACACUCACUGAUAGUGACAGCAGUACAGCUGUCAGCACAGGAGGACUGAGGGAGGGGGCGGAGCUAACUACCAUGCUCCCUUGGAGUUCCCAUAAUUCCCAGCAUCUACACAUCAUAAAGUAAUCACUGUGCCCCUCCCUCAGUCCUCCUGUGACAAGGUCAGCAGGCACACAGAAAAAGAGGGAAAGGGGGACAAAAAGAGGGGUAAUAGAAACACAGGGGAAGGGGGGGGACAGAAACUGAGGUGUAAUAGAGAGACACCAGGUUGGGGGGGACAAAGAGACAGAGGGGUAAUAGAGAGACAUAGGGCAAGGGGGGACACAAACAGAUGAGGUAAUAGAGAGAGACACAGGAGAAUGGGUAAUAGAGAGACACCAGGGAAGGGGGUACAAAGAGACAGAGGGGUAAGAGAGAGACACAGGGAGGAGAGGUGGAAGAGAGACACACAGAAGGUUUAUUGGGGGGGGCAAAGAGACAUACAGUAGGGAAGGGGAACAAAGUGACAAGAUUUAUGGGAGGCAAUGCUGGGCUGGGGAAAAAGAGACAGAGUGGCUGAGAGAAGAGAAAGAGGCACACAGAGUCUGGAGUUAGAAAGAGACACAGAUGAGAUUUGGAUGGGGAGAAAGAGACAAAGUGGCUGGGGCUAAGAACAACACAAAAGGGGCUGGGGGAAAGAGAAAUACAGAGGCUGGAGAAGAGUAAAAAUAAACCCACAGGGACUGGGAUGAAGUAAAAGAUGCACAAGGGUCGCUGUAAGAGAAAAAAAGGAGACAAGAUACACUAAACGAAGUAAAUGUAAUAGACGUAAAUUGAUGUGAUCCUGACAGUAAUACACACAUAUAUAUAUAUAUAUAUAUAUAUAUAUAUAUAUAUAUAUAUAUAUACACACACAUAUAUAUUGAUGUGUGUAUUCGUAACAUAGAAUUAUGCCUAUAAUAUUUACACAUAUAGUAAUAUACAUUUAUAUAUGCAUAAUACACACAUAAAUGUCAUUAAUAUAUAGAUAUAUGUAAUGAGCACGUAUUGGCCCAGUCUUGUUGCAUACUCAUGCACAAUAACAUAUUCAAAGUGAAGAGCGCACCCAUAGAACUUCAAAAUAAACAAUUUCACUUCAUUUUUUUUAGUUGUGCAACUGCAGACAUUCAGCAUUUCAGUACCAUUACUAAAAUGUCCUUAAUAGGCCAAAGUAGUUGUACUGAAACAUUGAUUACAUGCAAAUGUACGUCUACUUAAAAUAAAGGCGCUCUUUUGUUUAUUUUGAAGCCCUAUAUGCGUUCCUUCGUUGGAGUAAGAGUUUUAAAUAUCAAGUUAUUUUUUCACCCUCUAUAUCAGCACACUAUGCUGGCGCAACGCAUUAUUGGGCUGGUAGAGAAUUUUUAGUUCCAGGGCUGCUUUUAGUUCCCAGUCUGGCCCUGGACAAGCUAGGAGCUCACAAGUGCAUCCAUUUUUUAUUUUUUUUUUACAUAUACUUCAUUUAUCAAAGAAUGUAAAUUUAAUUUCAAAAAUUUAUGAAGGGAUCAUUAUAUUAAAAAAUAGUUACAGCACUCCUGACACCGUAACUAUUACAAAGCAAUGUAUAGGUAGUAGAGCUUGGAGUAUUAAUUUAGCUUGUAUAAGUCUGUAUGAUUAUAACCUAUUUAUCCUUUACAUCUCUAUUGCAUUCACAGUUCGUUCUAAGUCUAACAGACCAAGCCAAGUCACCAGCCUGAAAGUGUUUUGUUCUCAGGCCUCCCAUCCAUCUCAGUUUUGGUGGGACAGACCAGAUUUUCAGGUCUUAUCCCACCGUCAAGACUGUUCUCUGGUGUCCUGCUUUUGUCCCCCCAAAAAUAUAGCGCAAGCGCAUCAUUAGAUACCCUUGGCUACACUCAGGGCACCCGGACCCGGAAGAGAGCACUGAACAAUACAUCCAGCAAAAUCUGCCCUCAGUGAGCUGACCUGGGUGAAGGACAGGCCCACCCUCCCCUGCCUCCUGAUUCCCAGGAUGCUAAAGAUGGGAGGUAUACAGUCUGCUAUGUCUGUUUCUAGUCUGUAACCUCUUCAUUGUCUGCAUGCCAAGCUCAUCACUCAACUCUCUACUAAAGAUUAAGACAAAGGAACAGUAAAUGGUAAUGGCACUUGAAGCACAGCAGUAGUCUCCAGACAGGGCUGCCAUCAGAAAUUUUGGGGACCCUAAUACAUCUCAAGUUCUGGGGUCCACCCCCAAGUCCGCCUACACAGCCUGCCUAAGAGUCUAUCCACAAGGAUGAAGUGUGUGUGUAGUGAAUAUGGGGUGUGUAUAGUGGAUGUAGAAUGUGUAAAGUGGAUGAGGUGUGUGUUGUAUAGUGGUUGCAGAUUGUACGUUUAUGUAAUAUAUGUGGUGCUUGUGUGUAUUAGAUGCAGAGUGUGUGUUUGUGUAGUUGAUGUAGUGUGUGUAUAGUGACUGCAGAGUGUGUGUUUGCAUUCACUAUACCCAGGGCCAGAUUAAGAGCCCAGUGGGCCUGGUGCUGACAAUUAAGAUGGGGCCUUAUUACAGAAAUGUCAUGGCCCCCGGCUCGCCGUGAGGUGCGGUCGCACCGGACCAGCGCGCCAACGAACUGAGCUUAUCUGCUCAGCGGCGAGUCGGGAGCCGCUCUGCCGGGUUCUCCCGGCUGCCUGCCCGGGUUCAGGAUGGUGCCGAACACGCUGUCGCAACUAGAUAUAGCUCUGCCCCCCAGGGUCACACACACACGUUCUGCAGUCAGAGGCCAGAGGGAUAUUUAACCUAGGUUAUUGCCCUGUCGUGGUUUUCGUUCCUGGUUCCUGAAUCCUGAGAGUGCGUUUCCUUGUCCGGUUUUUGAUAUUCCCAGUAUUUUGACCUUGGCUAUUCCUGACUAUUCUGAUUCCUUCUUUCCCUGACUUGGCUUGUUAAAUGGUAUUGUAUAUUUCUGGCUCCCUUGACCAUUCUCUGUUUUUAACAGCCAUUCUAAGGACCGGUUUACGUUUUAUCAUUUUCUGUUCGGUCUAUGUAGAUGUUACAUAGUUCUGCGUGCUGGACCACACUAGCAGUCAUGACAAGAAUCUUAUCGACUGUAGACACUAAAACAGUCAUACCUCUCAAGCGUCAAGUAUCUAAUGGAGAUGGUGUUGGAGGGAAACUCAAAGGAUGCAGCUUUAAGAAAACACAUACUCUAUGCUAAUCUCGCUCUAAUUUAUGCUUUAAUCUUUCAAGUAAAUCCAUACCCCCUAACAGCAGUGUCCAGUGAAGCAGGAAGUCAAUGGGGACACUGGGAGAAAUGGGGACACAGACACUAGGGACACAGAGACACAGACACUGGAAGACAUGGGGACACUAAGACACCAGGGACACUGGCUGGGAGGCAUGGAGACAAGCAUGGAGACACUUGGGCACACUGGGAGACAUGGGGACAUUUGGGGACACUAGUGACACAGACACUAGAGACACUGGCUGGGAGACAUAGGGACACUGGGAGACAUGGGGACACUGGGGCACUAGGGGGACUGGCUGGGAGACAUGGGGACAUAGACACUGGGAGACUAGGGGACACUGGGAGACUAGGGGACACUGAGACAAUAGGGACACUGGCUUGGGGACACUGUGUCCCAUGUGUCUCUGUGUCUCAGUGUGUCUCCCAAUGUCCCCAUGUGUCUCAGCAUCCCCAUAUCUCACAGUGUCCCCUAGUCUCCCUGCUGCCUUUACCCCCAUCCUUCACUUACCUGAGCUGUAGGCUGUUUCUGUAGGCUGGGAGCUGCUGUCUGGCCUCUGUGCUGUGGAUCUGUUCCCCUGCAGACCAGUGAGUAGAGAGAGGCAGGGAGUGAUAUGCUGUAACUUCCUAUCCCUGCCUCUCUCCACACACAGUGACGCCUACUGGUUAGUGCUGGUAUUGCAGAGUAAUCUCCAUUUAUACUGAGAAAAAUACCUGCAUUUGUAUUGCCGGUAUUACUGCAAUACCGGCACGGCCAGGCAGCCUCAAAUAUCGGCUGUGCUGGUAAAACACCAGUCAGGUGGCAAACCUAACAGUAGUUUGUGUAAAAAAAAAGUUACAAAAAAAUUUAUUUUCUUUUUUUUUUUUUUUUAAAUGGGCCUAUUCCAUGGGCCUGGGCCUGGAGCUGCAGCUCCAUCAGCCCCUAUGUUAAUCUGGCCCUGACUAUACCCACUUCAUCCUUCACAAACACACACUCUGCAGUCACUAUACCCACUACAUCCUUCACAGAGUGUGUUUGUGUAAGAAUGUAGUGUGUGUAGUGAAUGCAGAGUGUGUGUUUAGUGGAUACAUUAUGUAGUGAAUGCAGGGUGUGUUUGUGUAGUGGAUGCAUUAUGUAGUGAAUGCAAAGUGUGUGUAAGGAUGUAGUGUGUACUGAAUGUAGUGUGUGUAUGGUAGGGAUGUGCAUGGGCAAAAAAUUUGGUUCAGGUCUGCACUUCCGAAAUUCGGGACUUCAGGAAUGUGUUUGUGUAAGGAUGUAAUGUGUAUGGUGACUGCAGUGUGUGCUUGUGUAAGAAUGCAGUGUGCUGUAUUAAUUUUAAAUUAAAAAAAAAAAAUUUACUACAGCAGUUUGUGUGCAGAUCAUGUUUUUUGAGUUUCACUGCUCGAUUCUCUGACAUUUGGGAGUUGAGUCACUUAUGUAUUUGUUUAUGCAGCCAUAGCCACACCUCCUCUGAUUGCGACUCACGGCCUGUAUUGAAAAAAAAAAAAUGAAUUCACUUUCAAUCAGAUUUCUUCUUUAAAAGUUAUUUAUUUUUUCCCUUCCUGUCCUGUAUUCAAGCUUUAUUUACACACAGGAGGCUCCUGCAGGAUCUAGAAAGCUAUUAAAAGAAACCGUAUAGGAAAAAAAUGCAUAAUAUUUGUUCUCCCCCUAACCGUAAACCUACUGUCACAAAGUGCUUUUUUUCUUUAAAUAGUUUUAAAAUGAGCUUUAGAAGUACCAGUUCUGGGGGCGUGGUCUGACCGUCGAUGAGACCAGACGUGCUUCACUAGUGCUCCGUCCCAACGGCGCCAUAAGCAGACAAAAGCGACCUUUUUAAGGCAAUUUCUCCCUCACUGACCUAUACAGGAUGGAAAAGAGACUCCCCAAGAAACAAGCGAAGAGGACCGCGGAGUCCAGCGGCUCAGUUCUUGACCUGCUCACAGCCCAUCGGCACGGACGGGCCGACAGCCAAGAUGGCGACGGAGCAUCUCCACAAGCGUCGCCCGGCGCAGACAAGGAGGCCCUAUCCGCGGAACAAAGCACUGUUCUCGCAAAAUUGGCGGAGGUGAGAUCGUUCCUUGCUGGGGAAAUAGCCAAGUCAACGGCUGUACUGCAGGCCGACAUAAGUGCCCUGGGAGAGCGCACGGCAAAAUUGGAAGACCGCAUGGAAGCGACAACUCAGGCCCACAAUGAGGCAGCCGACCGGAUAAAUCGCAUGACAAUGCAUAUGCUCGACAUGGAUUUAGCCCUAGAAGAUAUGGCUAACCGUUCUCGGAGAAACAAUCUCCGCAUAAGAGGCUUGCCUGAGGGGUCGGAUGAAGACCUGCAGGGGCUCUUAAUGUCAGUUUUUAGGCCGCUGCUCCCACACAUCCCAGAGGAACAGUGGCACAUGGAGAGAGCUCACAGGGCGAUGAAAACGCAGAGGGCCGAAGCCAACGCCCCGAGGGACGUAAUAAUAAAAUUCCUCUAUUUCAAAACAAAAGAGGCCCUGAUGAAAAAGAGCCGUGAUGGGCCGAUCCGGCACGCCGGAGCCACAAUCUCGUUCUUCCAAGACCUGGCUCCCUCGACGUUACAACGGAGGAGAGACUGGCGGCCCAUAACCGGGGCUCUGCGAGGAGCAGGCCUGAAAUACGCCUGGGGCUUCCCUUUCAAGCUAAUGGUGUUCCGCGAGGGGAGAGCUCACGUCCUGUCACCAGGUGGAGACCCGAAGCGCUUAUUCCAGGGCUUGGGAAUCCAGUCCCCCCCAGACCUACCUAACCUGAAGAUGGGUCCGGCGGAGCUUCCACAACUUCAAACGGAGUGGCGCGGAGUGGGGCCCAGAAGCCAGCGCUAACGAAUGGCAGUAUCGUAUUCAUAGAGUCUCGUUCUGAUUGUUUCUUCAGCCCAAUCCCCCUCUAUUUUUGGUGCUGGGGCCUUGUUUCCUUUUUUGUUGGGUGGGGGACGCGGGUGCAGGGCCUCGGCAGUACACGGGGCGCUUGGGGUGGGUCACCAGGUAUGUCACUUGCCCUGCUCUUGGCCAGCCCCAAGAUCCCUAUAUCGCUCAGUGGUUUUGCAGCGCCCCACUACACCUGUUAUACCAGAAGCGCAUUAUCACAUUGUUUGGGUGGGAACGAGGGGGUGGCGGGUCAGUCCCUGGUCUCCCCUUUUUUUUUUUCCUGUUUUUGUCCCGUGGUUCCCCCUCUUUUUUCUUGCCCAUCCCCGCCCUUAGCAGGGAUGCCCGAAGAUCUCCUGGCCUCCCGUCGGGGCCAUUGGGGCAUUUAGGAUCGCUGGUCUCCUUCCCUCACGGCCGGUCGGGCAGACUUGGGGGGUCCCCGGCUACCCUACGGCACCAGUGUACCGGUCCUCGGAACUGGGUCAUAGUCAUUUUCCCCCCCCCUAUUUUUUUUUGUGUGAAGACAUCUGAGAAGGACUAAUUAGGGGUCUUAGUCACCCCAGGACAGUUGUAUUGUACUAUUGUCCUGCUGGUGCGACCACCGGAGCCGAGCAGAGUUAAAUGGAGGACGCGGGAGGACGCGGGAGGGCGCCCCCCCCCUGCCUUUGGUGUUCUUCUCCUUUUUUUGUCUGUCUCUAUCCUGCUCAAUUUUGAAUAGUAUCGAAAAUUGUUCAAACAGAGGGAAGGGAAAAAAAAAAAAGAGAGAGGAAAGGGGGAAAAAGGGAGAGAGGGGGACAAAACGGGGAAGAGGGUACGAGGGAGAGGAGAAAGGUCAAAAGUGGUUCACUACUUUCUAGAUACAUGUAUGCGAGUGGUACCAAAAUGAGUGCUUGAUAUUAGACAACACAAUUCUCUUCACGAGUCAUCCCUACGGGACGGGUCAGACCUGCAAUUGCUACACCAAUAGCCCCUCCCAGAAUAAAGGUGUCGGCAGAAUCCCACAUUCCCUGUCUUAGCUAGCUACACCCCCAUUAUAAACACCCUUAACGUUGGUGACAAGCCCCUCUACAUUUCCGUACAAUACGGCUCUCCCGGGCACACGGCUAGGGAGAUACAGGCUGGGAGUGUACCUUUGUUGGCCCUUUGGCACAAUCAGCUGUUCCCUUGUGCGGCUGCUUGCCCCCUCUGGCAGGUCCGAUGACCGUCUCGUGGGAGGCCGGCCAUGGGGGGCGACCAUACGGACGGGCGGACAUUAACUCGGACAGUAGGGCGGUUUGGGUGUCCCCGGCAGGGAGUGAACGAUGUGGUAUUGGCACAUAAUAGAGUUUUACCUGUUUUCCCAAUGUACGAUUGUGCCAUAUGGUUCUAGAGGUGGACAAUUGUAAUGAGAUGCAGGGGAUUUUUAUUCACGUGUCAGAGAGAACUCAAUGCGAUACACGACCCGUAAUGAACGCACUUAGUUUGAUCUGCCUGCACCACUAUUAUUAGCUUGACUGAUACAUAAGAUAUGGCAUCCCUGGAUGCAUCCCUACGCAUAGUUUAGUACAAUCCCCCAAGCCAUAACACCCAAUCAACCACGGGGGACAUGAACAAUCUGUUGAACGUGAUGAAUGGCUCUUUAAGGGUAUGAGGGCGGGAUGGGGUGGGGGGGGCCUGUAGAUGGGAGAUAGACGGAAGCGGGAAUGAGCGGUCUGAGGGAGAGGGGGGGAGGGAGGAAGAAAGAGAAAGGGACAGUGAAAAUUAAAAGCAAAAAAUAAAAACGCAAAAAUAAUGAAAAAUAAAAAUGUUAUCAAAUGGCAAUAUAUCAAACAAGGACCAAAUGCGUUUUAUGUUACAUAUUGAUCGAGCUGAAUCUACUAGCCCGUAACACGCUUAUUAAAAUGCGAUCUGUAAAUAGUUUCAUUGGAAUAUAGCGUUUCCUCUGUCCCAGUGGUGUAGCAGCGGGGAGGAGGGAAAUGAACGAGGGGUGGCGACCCCGAUAGCACAGGGCCCCGAGCCCAGACAGUUUUAGUUUUUCACUGGGCCCAGGCAGGGCGGAGUUUUUUCGUGAAGGUUCCACGGACAGCAUCAGAACACAUGGGGGGUGGGGAAGAUACCCCAAAUAGACUGGGUUAUGCGGCUUCCUUAGCGGUUAACAUAGAGGUCCAAGCGAAACACACGUGGCGCCUAUGCGGAGGAGCGCUGGAUCCCAUUGUUCCUCCCAACGUUGAUCGUGGCCGGAAUGAGGGAUGAUGUCCCCCACAAAAAUCUGGCGAAUGGUAAGACCAGAAUUUCAGUUCAUCGGACGGAGUCCGGAUGUAGUUCUUAUUCUCUAUCUUUUUUACUUUCUACCUUUCCUUCCCUACUCUUUACCUUUAUCCUGAGGGGUGGUGGAUGCGGGGGGCAAACAGUGGUCCUUUUUCAGGGACCUAUUGGGGUUCAGGUUGUGUCUAAGGUCAUGAGAAACACUUAUAGCACCAUAACGGCUUCGCCCGAUGGAGGUUAAGAUAAUUUCCCUGAAUACAAAGGGCCUCAACACUCCAAAGAAGCGUCGACUCCUGUUCCGAGAAUUGAAGAGGAUGAGAGCGGACAUUGCUUUUGUUCAAGAAACCCACCUACCUAAACAGGCCAGUUUUCGGUUGAGGGACCACACAUAUGCUGGUUCAUACGAGGCUAGGUCCCACUGUAAACGUAACGGGGUGGCAAUUCUCAUUAGAGGCAGUUGCCCCUUCCGGGAGACACAUCAUGAAGCAGACCCGGACGGUCGGUUUGUUGUUGUUUCAGGCAUCUUACACUCACAUCCCAUCCAUCUGAUUAAUAUAUACGCACCAAAUCAGCCGGACCCAAAGUUCUGGGAAGGGCUACGAGGGACAAUCUCGGGGCUGACCCACGGAAUGAUAUUCUUAGGCGGCGACAUCAAUGCGGUCCCGUGCCCAGCGGCAGACAGGAGCUCACGGGGGGGUAUUCCUAGAUCACAGGGUAGGGGCGGCCAGGAUCGCCUUCUUAAAGACUUCAUGUCCGAGACCAGACUGGUAGAUAUAUGGCGAGCUCACCAUCCGGGGGAUAAGGACUAUUCCUUUUAUUCAGCUCCCAUGGAACGUAUUCUAGGAUAGAUCUAUUCUUAACCAACGCUGCGGGAAUGUCCCGAACGGUAGGGUCACAGGUGGGUAAUAUAUCUUGGUCGGAUCACGCUGAUAUCUCCAUCACAUUAGGCAACCUAUGCGUAGCCUCACCAUGGACAUGGAAAUUGAACACGUCCCUGCUUCGUGACCCGACGAUCCUGGAACAAACUAGGAAAGAAAUAGCAGAUUACUUUGAGAUCAACACCACGCCGACGUGAACGCGAGCACGGUAUGGGCGGCCCACAAAACGGUCAUCAGGGGGACCCUAAUUAAACUGGCCACCAGGAGAAAGAAAACGAAGUACCAGAAACUGGAAUUUUUACUGGGACGACUGAGAUCCCUAGAACAAAAACACCAAACUGAGCCAACAGAGGGCACUCUCAGACAAUUGGAGGCGAUCAGACGUGAAACCCGAACCUUAUUACUUGAUGAUACGGCUAGAUCUAUGACCUGGUCAAAAAGGACCUUUUUUGAAAAGGCAAACAAGAUGGACACCCUCCUGGCCAGGACGCUUCGACCGAGGCAGGAGAGGUCCCAUAUAACUGCACUUAAACACCCAGAUGGCACAACGAGGUCAAACCCAGUUGAGAUAGCAAAGAUAUUCGAGGAUUUCUAUCGACGGCUGUAUAAUCACACCCCAGAUGGGAGUCCCCUUGGGGAGCACGAGGAGGAGUAUAUAAGGCAAUAUCUGGACAGGUUAGGAAUGAAAAAAUUGAAUGGGGAGGUGGCAAACACGUUAGCGGUACCUAUCUCAGAAGAGGAAAUAGAUAAAGCUAUAUCGAGCCUGAAAGGCAACAAAGCACCAGGACCAGAUGGAUUCGAUGGCUCAUACUAUAAAACUUUCAGGGAAGAACUUACGCCUCAAUUGACCCGCCUUUUUGACGAUCUCCGGCAGGGUGGUCAACUAGCCCAUGAUAUGUCACUGGCGACCAUAGUACUGCUGCCCAAACCUGGAAAGGAUCCACUUUACCCCGAGAACUACAGGCCUAUCUCGCUGAUAAAUCACGAUCUUAAGAUCUUAGCAAAAAUUCAAGCAGAUAGAUUGAAUCCGCUUUUGCACUCUAUAAUUCAUGCAGACCAAGUAGGUUUUAUCCAAGGUCGGCAAUUGUUCGAAAACACUAGAAGGAACAUCGACUUGAUUUGGAAACAAGUGACCUCAGAGACCCCUACAUUAGUGGUAUCCAUAGAUGCAGAGAAAGCCUUCGAUAGGGUCAGGUGGCAAUUUCUCUUUCCAGUUUUAAAGAGUUUGGGCCUCCCAGACGAGCACAGGUGCAGAUAUCGGGAGCUCUGCUACAUCCUUUCAAUUUGUACAACGGAACAAGACAGGGUUGUCCACUAUCUCCCCUUCUUUUUGUUUUAGCGCUCGAGCCCUUACUUCAAGCGAUACGCCGGCAUCCGAACAUUGCAGGUGUAAGGGUGGGAGACAAAGAGUUUAAGGUGUCGGCCUACGCAGACGAUGUCCUUUUGACCAUCACAACCCCUCACGAAUCAAUGGUGGCGAUAAAGGAUGUGAUAACGGAAUUCGGUAUGGUAUCAGGUUAUAAAGCAAACAUUCAGAAGUCUAGCGCCCUCCCGAUCUGUCUACCACAAGACGACACAGCUAGAUUACAGGAGACCUACCAAAUAAGAAUGGAGAUGGAUUCUCUGAAGUACUUAGGGAUUAAUCGGACAGCGGACCCCGGACGUCUAUAUUCUGCUAACUAUGCUCCGCUGCUCAGGGAACUGACGGGAGACCUUGACAAGUGGACAGAUAAACCUAUUUCCUGGAUGGGCAGGAUUAACUCGGUAAAGAUGAACAUUCUUCCACGUAUAUUGUUUCUUUUCCAGGCUCUGCCCAUCCGGGUCACAAAGACACAACUGAUUCCCCUGCAAAGAUCUAUAGGAGACUUUAUUUGGCAGAAUAAGAGACAUAGAAUCUCUAAACAGAUCUUAUACAGACGAAAAGAUAGGGGGGGCCUGGGCCUCCCGAAUCUUUACUUCUACUAUCUGGCGGCCCAAUUGACGCAGAUCGCCAUGUGGCACUCCACGCCAGAUGAGAGAAGGUGGGUAGACAUCGAGUCUAUGCUGGUGGGCGUCGAUGUGCCACAGUUUACGAUAUGGGUUCCCAAAGAACACAGACCGAUGAUACGGGUCACAUGCCCGGCGAUCCUAAACUCGAUUUGGAUAUGGGACACAUGUAACACCAAAUAUGGGCUGGCGUCAUCCCCCUCUCCCUUGACCCCGAUCCUCCGCAACAGAGAAUUCCCUCCCGGCAUGGCCCCCAGAAAUUUCCGCAAUAUAGAAAGAACGGGUCUACAACGGCUACAUCAGCUCUAUCAAAACGGGGAGUUUAUACAAUUUGCAGACCUGCAAUCGGGUAACCAUCUAACCCCCGCGGACUUCUUCAGGUUUGUCCAAAUUCGGGAUUUCGCGAAACAACAACAUAUUAAAACUGCUGCCCUGGGGAAACCCACCUUCUAUGAGAAGUUAUGCUCCGACGGGGUUACCCCCAAGGGGAUGAUCACGUUAAUAUAUGCACAUCUUAGUGAAGAAAAUAGAGAAUGGGGAAGAUUGUCUUAUACGGCCCAAUGGGAGACCGACCUCGGGGAGGUUCUAGAGGGGGUAGAGUGGCAGGAGAUAUGGGAAGCGAACGCUAAAGUCUCAAUAUGUGUCACCCUCCAGGAGCAGUCUUGGAAAACUAUGUUUCGGUGGUACACUACCCCAAUUAAAUUACAUAAAAUGCACAAACUGGAGACGGACGAUUGCUGGAGGGGAUGCGGGGUCCGAGGAUCAUACAUCCACAUGUGGUGGGAAUGCCCGAAGUUGCAGGGUUUUUGGGGAUCCGUGGAGGAUUUGGUAAGACAAACUUUCGACCGGCCCCUAAAACUAGAUCCGUGGAUCUACUUGCUGAACAGAUCGGUGGACUGGUGGACGAAGAGGGAACAGACACUAGUACACAAGAUUACUUUGUGUGCACGUCGCGCGAUUGCGAUAGCGUGGCUCACUCCUGAGGGCCCAGAAUUCUCAGGGGUUAUCUCUAGAAUCAAAGAGUGUAGAAUCAUGGACGAUCUAACUGCAAGGGUGAGAGGGAACACUACGACAUUCCAAAAAACAUGGGAACCAUGGGACAAUAGCAUAAUGGGCUCGAACGAAGCUUGAGAGCCUCACACAAGUGGGAAUGAACUCAUGAUAUCCACAUCCAUACGAAAAGUGACACGUCUGUUAAUGCCAUAACCGUGCUGCCCGCCCCCCCCCCAUCCAUCCUCCCUCCACCUCCUCCUUUGCUUUUCCUUUUUUCUCUGGUUUUUUCUAUCCAAACUUUUUCCUCACCUUUCCUUAUUCUUCUUACUUCUUUGUUUUCCGUUUCUUUAUUCAAGCAGGAUUAUACGGUCAGAGGAUUGAUGUAGCUAAAGUACUAGAGAGAUAAACGUACAUAAAGGCUAAUUGAUUUCCUUAUCGGCCUGCCCUAGGUUAAAAUAACUUACCCUAAUAGACUGGGGGCCCCAAGGUUUUUUCUAGCAGAAAGCGCAUGCAAGGUUCAGGUUGCGUAUUAUAUAUCUACAAGCUAUGUAAUUCCUUGUGGCUUCCAAGUGAGCCCAAGUGUGUAUAUAUACCUGUUUUGUUUAUAGUGAAUGUAAAACCCUCCGUAGACGACAGGUACCAAGGUUUUCUUAAUUCGAGGAAAGGGCCAAUGUUGUAUCGGUGGAUGUACGCUACGUUCUCAAAACUUAUAUCCAAGUUGGCUUCUGCGUAAGCCCCAAAGUUUAUGCAUUCCUGAUGUGUAUAUUGUGCAAACUCAAAGUUUUACAAAAACAGAAAAUCCCUUGGCAGGUAGCCAAAUCAGCUUAUCGUUACCAUAACUUACUGUCUAUGCAUUAUAUUAGCACCUGUAUAACUACAAUUGAACUUGCUUACUAUUCAUCGGGCUUUUGCAUAAGCCGUCAUGUUAAUGUUACCUGACUACUAUUGCCAAGAUGAAAAAAUAAAGAAUUAAAAAAAAAAGAAGUACCAGUUCUAAUCUUAACAUUGAUCAAAUUAUCUGCCGCUACUUUAAUUGUGUGUCAUAUCUCCCUGCAUCCUGUAUUUCAGCCCGACUGUCCACCUCAAACACAGCAUUCAGGCACUAGCACUAGAAUAUAUAUAUACACACACACAUACACACACACACACACACUUCCUCACCAGAUUAGAUAUCAUGUAAUGUCAUAAGUUUAUUAUAAAUAGAGACAAACUGAUAAAUACCUAUAGAACUUUGUGUUAUUGCCAUCUCUUUAUAACUUUAUCUACAGUGGGUAGUGAGGUUGGCUGGCAGGGGAGGGUUUAACACUGGGUAGUGAGGUUGGCUGACCGGGACUGGUAGGGAGGCAGGCAGGCGGGCUGGUUAGUGAGGUGGACUGGCAGGGGGAGGGGUUAACACUGGGUAGUGAGUUUGACUGGAAGGGUAGGGAGGCUGGCUGACUGGGCUGGAGGAUAAUUUAUUACUUGCAUUUCAGGGAGGGUGAGGAGCACAUAUGGGCUGUAGCUCUGUCUCUGCAGUUCAGUCUGUGCUGUGAGCAUUCCUUACACUACUGAGAACAGCAAAAAUUUUACAGCACUUCAUAAAAACUACAGAGAAUUGGAAGAAAAGAAACUAACUACAUGUAUUUCAGCUUGUUAACUUUAAUUUAAGCUUAACUUGUUUAGUUACCUGGAGUGUCACUUUAACAGAGCAGAAGAUAAGAAAUUCUAAAUUAAACAGAAUUUGCAGUAAAGGAAGUGUAAACAUUAGAUGACUGCUUACAGGAAGUGCUGUGCAAGUCGCAUGCAGGUAGGUGUUACUAGGGCUGUAUAGACAAAGUGAUUUGGCUCCUUGAUGGUGGAGAGUUGGGCAGUGUGGCAUGGUCUAUACACCAAAACUGCUUAAUUAAGCUUAUUAUUGCCAUUUAUACAGCGCCAACAGAUUCCGUAGCGCUUUACAGUAUUAUAAGAGGGGGAAUUUAACUAUAAAAAAAAAAAAAAGAAUGUAGUGUGUAGUAAAUGCAGUGUGUGUUUGUGUAAGAAUGUAGUGUGUAGUAAAUGCAAAGAGCGUGUUUGUGUAAGGAUGUAGUGUGUGUACACUGAAUGCAGAUUGUAUGUUUGUGUUAGAAUGUAGUGUGUGUAGUAAAUGCAGUGUGUGUGUGUAAGAAUGUAGUGUGUAUGUUUGUGUAAGGAUGUAGUGUGUACUGAAUGCAGAGUGUGUGUGUAAAUGUUGUAUAAAAUGUAGUUGGAGUGAAAAGCAUUAGUUUUUUUCAUUAAUUAUAAUAAAUUGUAUUUUAUUAACCCCUCCCUGCGUCUUACCUGUGUCCAGGGAGGGGGGAGAUCACAUUCCAUGGUGGUCCGGUUGCAUGGUGGAGUCCCCGGCUACCUGGUUCGGCAGAAGGGGCCCAGCACACUCCAUCUUCACAUCCCAGCAUCUCCUCUCUGUCUAACUCUCGCGAGCCAUGCAGAGCAUUUCCAUGGUAACCUGUGGCGAUGGUCUGAUGGUCGCGGGAUUUAGACAGAGAAUAUCAGCUGGGAAGGGAAAAUGGAGUGUGCUGGGCCCCCUCUGCAGUGAACAGGUAGCCGAGGGCCUACAGGUGCACAUAUAUAUAUAUAUAGCGAUCAUCGAUAGAGAUAUAUAUAUGCACAUAGGUAAUGUGGGGCCUGGGACUCCCUGAGUAGUCCGGGCCCCCCCAGGACCGUUGGGCCCAUGACAACCGUCAUGCCCUGAUGGUGGCCCUGUCUCCAGACAUGGAUGAAACCCAUUACCUAUCAACAUCUAAAAACAAAUAUCAACACAAAAAGGAACACCUCACUAAAUGGGAAAAUAUAAUAUGUGCCAUUCUUUUAAAGAACUUUCCCACGCUGUGUAAAAUGACACAGAUCACUCUGAUUGGUGGAUUUCAAACCAACCAAUCAGAUUGCUGUGACAGGUAACUGUAGAGACUUACCUGUCAGUCUCUUCAUUACCUAUCAGAGCACUCUGAUUGGAUGGCUUAAACCACCAAUUAGAGUGCUCUGAGCCUAAUUGCAGGGCGGGGCAAGGCUUUAUAAGCCUUCCCCCGCCUUGUAGAGCUCAGUCUGCGCAGAGCCCACGCUGGGUUAUUUUUUUUUUUGGGCUAUUUUUUUUUUUUUGGGCGUCGGUUAUUAUGGUUUUUUUAUUUGGCCUUUUUUGGGGCUGAAAAAAGAAGAUUUUAGAAGAAAGAAAACAUUGAAUGAUAAGUUUUAUUUUAUUUUUUCUUUACAGGUACUUAAAGGUCCCCCCCUAAUUAUUUUUAGGAUGAGGGGGGUAGGUAGGGGGAUAUUUUUUUUGGGGGGGGGAGGGGGUGACUAGGGUUGUGGGGACCCUUUGUCACCUGGGGGGGACAUUUUUCUUUAGGGCCCCCAACCACCGGGGUGGGGGCCGGGGGGGGGAAGGACAAUAGGUACCUCCCCUAUUGGUAUUUAGGGCCCCCACCCACCACUCAGGGGUGGGGGCCAGGGGGAGGAGAUUAGGUCCCCCCCUUAUUAGUAUUUAGGGCCUCCACUCACCGCUCACGGGUGGGGGCCAGGGGGGGGGACCUUAUUCCAAUUUAGGGUCCCCAGCCGCCGCUCAGGGGUGGCGGCCAGGAGGGAGGACAUUAGGUCCCCCCUUAUCCCAAUUUAGGGCCCCCACCUGCCACUCAGGGGUGGGGGCCAGGGGGGAGGACCUUAGGUCUCCCCCUUAUUAGUAUUUAAGACACCCCCUCUCUCUCAUGUACACUGAACUUCAUCCUAUUUGUAGAAGACAAAUCAAAUUCGAAAAGAUAAUCUUCUUCAAACCUACGGAUAGCAAAUGUUAUAGCUGUAUUCACCCUCGUUGAUUGAGAAACAUUUCUAUAAUUCCCUUUAACAAAAUGAAGAAGUAUUGUUCUAAAGAGGAAGCAUUUAUAAAACAAGUGGAUGUUACUGGAAAUAUCUACAUGACAGAAAGAACUAAAACUCAAAUGAGUUUAGUUUUUUUGAGUAAUGUAAUAAAGUUUGGAUGACCAAUAUGAAUGUCUGAAAUGUGCCUACAAUUUUACUCCCCAUGCAUAAAUUACCAUGCUAGUGCUCAAACACGUAACCCGUAGACUUGUGCAUUAAUGGUAUUUAGAGGAACAAAUCUAAUUGCUUUUAAUCUGUGGCCCAACAAAUCAACCCAUCCAUGAUUUUCCUGUAUAAAUGUAUUAAUUGCACAAGUCACCAAGUAUAUAACCAUUACCACCUUCAAGGAGGUACCUGUUUUGAUAAAUCUGCCACUCUACAUUUCAGUAAUACUGCUUUCGAUUCAAAUUGUUUAAUUUUAGUUCUCUGUGUAUUGGAUUUAUUUAAAAGGACCGCCUUUUAACUUGAAGUGCUUUAAGUGUGAAGCAUGUCUCCUUUUUUCCCCUAUUAAACAAAAUGUGCAGAUGAUUUCUAGAGAAAAACCUUGUUACACCCCCUGGCUGUCAGACAUCCCCUCUUGUUACUUCCUGGUUUAGUUAACGCAGUUGAGCUAAACUCAAGAGGCAGCAAUAGCCCAGACACCUGCCUUGCAAAGACUUCUCAUUGAGCUGCAUUAGGAUGUCUGUAUUUGGACAGCCACAAACUCUGAGCUGGGUGAGAAGGGGAGGGUUGCAAACAAUAUAUCUAUGUUUUUAGAUAUACAUCUGAGGAGAAAAAAAAAAAAAAAAGGCAUAAUUGAAUGCAUGCAUAUUUUCUUUGGGGUAUGUCUACUAAACAGGAUUUUAUUUUCUUUGUAUUUGGGCAGUGAAGUGCCUAUUAGCCUUUGCAGUAUUGUUGUACAGGCACCCUGCCUGUAUCAUAUGCCUAGAGUCCUUAGGCAAGGACGUGGAAGGAGUAUAGAUUGAAGGCUGAAAAACCAAGAGGUUCUGGAGGAGGGGUGGGGAGGAAUGUUAGGUUGAGUUUCAGAAAAUGAAGUCAUACAAGAUUGCAAAGAGGCAGGUUAAUAAAACAUCGCAGUAAAAAAAUAUAAAGACAUAUACGAGGAAUAUAAUAUAUAUAUAUUUUACCUAAAAAGUGCAUAGGAAUGCAAAGAAACUAAUCAGCUCGCCAAGACAUGCAGUUUAGAACAGAAUAAAACACCAAUGGAAAUGGGUUCUAAACAGGAAGCCACCAGACAAAAAGAGAAACUAAAAGCUUUGGGGAGGUUAAAGGAGAACCAUGAAAGAGCAGAACUUGGUGUGGUCAGUGUGUUAGAUGCAAUAGGGAGUUCAAAUAUUGAAAUCUUUUGGUCAUGAAAGCGGCACUGUCAUGCCGAACUUACCUUUCCUCAAUCUCUUCCUCUUCUCCCCCUCUCUCAGGAUCUGUUCUUCUUUUCUUCCUGUCUUCUUUAGUUUUCUUUAAAAUCAUAAGACAAAGUAGAGACUCUUUGUCUUAUGGAGGAUUCCUCCGCUUGACCAGCUCUGACCAGCGGAGGAGCAAAGUGUGCUUCAUUUCCGCUGGUCAGAGCAAUUUUCCCAUAAUUCUCACCUUCCCUCUGUGUUCCCACGAUGCUUCCUGUCACUUUACAUGAAACUGCCGAAUUGCGUUCUAACUGAAUGAGAAUAGUAUGUUUGUUUCUUUUAGAACGCAAUUCAGCACUUUAUUCGGAUCACAAUUUCAUUCGAAUGAAUGAAACUCUGAUCCUAUUCUUGCUGUGGCUGCAUCUUGCAGCCGUUUAGUAGAUAACUCGUUAAUUCCCACGGUAUCAGAGAGUUAUCUACUAAAAGGCUGAAAGACCUAAAUUGGUCUUUCAGCCACAUUUACUAAUACUGAGUAAAAAUUACUUAGUAAAUAAUAUGCCCCUACUCGCUAUACCGCGAGUAGGGGCAUGUCUGGUAAACAAAAACAAAAAACUAUUGGCCCCCACCCCUAAACGACAGGUGGGGGCCAUAAAGUAAAAUAAGGGGGGAGAACUAAUGUCGUCCCCCCCCCGGCCCCCACCCCUGCGCAGUGGGUGGGGGUCAUAACGAUAAUGAGUGGGGGCUAGUGCCCCCCCGCCCCCACCCCUGGGCGACGGGUGGGGGACAUAAAGAUAAUGAGGGGGGGGACCUUGUGUCCACCCCCCCCGGGCGGCAGGUGGGGGCAAUAACGAUAAUGGAUGGGGGCUAGUGCCCCCCCGGUCCCCAACCCUGGGCGGCGGGUGGGGGCCAUAAUGAUAACGAGGGGGGGGGGGACCUACUGGCCCCCCCGCCGAAUAUAAAAUAAAAAUCCCGAGCGCAAAAAAAAAAAAACCAGACGAAAAAGAAAAAACCCGAGCGCAAAGAAAAUAAUCCGUCUUCACCCAUGGAGGGCUCCGCGCAGACUGAGCUCCGCAGGGCGAGGGAAGGCUUAUAAAGCCUUUCCCCGCCCUGCAAUUAGGCUAAGAAGACUCUGAUUGGUGGGUUUAAGCCAAUCAGAGUGCUCUUUGUCAUUUUACACAGCGUGGGAAAAUUCAAAAGAACUUUCCCACGCUGUGUAAAAUGACAAAGAGCAUGGUGAUUGGAUGGAUUUCGAGCCAUCCAAUCACAGUGCUCUGUGUCAUUUUACACAGCGUGGGAAAGUCCCAAAAAAUUAAGUACAUACACCUAUAUGUGAAAUAUUUACAAAAAAAAUCCUGUCAUUUUCAUAAUCUAAGCAGCACUGGAACAUCACUAUUAUACCUAAAAUAAAAACCUGUACCAUAAGUACAGUACACUUCACAUUAUGUGUAUAGUGAGUGCAGUGUGUGUAAGGUAUGGAGUAUUAGUGUGGAUAUUUGUGGCAUGGGCUGUGUUUUGGUGGGGGUGAUUAAGGUGCAGUUUGAAUAUAUACAUAUUUAUUUAACAAAAAAAAAAGUUUAAGUUUAUUAAGCCCCCCUCUCCCUGCUUCUUGCCCCUGGCCAGGGAGGGGAUACACGACAUUAUGUGAUGGAACUGUGGUACUCUAGAGAUUCCUGCUUGUAGGUCUGCUGGGUGCAAACUCUUCUUGCAAGCCACCACUGUGCAGAAUUGCCAUGGUAACGCAUAACAAUGCUUUGCUAUGGGGAGUGCCUAAUACGUUCAGGUUAAGAUGAAGAAGGCAGAGCGCCGACCCAGAUCAAAACUGGAAAUGAGUUAGUACAGAAAGAGUUUAUUAACUAUAGCGUAAGUCAGGGGUGCCCAAAAUGUAGAUCCCCAGAUGUUUUAAAACUGCAUCUUUCAUAAUGCUUUGUCAAUCUAAAGGCAUGCAAAGCAUCAUGGGAGUUGUAGUUCUACAACAUCAGGGGAUCUAUUUUUUGGGCACCCCUGGUGUAAGUACGUAAUACAGGUUUGUAUUUUUGCAUUUCUAACACUAUAGAAUCCGUUUAAAGUGUACGCUCCAGCAAAAUAAAUGGAGUCUGUGCUUUAACACAAGAAAAUAAAUAAAAAUUAAAUGUAGUUUUACAUGAUCAUAAUUGACUUGUGAACCAGAACAGGAAAUAUCUGUAACAUUGCUACAAUAAAAAAAAUUAAAAAAAAAACACCACACAUGCAAAAUGCUUGGGUCUACCUUCACUCCUGUCCGCCGACGGGUUAGACCUAAUGCGCAAUGGCCGCACUCGCAUUAGAAUUUCCCCAUAGGAAGGCUUUAUACAAUGCUUUCCUGUGGGGCUUUGGGUGACGCUGGACAUCCCCAUGCAUAGCGUGAGUACGUCCAGCGUGAGUUAGGCGACCAAAACUAACAGCCCGGAAGACAGCCACUAGAAGUGGAGUUAAACCUGAAAGGCAAUUAUUAUAAUUUUUUUUUUUUUUUUUUUAAACUACAAUACUUACCUUUGCAGGGUUAAAGAACCUGGGACAGUGCACCCAGACCACUUCAAUGAGCUGAAGUUGUUUGGGUGUCUAUAGUGUCCCUUUAACUCGGCAAUGUCAACACUGCAGUUUCUAUAUUCAUGCAGUUCUAUAUAAAAGAGGUCCAAUGUUUUACCUUACAUUGCUAAAAGGAAAUGGACACUGCACCCAGACCUCUUCAUUGAGAUGAAGUGGUCUGAAUGAUUAGUGUCCUUUUAACUCGCGAAUACAGACUCGCUAUAUAUAUAUAUAUAUAUAUAUAUAUAUAUAUAUAUAUAUAUAUAUAUAUAUAUAAAUAAAAGGUUAAUUUAACAAAUAAAAAAGACUAUUACAACUUUUGACAGGAACAAAAGGUUGAUGAUGUGGUGGGGUAUAAAACAGGAAGGGCAACGUGUGGUCAAAUUGAGUGCAUAAAAGGUACCUGUCCACGAUGGACUAUACCACCUGUCGUGUGCAGUGAGAGUCUGAGGCAGGUGGAAAUUAAUAUAUACACAUAUGAGGUAAAAGGGAUAGUGAGGAAAUAAUUUUUUUUUAUAAAGCAACAAAUUCUGCAGUGCUGUACAAUAGGUGGACUAAUAAACAAGUACAGUAGUUGCAACAAGACAGGUUGGACACAGAGGAACAGAAGGUGCUAAGGGCCCUACUCAAACAAGCUUACAGUCUAAGGGAAAUAUGUAAUACAAACUCAAUCAAUCUACUUAUAACCAUUUUAAAGGAUACAUACAAAUAAAUAUUUAAAAGCUUAUUCUAACAACCAUAAAUUCAGCAUUUUCAUAUAUGUAUUCCUAAUGUUGGUGUUACCUUAAAGGGAUUUUAUAGUGUUAGGAAUGCACUCUAGUUCCCUUUGCCCCCACCUCCAGACAAUUUGCUAAUGAGCAACUACUGUGAGCGCAUUAGUCCCUCCAUAUAGGAAAGGAUUGAAUAAAUGCUUUCCUAGGGGGAUUUUACUGACGUUGCAUGUCCUCAGUCAUGCAGAACGGGAGGAUAUACUGAGUCAGGCGACCUAACGUCCAGUAAGAUCCUAGGAAGGGCCUCUAGUGUCUGUCUGGUGCUGCAAAGCAGUGGAUUACACUGUAAGCCAUGGUCCAUUCAAUUUCAGGGUGAACUCAACUUGGGAGAAAGUUUUGGAGCUCAAGUUGCCCCAACUUGUUCUCAAAGUGAUAAAAUGAUUUACCACUUAUACUACUAAUCUACAAGAAGACAUUGGCCAUCUGAGGAUAACCUGAACAUUGUCUAUAAAAAAGAAAAGAAAAAAAAAGUUGAAGGACAGCCAGCUCAUCAGCAACAGAAAACGCCUGCUGUCUAAUCAGGCUUGGCUUUGUACUGCCUCUCUCCACUAUUGCGUCACAUGUGAAACAGUUCCAUGUGUUCCACCCCUUCCAGGCUCUCAUAUUAUUCUUAGAAAUCCUGCCUUUUCACACAGCCUGCUACCAUCUUAGUUCCCUGCUCAUUGCAGACUGUAGUUUAAAUGCAUCUAUUAAGUUUGUUUCCAUAUAAAUAUUCUCUAGACUACUCAUCAAAACCUGCAAGUAGCCCAAUCCACACAUCCUUAGCCACUUACAGGGGUUAGCACCAAAUUACAAUUCGAUGCUGCGUCAACACUCCUGCUUGUACCCCACCAAACUCCAUUAGGGAGUGCAGCUAAAUUCAGGGGAACUCUGACUGGCAGGCAGCCUGUCUGGUAAAAACAUAAAGCCUUGCGCCCUGUGCAUACUGCCAGCUCAGGGAGGCUGCUGUAUGAGUAUGUGGGCACCAGCUCCAGCAAUACCCGCAUUGAAGGCUCGAGAUACACAGCUCCUGUCUGUGCCCCUUGCAACCUAACCUAAACAGAGGAUGUGAGCGAAAGAGCCGCCGGAGGGAGGGGCUACGGGCGACUCGCCUCCUCGAUUGGCCCAGUCACCGAACGGGCCUGUCCUCCGUCUGGCCAAUGACAGCAGUGUUGCUAGCCUCCAGCUACCACGUAUAGGUGGAUCCAGGUGCCACUUAUCCGUGAGCUGGUUCGGUUUUGCUUAUGUUAAACUGCAGGCAUUAGACCUCAAAUGCAGAGCUGGCUGGAAAGUGACUUUAGCUGCACGAACGUUCCAACACUGGAUACUUUGUAACAUCUCCUGGCGCUCAGUAAGUUUGCUGAGGAUUUGUGGUGAUCCAUGGAGCUUGAUAAUUACCUCUGCGUGUGCGCCUGGUGCUGUAUAUGUGCCCUAUAUUAUAUAUGUGUAUACUGUGUGUGUAUACUGUAUUUAUAUAUAUAUAUAUAUAUAUAUAUAUAUAUAUAAGAUUUAUUUCUUGGUAUGUUGUGGUGAGUGGCUUGUCAGCACAGUAAAGUGCAGCAGACACAUGCGCCAAUUCACCAGACGUUUUUAGAGUUGCACUUGAGAUGGUGCUGGUCCACCUGGUUGUGGCCUCUGCAGAUACUGGAUACGUUAGGAACCGGAUCAGAAUUUUCUGCGUCAUAUUCCAGCUUCCCGAGCUUGUGGGGGAGAGGUUAGGAGCUGUAUGUGUGGCUUUCUCAGUACGUGACAACUGUUCUCUUAAGCAGAUUUAGUUCCUGCUUUCUGUUGGUUUUUUUUUUUUUUUUUCAUUCUAUUUACUAACAGGCGAGCACCAGCACUGCUAUGAUAAGAUUUCUUCCGAGCCUUGUCAGAGCUCUAAUCUAUCUAUCUAUCUAUCUUACUCACUCUGCGGCAGAUACCUGCCUGUUUGCACACAUUUUUAAAAUGUACUUUUGAUAUAAAAAAAUAAUAAAUAGCUGGAACCUAAAUGUAAACAAAUAGAGGGUGGAUGACAUGACACCAGGUAAUUUGCUUAUCAGAACUGUACUUUGUAUGUCAAUUGUGUGUGUUUGAAAACAAAAAUACCCCCUCCCCUUGUCAUGCUUGAAUUGUUAUGACAUUUCCUUGUCUUUUGAAGAAGUGACAUGAGUAGGACUGUUGGACUUUGCUACUGCAGUGUAUUGGACUUCCCUAUUGAUCUUAAUGACCUGUUUAUGAAACAAACAAGCCAGCUGGACAAAUGAUUCUUAUCUUUUUUUGUUGUUGUUGUUGCAUAGUACAUCCUAUGUUUCCAAGCUGUGUGCUUUUGGUUAUUUGAGGUCUAUCUGUGUGAUUGUAUCACACAGGUUAUCUGAAGAUCAUGCAAAACAGAAUGUGUUAUUUUUGGCACAAGGAUAAAGCUGUUUUGACACAGAUGUGUUUGACAAGUGACAAGGUAGUUCUGCUAGAAAGCAUGGGCCACAGAUCACAUUCCUAACACACUGGCCCAAGAGGCACUUUCUUUAUUCCCUUGGCCUUUUUUACAAGGCUAAGCCUGCAAGAAGGAUAUGGUGAAGGUUGGUUGCUAGAUAGACAUGUGCAUGUGACUGUAUUAUUUACCAACACACUGUGACAUGGGAGGAGUUUUUACCUUCUGCUGUACAAGCUUGAAGACGGAAGAGAACUAGUGUUUGUCUGUCAAGGGAGAAAAAAAACAAACCCUCAAUGGCUGGCAGUGGGAGUAGAUUUGUUGUGGCAUCUUGCUUUUUCCAUUCCAUUUCCUUUUUUAACCUUUUUAGAUGUCUUGUUUCUGAAAAUAGACCUUUUCAGUAUACUGGAAAUAAAUACACAGUUAAACCUUCCUUUUUUUUUUAAUUUUUUUUUUUUUUUUAAAACUGCUUGGCGUCCAAAUGUUCUCCUUAGCUGUAAAUGUUUGUGAGAAAUAUUUAGGUCUGUUUUAAAUCACACUGUAGAAUUUAUUUAUUUAUAGAUCUGUUUCUGUUAACAUUGAGUUCUAUUUUCCUGUACAGGACUAAACAUUUACAUUGAAGGUACUGAGAAGUCUGCAUUUGGUUUUGAUUUCAAUAAAAGCUAAAUUUAAUCUUAAAGUGUGGGCUCAGAUUGAUUACCUCUUGUCUAGUUGCUACAUAAAUGCAAGGCCUUCUUAAAAGCCCAGUUAGUACUGCAGCCUUGGCUCAGUACUGGUAACGCUGCAGUCUUUCAAAUUCUCAUAUGUAGUGUAGUAGGAGACAACAACCCUUUUAGGCUUGUUUACUAAGAUCCCAAUUUUAGUUCUUUUAUUAAGCUUGUUUUCAAGACAGAGUUUAAAAAAUAUUCUGUACUCCUAAAACAAAUCUGGAAAAGCAUUUUUUGUUUAACUCAAACCAUAAUAAUCUGUUAAUCUUUGUAUGAACUGCAUUGAAAAGGUUACUAAAGACUUGAUUUCUUGUUUAGGCAGGGAACAGUCUAAACAGACCAAAUCAUUAUCUUUUUUCUAUACAUCAUGAUCAAUUGUAUAAUUAUAAAAAAAAAAAAAAAUAAUAGUGUGUUUGUAUGUGUAUAUAUAUUCAUUCUCUCUGAACAUCCUUGCACUCAUGCUGUAAUGUCCUAUACUUGCCGGGUGCUCAGACUGGGACUUUGGUUUUCCAAACGAGGGGAAUGGCAGCACUCCCAGUCUUCAAUAAAAUUACUUCUUUAUUGGCAAGAUUAAAAAGUGGGAUCAAUGUUUCAGUCCUUUUCAGGACUUUCAUCAGGAUCCUGACAUUUAGAUCUGAUAUCAGCAGAGGGAAUCCUUCUAACACAAUUGCUAGGGUUAGUAUUAGGAUUGGUUUAUGAUUGGUGUUAUGCAUAGCAUUAGGGUGAAGUUUAGAAUUGGGGUUUGGUAUAGGAUUAAGAUUGAUACUUUGCGGCUACCAAAAAUUUACUGAAAUCCUAGGUAUAUGGUGUACUAUGUAAAUCAGGACACAUCAUUUUCUUCAGCAGCACUAAUUAUACACACAAUUCUUGUGGUAUUUAAAAAAAUAAAUAAAAAAAUAAUAAUUUUUAGUAUAGCGUGUGUGUGUGUGUGUGUGUGUGUGUGUAUGUAUGUAUGUAUGUAUUAGGGAUCGACCAAUAUUGUGUGUGGUGUUUUUUUUUUUUGUUUUUUUGUUUUUUUGAGCCGAUACUGAUAAUCUGUGAACUUUCAGGACAAUAGCCGAUAAGUUACCGAUAUUCUGUACAUUUACCAUUUUGAAAAAAUAAACUAUUUUGAAAGGUACAUGCACAAAAUAUGCAUGCCACAUGUAGUGGAUGCAGAAUGUUUAGACAGGGGAGCUGUGUGUGUUUUGUGUAGUGUGUGUGUGUGUGUGUAGUGGAUGCAGUUUGUGUUUGUGUAGUGUGUGUAUAGUUAAUGCAGUGUGUUUGUGUAGUGUGCAUUUUAUAAACACACUACACAAACACACUGCAUUCACUAUACAGAAACUACACAAACACACACUGCAUUAUAUACAGUGUGUGUAUAUAAUGUAGUGUGCAUUAUAUAAACACUAUACACAAACACACUGCAUUAUAUACAGUGUGUGUGUUUCUGUAGGUAUGUAAUUUGGGGGGAGGGGGCAUUUUUUUAAAUUUAUUUAUUUAUUUAUUUAUUUAUUUAUUAUUAUUAUUUUUUAGUCGCCCCUCCCUGCUUGUUACCUGGGCAGGGAGGGGGGAUAUAGCAUUCCCUGGUGGUCCAGUGGCAUGGAAAGUACAGAGGGGCCUGCUUACUUACCUUCCCUUCAGCUCCCUGUGUAAAUCUCGCGGCCAGUGUGCCCCGCGGAGCGUUGCCAUGGUAACCUGUGGCAACACUCUGAUGGCCGCAGGACUCGCGAGAUUUACAGAGAGAGCUGAAGGGAGCUGCUGGGAAGGUAAGUAAGUGCUUGCUGCAGGACCACUGGGCUUGUCAUGGGCCUGGCGGUCCUGUAAUGUAUUAUCGGUAUCUCUAGUGGCCGAUGCCGAUAUUGCCGAAAAUACAGAAUAUCGGCCAGUAUCGUGUGUGUGUGUAUGUAUGUCUCUCUAUAUCGUUUCUCUAUAUCGUUAUCUCUCUAUAAAAUCACCUGAGAAACUGCAGCUUAAAGGACCACUAUAGGCACCCAGACCACUUCAGCUCAAUGAAAUGAAGUGGUCUGGGUGCCAUGUCCCUCUAGUGUUAACUCUGCAGCUGUAAACAUAGCAGUUUCAGAGAAACUGCUAUGUUUACACUAGGGUUAAUCCAGCCUCUAGUGGCUGUCUUAUUGACAGCCGCUAGAGGUGCUUCUCACUGUGAAAAUCACAGUGAGAAGACGCUGGACCUCCCUAGGAAAGCAUUGAGAAAUGCUGCUUUCCUAUGGACUGUUUGAAAGCGCGCGCGGCUCUUGCGACCUUGAGGGUGGGGGGUGAGGGGGUGGGGGGACCUAAAGACCCUAUAGUGCCAGGAAAACCAGUUUGUUUUCCUGGCACUAUAGUGGUCCUUUAAUAUUUAGUAUUUCUGGUGUCUAUAGUCUGUACCUGCAGGAUGAGCACUGUAAAUUACUGGGGGGGGGGUUUGGGGGGAGGGGAGGUAGAGUUUACAAGGGUGUUGAAAAAAAAAAAAAAAAAAUACUUCUCCAGGCACUAAAGUGUUUGCCCAAACUACCUGUCCACCAUGACAAUAUGCUUGUCCUGAUACAUUUAAAAAAAAAAAAAUCAAAACUGUAUUUAAAUAAGGUCUUUUAUUGAUGGUAAUAUAGGAGACAGACCUGGUAUAGGUCACAUAGUGUGGGGUGAUAGGGAUGUAGUAUGGGUAAGACACAUGGUGUGGGAUAGGGAUGUAGUGUGUGUGUGUGUGUGUGUGUGUGUGUGACCCAUAGUUUGGGGUGGGAUAGGGAUGUAGGGCACAUAGUGUGGGGGUGAUAGGGAUAUAGUAUGCAGGGUGAGGGGGUGACAGGAGGCAGAGCGUGGGAGGGGGUGGCAGAGUGAGGGAAGGGGUGAUUGGUGGCAAAGUGUGAGUGAGUGGUGACAGAGUGGGAUGACUGCUGACAGAGUGACUGAGGGAGGGGGUGACUGACAAUGACUGACUGAGGGUGGGGGUUACUGGUGACAGAGACUUAGGGAGGGUAUAACUGAGUGAGGGGGUGACUGGUGACAGAGUGAGGGUGUUAGAAAUAACUUUUUUUUUUCUUUCCCUUAUGGUCCAGUGUCCUAACUCCCUGGUGGUCCGGUCUGUCUCUCCUGUCUGCAGCUCUGCCGCAUGUGAGCUGCAAACUGUGCUGUAUCUCGGGAUAUCCAGAAGUCAGUGUUGCCGUGGUAACCCGCGGCAAUGCUCUGAUUGGCCAAAGGUCGCGGGAUAUAGCACAGUCUGCAGAACACACACAGUGGAGCUGCAGACUGGAGGGGCUAGCUCUCUGGGCGGACGGAGGGGCCUUGCACAAGUGUGUUGCCAGGCCCCCUCCCGAUGCCGAGUCCUCGGUCAUGGACCAAGGACCCGACAAGUCACUCUGCUGCUAGCCCGAAGCAGGACUGCAAUAGGAGUUGCUCUUCCCUGGUUUAUAUUGCUGCCUAGUAACCCCUCUAGUGGAAGUCACUCAGAUGGCCACUAGAGGUGCUUCUUAGUACAGUGCUGCAUGAAUGUGUUGAAAGUUCCCCAUAGAGAUGCAUUAAUUCAAUGCAUCUCUAUGAGGAGAUGCUGAUUGGUGCAGCACAUCAUUUUCCUAGCCAUGCACAAUAGCCUCCCAAAGUUUUCCUACAGAGAAAGCAUUGGAUUGAUUAUCUCCGCCACGGAGGACAGGCGAGACUGGCACAGCGUAGGAGACAAGGUAAGUAAAAUCACAUUUCCCAUUUGAACUAAGAGGGGGCCAGUGACCUAAAUGGUUAAACACUAUAGUGUUGGUAAUACAUGUUUGUUUUCUAGACAAGCUAGUUUUUCUUUAAGUAAUAAACCAGAAAACUGAUACUUUGUCCUUAAAUGAACAUUAUAUAGUGUUAAGAGUACAAAUGUGUUUUUCUAAAGCUAUAGUGACCCUUGGCAUUGUAUAGGUCACUGCUCUCCCCCACCCCCACAAGGGUUAAAAAGGUAUAAACCUCUUAUCUUCUGCUCAGUGCGCCAAAUUGGACUCUCUGUAGCUGGCCCCGCCACCUUGGCUGAGAUCAUCAAUACUGAUCUCAACCAAGUCAAUGUUUUCACAUAGGACAGCAUUGGAAGGCUAGUGCACAUGUGAAGCUCCGCCUGUGCCUCUGAUGUGAGUGAGAAUGACAGCUAGACACAUUUAAACCCCGCAAUUUAACCAUUGCUGUUACUGCAGAAUGCCAAUGUUUCACACUGCAAGAUUAAAACGAGAGGGCAUGGCAUCAAGACAUCUUCAUUGAGGUCAAGUGGUUUGGGUGCCUAUAGUGUCCCUUUGACGUUUUUAUCAUGCUGAGGUUUUGCCCAGUCACAUUCUCCUCUAUAGAAGUGUAACAUAAACUAUAAGAUGAGGUGGGUUAAAUGAAUGUGCAUCAGUUGACAAUUUAUUUUUCUAAAGCCAGCAAACAAACACUUCUAUUAAAGAAAUAUAGAAAACAAAAUAAAGCAAGAUAAACUUUUAAAAGUAUGUAAUAAACCUUAAUAAACUUGGAUAGAUUGCAUUGCGCAUGCCUCUCAGCUAGGGGAGUAUCUUUAGCCUCCCUCUAACUAACCCAUCUCGGUUUCAGACCAGUCUACUAAUGACAGAAAAUGGCUAUCAUUGUGCAGCAGCAGAGAGAAACUGACACCGGAGCCUGCUCUACAUGAUGACAUGAUCAGGAUGUUGCAAGGUGAAGAGAUCUUAUACUGCACAUGUGUGAAUAUGUCAGGCAUGCCCAGUGCAUUUUUCCAGGAUUCCUAGGGAUGUGAUCCUGAUUGGUUAAAUCAUAAGAAAGAAGAAACAGGUAAGUAUAGAGUGGAAAAAAUAUAUACUUUUUUUUUUUUUUUUUUCUCUCCAGACUACAGUGAGGAAACAUUCUCAUUCAAAGCUAAAGCUUUUGAAUAAGACCCUUUUUCAAAAGUGAUACAAGUCCUUCCAAGGAACCCUUUCUGCAGGGGGAGAAUCACAUUGCAUCUGUUGCGAGGGUGCAGUACGCACUGACGACAGACUUAAAAUAUGCAUAUAAAUUACAUUGUCAGUCCAACGUUCUGGGCUACCAAUGUCACAUGUACUGGGGCUGCAACUACCCUCCCCCUCUUCUCCCCAGUGUUUCAAGUUGACAAGUAGAAGUGGUAACGGUAGUUGGAGUAACCCUUUAAGAACGUUGUUUUUUGCAGGUCUAAUGCUUCUCUUAGACUUUACUAGCAUUUUUUUCAACUUUACAGUUAAGUUUAUGGUAAUAUAAUAAAGAAGACCUGGUGUUUCUUUUGCUCUUUCAACUGUUUAAAUUUUUAACACCUCCACCUGUUAUAUUAAGGGUUAGUACACAGGGUGUGCCUCAUUCAUCUGGAGCAAAACCAUACAGCCCAGGUUUUGUUGUACGUUGAUGCCAGAAGGGAAUUUCACACAAUAUAUAGUGACCGUUUUAUGUUUUUUGUUUUUUUUAAAUUCUUUAUUUUGACGUGCAGUAAAAUAUCACAAUAACAUGGAUAUGACCGGUAUAAUAGUAAUGCAAGACACGUUUUCAUACAUGUUUAAAUACGAUUAAUAGCACUUUAAAAGUGAGCUAAGUAGUAAAUGACUGCACUUUUUUGUAUAAGUAAAUCGGUCAAUGUUUUAAAACUCAGGAAUCGAUACGGAGGAAAAAACAAAACAAGAGAUAUUGAGCAAUAUGUUGCUAUCAAUUCCCUAAUCUGAGGUGAACAUAAAGAAAAAAGGUUGCUCACCAGUUUAGAGAAGGCAAAACACCAUGUAGUGGGAAAAUAAAAUGUUAAAUAGAGGUGUUUCAGUAAGUUGGAACACUAAUGGGAGUUCAAGCAAUCCAGAGAUAUCAGAUACUAGAGUAAGGCAAAAUAUUAACUAAGACCUCUAACUGACUGAAUCUCACCCCACUGGCAUUAAUAUGUAUGCUGUUCACCCUAUACUAAUGCUUCGCCUACGAUUGUUUGAGAGUCCCAGUGAUCCAGUACUACGUUGGCCUCUUGUCUUCUUGAGAGCCUGUAUGCGGUUGCUCGUGGCUCGGUGACCAAUGUCCCGGUGUGGUUAAGGGGGAUUGGUUCUCCCUCGGGGGGGUGCAGAAUGUGCACCAGGGUACAACUCCUCACAGCUCUCCGCUUAGGAUUGUGGUGGUCUGCACUGGGUCACCAUGUCUUCCAGGAAGGCACAGGGAGGUCAGGCAGGUCUUCCCUGCUGGUGCCGGUAACGUGGUGUGUGGAUCUUGUGCCUAGCGAUGUGGCUCGUUGAGUAUCAAAGGAUGUGUAUUGCUCUGUCUUCGCUCCACCUGUUGCCCUUGUAUUUCAGCCAGAAGUUGGCAUAGAUUCAGUCCAUAUGCCUUAUAGUUGUCUCCAUCAUGGUUUUUGAGAUGGAGGUGUGUGGUGAGACUGCCAUUUUAACUGCGCCUGUUAGAAAGGCCUCAGUGUACCACAAUACUUGCUGGGUUACCAAUGCACUACUUGUGGGAAUUAAAAGCCAGUGAGCAGGUGCUGGGAUGACCCUCACCGGCAGGGGACACACACAAGGAUCCCUUCCACCUCUCCGUGCCCCAGCAUGAUUGUGACAAGACCAAUCUCGCCACUGUGCAUUGGAGGAGCCUGGUUGCCUGCCUGCUGCCUUUAGACUAUGGCCCCAUGUUUUAACGCUUGAUUUUCCCCUGCGAAGACACGAAAGCCGGGUCAUUCGAUGCUUGCCCUGUUUGAGCGGUGAUACCCCAGAUAGCUAUGCCAUGGAGCCCAUUCGUAUAAUGAAAGACUUUGGCUCCAUGGCAAUUGAACUGUAUGUGUGUGCUCUGAGCGCCAUUCAGUAAUAAUGUGCGCUCAGAUCUGAGCUAUCUGGGGAUAUGUUGAAUGUAUCUGUUUUGUGCAAUGGCUGCACAGUUAUAUAUUUUUAUGUAUUUUAUUGUCUUUUGCUGCCAUGUGUUCAAUGGAGUUUUGCUCUGUCCUUGGAGAUAAUUGGAUUACUUCCCAAUUAUCUCCAGGAUAGAAGACUCUGUGGAACUGGUUUUGGGCAGAAAAGCCAUGCUUCAUUUGGUCACAAAGGACUUUGAUCUAUCUUUUGAACCAAUGGACCAAUAUGGAUGAUUUUGACAUGUUUGUAUUUGGAGUAUGCAUGGUAUUGCGUGGUUUCCUGUUCCCCAGAAGUCUCCUUGUUACUGUUUUGUUCCUGACUCUGGCCUUGUUCCUGACUUCGCUGCUCUCCGUUCUCCUGAUCCUGGCUUGUCUGACUACCCGCUCUGGUGACUGACCCCUGCUUGCCUCCUGGACUUUGCUUUUGGUUAUUUCUUUAUUUGUUAUUUAUUAAUAAAGGUGUUUUUGCAUCUAGUUCUGCCUCUGUCUGGUUCCUGGUCCCUAACAAGGUGUUGCUGCUGGGGGUAUUACUCCUGUUUGCAUUUUGGUGCCAUCCGACUGUGUCAGAAAAUGUGUCUUCCCAGGAGGUGGACAACGUUGGUAUUCCUUCUUUUUUUUUUUUUUUAUUAUUAUUUCUUUAUUUAAAUUUUAGAACAGAGACCUGUAUCACCUAUGCAAUUUUUAAAAAUCAAACAAGUAUGGAGUGACAUUUUUGGUAUUCUCUCCAGUAUAACUAACACCAUAAUUCCACUAUUGAUUUGUUAUAGCUAGAAAAUGGCGUCAAAAUGAUACAAUAAAGAUAGAGAAUGUAAUUAAUCAGAUGAAUAAUCAAGCCCAAACGGAAAAAGGAUACUUCACUGCCCAAUUUAAUUAUGGAAACCAAGUACGGAAAAAGUGUCUCUUAAAAUAUCCAAUUUGAUACCUGCCCUGACACUAUUACUUCAUCCUUAAAGGACCACUAUAGUGCCAGGAAAACAUACUCGUUUUCCUGGCACUAUAGUGCCCUGAGGGUGCCCCCACCCUCAGGGACCCCCUCCCGCCCGGCUCUGGAAGGGGAAAGGGGUAAAACUUACCUUUUUCCAGCGCUGGGCGGAGAGCUCUCCUCCUCCGAUCCUCCUCUUCUCCUCCCGUCGGCUGAAUGCGCACGCGCGGCAAGAGCUGCGCGCGCAUUCAGCCGGUCACAUAGGAAAGCAUUUACAAUGCUUUCCUAUGGACGCUGGCGUGCUCUCACUGUGAAAAUCACAGUGAGAAGCACGCAAGCGCCUCUAGUGGCUGUCGAUGAGACAGCCACUAGAGGAAAUAGGGGAAGGCUUAACCCAUUCAUAAACAUAGCAGUUUUUCUGAAACUGCUAUGUUUAUGAAAAAAUGGGUUAACCCUAGCUGGAUCUGGCGCCCAGACCACUUCAUUAAGCUGAAGUGGCCUGGGUGCCUAGAGUGGUCCUUUAAAUAUAUGAAAGGAAAUUAAGUUGGCCUGCUCAUCAUGUCGCGCUCACAUGUUUGUUUGUUAAUGUAGUAUAUGUAGUUUUUGUGGUUUAUGUAGUCUUCUGUGCGAGACAUGCAUUACAUACAUAUGCUUGUGUAUAUAUAAUAUUAUAUAUAUAGAAAGUGGAAAGACCGGCACUCAAGGAGUUUUAACAGCUUUUACUGUGUAAAGAUAAAUCAACGUUACAGCUCCACUAGGGAGCUUUCAUCAGGACAUACUCUGUAUGUCCUGAUGAAAGCUCCCUAGUGGAGCUGUAACGUUGAUUUAUCUUUACACAGUAAAAGCUGUUAAAACUCCUUGAGUGCCGGUCUUUCCACUUUCUACAAUUGAGCUACCAGAGCACCAGGUAAAAUAUAUAUUUUUAUUGGAGUGCAGGAGUUUGACAUAUUUUUUAAUAUUAUAUAAUGUAAUUCAACCAUAUUUAAACAGUUAGUGAGUGAUCUUAUUGACCCCGACCAGACCAGACUCUGGCACCAUUUAUCCAUUUUUCUAUAUUUAGUUGAACUUCCAAUUCUCUUUGCCAACUCUCAUAAGGUUUUAGGCUAUGUGUUUUAUCCAAAACUUCUAGAAAUCUAUACCACCUAGGCAUUUCUUUUUUCACAACGGCAUUAUUCAAAAUGCCUAGAAUAUUCUGAUCCGGUUUGUUACUUUUGCAAUUAUAAAUGUGCCUUUUUAAAUAAUGCCACAUUCUAAAUGAAUUAAAAUAUUCAGACUCUUUAAAUUCAUAUUCGUUAAGGAUCUAUAUCGGGGUUUUAAUUCUCUCCUCAGACAUAACAUUGCUUAUUUUAUAAGAUGUAAAAUUCUUACCAAUUAUCGAGCUUCAAAUGCAGAAUUUUAUUCUUAAAGGACCACUCUAGGCACCCAGACCACUUCAGCUUAAUGAAGUGGUCUGGGUGCCAGGUCCUUCUAGGGUUAACCCAUUUUUUCAUAAACAUAGCAGUUUCAGAGAAACUGCUAUGUUUAUGAAUGGGUUAAGCCUUCCCCCUAUUUCCUCUAGUGGCUGUCUCAUUGACAGCCACUAGAGGCGCUUGCGUGCUUCUCACCGUGAUUUUCACAGUGAGAGCACGCCAGCGUCCAUAGGAAAGCAUUGUAAAUGCUUUCCUAUGCGACGGGCUGAAUGCGCGCGCAGCUCUUGCCGCGCGUGCGCAUUCAGCCCAGGAGGAGGAACGGAGGAGGAGAGGAGGUAGAGAGCUCUCCGCCCAGCGCUGGAAAAAGGUAAGUUUUUAACCCUUUCCCCUUUCCAGAGCCGGGCGGGAGGGGGUCCCUGAGGGUGGGGGCACCCUCAGGGCACUAUAGUGCCAGGAAAACGAGUAUGUUUUCCUGGCACUAUAGUGGUCCUUUAAGAAUAUCCAGAGGAGCAGAGGGCAGAAUAUUAUCUUUCAUCCAAAAUUCAAUACAAUUUUUAGUCACCAUUUUUAGUCCAAGAUGGAUCCAUAUGGCGCAUUCCAAGUUAGUCAUCCCCGCAAGUUCUUGUUUUAUAUAAAACCAAUUUGUCCUUCCUUAUUAUACAUUGAAGCUUAGAUGAAUAGCACAACAUACUCUCUUUUCUGCAUAUCGUUCUAGGCUAGGCACAUUUAGCCCCCCCCACCCCUCCUUUUCUGUAGCUAGAGCAGAGAAUUUGUCUCUAUACUCUGGUUUUCUUAUAGUUCCAUAUAAAUGUGUUAACCUUUAUCAGAAAUGCUUUAAUCCAGCGUAAAGGUAAUUUCAGUGGAAUCAUUCUCAAUAAACACAACCAUUUAGGGAUUAUAUAUGAUCUAAUCAUGUUUAUCCUACCCAUCCAUGAGAUAAGCAACCCUUUCUACUUCCCCAGUUGUCUAUUCAUUUCAUCAAAAAGAGGUGAGUAAUUCACUUCGACUAUUGAUUGUAUAUUCUUUGGCAUUUUAAUCCCCAAAUAUGUGAUCUCCUCCAUAUCCCAUUGGAAUUACCCGAUCUUAAUCCUUUUUAAAUAUGUAUAUUAUUUCUUAUUCUUGCUGCAAAGGGCUCUAAUGUUAAAAUAUCAAGCAAGGGGGCAACCCUCGGAAUGAUAGAGAGAUAUAGAUAGAGAGAUAUAUAUAUAUAUAUAUAUAUAUAUUCUCAUUCUGAUCUAAACCCUUGUGCGAUAACUCUCGCAGUUGGUUUGGUUUAUAAGGCCCUGACAGAGCCAGUAAAUAACUCUUCUCCAAAUCCUCCAAACAGCCUGUGGUGGCGGUACUGCAUAAUAUGCACAUUUGAUAAUACAUUUCAGCGCAUUGUGGAACCUCUCUUGGAUAGGUAUGAUAGGGCAUUUUGCUGUGGGGCGUGGAGGCAAGCCGCUGGGUGGCGUAGCAAUUAAAGCAGUCUGUCUGGGCUGGGCUAAAGUGUAGACUGAGCGUCAAUUAGGUGCCUGCAUAUAUAUGCGCCAGUAUACUGGGUGUGACUUGAAAUCUUGGGGUAACCUCCCGACUAUGCAAUCGGGGGUAGCCUUGCAGGUUAGGUACGCAUGGUUUAGUCGCACAUCUGACCAUUAUAGUAAUGUGUAAAAACAAAACAAUUGUAUAAGAUUUGUGUAUUAACAGGUCUAGUCUGCCCCAUGACUAUAGCUCCAAUGUAGGUCAUUGGUGUCCUGUUGUUUGGUGAACCAUACCAGAGCAGAUCUAGGUAGCCCAAAUAGAGAUAGGGUUUUGCUGAAUUUAAUAGCAUUGUAGGGCUAAACCACCUCCUGCAUAUGUGUUGGAGCGGUAGUAAGGCAUGAUCUAAGUAGGGACCAUCGUCAGGGGGUGGGAACAAUGUUGACAGCAGGUGUAAAUCAAGGUGGUAGAGGCAUAAAUGGGCAGGUCUUUAUGUUGACUAAAGUAGUUAAGGUAGAGAUGUUCAGUCUCCUGCAUGGGGGUAUAGAUUGCUGAAGUGCGGUUAAACAUGUGUAGCGGAAUACCUAUCUGUUAUAACAAUAUGACAUUGGUAACAUCGAAUUGGAAACAUUGUGCCCACGCAGGGGUGGUGAUGCUUAAACAGUUCGCGGUUAAGGUUGCGGCUUUGACCCAUCAGAACUCUAGUGACUGCCUGGGCAGGGUUUGGUAUCUCAUUGUCCCUGUCAUCUUUGAAACAGGUAUUGUCCUAUGAGUAUGGGUGGUUACGCUUGUUGGUGGUGCCCUGACUCUGGCACGAGUCUGGUUAUUGUCACUGACGUAAUGUUAUGUGUGAUUGGAGGGUGUGUAUAUUUGGGGUGUGUGGCCGACCAAUGUCUGUGGCUCUGUGUCUCACGGGUGGGGGCUGGUGGAUAGGUGGGAGAUGUAGGGAUCCUCCGCCUCCAUCCACGGUAUGCUGCAGUCAGUCUGGGUCUGUGUGAGGGUACCUGGUCGGGUCCCGGGCUUGAAAAGGGAAGGGGGGAGGGGACGAGAGGGUGGGGGUGAGAGAGAGGCAGCGGAAGCGAGGGGGGUGGGGGGCAGAUCAGGUUGAUCUCAUGCGAACAGCGUCCCCAGUCGCUGCUCCAGUACCCCCUGCGCUGGGGGCCUAUAGGUGGUGUCCGCCUGAUCCUGUUUCGGUUAUUCUCUGGUUGUUCAGGCAGUGGUUAGGAGUUGCACGAACUCAUUCGAGGAGAUAAGUCUCAGCCAGUAAAACCAGCGCUUUGUGUACUUUUCUUUAGCGUGCACCGUGGUCGCCUUCAGGUCUUACAAUCUCCUUUUAACUUCCAUCUCUUGAUUUGAUUUGCGGGGUGCAUGGCUGUCUCCAAUAGACGGGAAUGAUAGCUUUCAUCACAUUGAGGAGUCUAGGGAUUACAGAUCGUUUGUACGCCGGUGUAGGCAUCGUUGUUUGGUGAAGUAGAAAAGGGGCCGGGGUCUGUGGUAAAACUUCAUCCGUUACCUCCCGGAUCACUUGGCCAAUUUUGACCCAAAACGUUCGGAUAAGGGUGCAGUCCCACCACUGGUGGAGGAAAGUACCUCUCUCCUCUCUGUAGCACCAGCAGGUGUCUGGUGCUGUGUUGUCGCAUGCGUGUAGGGUGGCAGGGGUUAUGUACCAUCUUGUAAAGACUUUGUAUGCAUUUUCCUGUAGCCUAGCGGACCCCAGAGUUUUUUGGACAUGCAUGAUGAUCUUGUCCCAGUCAGCGUCGGAGAGUGUUUCGUCCAGAUCCUCUUCCCACCGUCUGAUGCAGCGUGGUGCAAGAAGGUAGCGACCCGUGGCCAGUGAGGCAUAUAUCAGGGAUAUCGCCUUGGAUAGUGUCGCGUCCUGUAUGCAAAAGAAUUCGAACUCCGUGCUGUCCUGAAUUAGGCUGGGACGUUGGGAAUCGAGCGUGCGUGCUGAGUUGUUUUGUUCCCUUGCCAUAGUUUAUAGAAAUGUUUGUUCCGGGAAGAGGGCGGUUGUCAGUCUAAUGGCAAAUGGGGUUGUUAGUACAUCUGCCAUUCGGGGUAGUGCGGUGCCGUGUAGCCAGCGUGAGAGGGGUCUCUGGUCUCCCGCUGGGAAGUCCGGAUUACCCUUUAAGGGGAGAAAGGGGCUGGGGUCCGUUGUAAGGUAGUAUUUGGGGCAGUACUGGUGCCAGAUGCGGAGUGUGGCUUUCACAAAUGGGUUGGUAUGGUGUAUGCGCUUGCUCGUCUCCCUCGGGUCCACGGCAGCGCCUUGAGGUUUCUGUUAGUGCUGUUCACUUCCAGUUGCACCCAAGGUUUGUCUCGUGCGGUCACCGACCAGCUGAUUAUUCUCAUAAAGUGUGCUGCCAGGUAGUAUUUCCUAAAGUCUAUGAGGGCUAGGCCCUCUUUAAGUUUGGGUAGUGUCAGUUGGGAGUGGGGUAUGCAAGGGGAUUUGCCCUUCCACACAAACUUGCGGACUGCUGCUUGGAUAGUGGUGAAGAAGCUCUUCGGUGCCAGGAUUGGGAUGGUUUGGAAGAUGAAGAGGAGUUUGGGGAGUAGGGUCAUUUUGACCGCGUUUAUACGCCCAAGCCAGGAGAGAUAAUGUGAACUUCAGGUGUGGAGUUCCUCCAGUGCUGUUUUGAGGAGAGGGGCGAAGUUGUGGGUAUAGAGGUCCGCCGGGUUCGGCGUGAGCCAGAUUCCUAGGUAAUGUAGACGGGUCAUGUUCCAACGGAAUGGGAAGCUAUGUCAGAGCGACUGUCGUUGUGCUCCUCCGAUUCCAAGAUCUAGGAUUUCAGAUUUGGUGCAGUCUGGUUCUUUUGUAUUGAUAUUGGACAGAUCUUCUUUAAGCGUUCUGCCAAUAUGGCCAAAUAUACUUUUGUAUUUAUGUUAAUCAGUGAUAUAGGUCUAUAGUUUUGUAGGGUCUUUUCCUUCUUUUGGUAUAGGUAAGAUAUCACCAUUUUGUUUGGAAAAGAUCCAAAAUCUCUGACUUCAUUAAAAGUAUCCAUCAAAUAUGGGGACAGAAUGUUCCCAUGUGUUUUUUAUAAAACUCUGCUAGGAAACCAUCAGGGACUGUUGCCUUCUGUGGUUUUAAUGCUCUAAUUGCCUUGAUGACUUCUAAGUUAUCAAUAGGGGCUUCCAAGCAAUUAGCCUGUUCUCUAGACAAUUUCUUUUUUUUUAAUUUAGAUUCUUCUUCUAGAUAUUGUUUUAUUUGUUCCCUUUCUUCUAUGAAUGAGACACAUGUAGGGGCUUGGAGGGGGAUGAGAUACAUGGAGGUGCUUGGGGGCAGUGUGACAUAUGGAGGGUCUUGAGGGGAAGAAAUUAGAUACUUGGAAGGUAUGGUGGAAAUGAGAAACAUGGAAGGGCUGGGACACACACAAAGAGACAGAUGGGUUGGGUAAGGGUUAAAAGAGACAGACAUGGGCACAGAGGGGCUAUUGGGAGAAAGAUACAUAGAGCGGGUGCUGAAGGGGAGAAAGAUACACAAAAAGGACUAGAGGGGAAGAGUCACAGAGAGAGGAUGGGGAAGGGCAAAAAGAGAUACAAAGUUGCUGAGGGAGGGGAUGAGACACAGAUGCUGGUGAAGGUGCGAAGGAGACACACAGGGGCUGCGAUAGAUGGGGACACACACGACUGGAGGGGAGGAAAUGAAACGGGGGGGGGAUAAGCUAUACUAAAGGGGAGUGUAAGAUAAAACUUAUACAAGUUUGGUAAGAAACAUGAAGGCAGUAAGAAAUUCAAAAGGGUGACACAUGUGAAGAUGCAUUUUUUUUUAUUUUUUUUUAUUUUUUUUGGAGGAAAAUGCAUCUUUGCCUGUGUAGGCAAAUACUUGCACCGGCCCUGCCUGCCAUUUGUGAAAGUAGAUGUUCCAGGGUCUCAAGUGGUCCAUAUUAUGUCUUAGUGUGCUGCCAUUUUAUUGACCGUUUAUGUCAAAUUUUGUGUUGUUUUUUUUCUUUUUUUUGUGUGUGCAUUUUUACAUGCUCAUUACAAUUUAACUGGCCAUUUCUGAAAACAGAUAUGUGCCACUGUUAUCAACCCCCCUGACUUAUGCUCCGCUCUUCUGAACAAAUCAAUACCCCCAAUGUAUGCCAUAAAAGAGACCUGGCUAUUGCCGUUUUUACAAUAAGAAUAUUUCAUUGAUGAAUUUGAUGGGCUCAUUCAACAUUUUGGGGCAUUGUAGCAGUUUCAGAGUUGAAAUCACCUCAGAAAAAUGAUAAUAAAAGAAGACAACACGGGAUAUGUCAUAUGGUAUAUUUUUAAGGCUUAUUACACAAUCAUUUUAGCACCAAUUUUUUUUCAGGUUUUAUAGUAUUAUUUAUACAUUUUAUUUUUUUACAUACACAUUGCAAAGACAAAUUGAAGAUAGGUCUCAAUGGGUACCCUCACAUUAUAUAUUUUAAACUUUGUUGCGAUGCCAUUUUUUUCCCCUUUUUUUUUUCUCUUUCAAAGUUUGUUGUAUUCAUUUUCAUUUUUACAUAUAUGUUGUAUUUUUUUUUUUAAAUUAAUUUUAUUACAAUGGGACAAGAGAUUUUAAAAAAUUGUUUUAACUAUAAUCAACAUCUCCUGAGUACAAUGCCCCAUAUGCAUACCUUUACAUUUUUUUUAUACCUUUGCAAAGCAACAAUUUUAGUCCCAGCUAAAUCUUUAAUCCUGAACCAAACCCUUUUCUGAAUAAAACUCCAAUCCCAUAAUCCCAUAUCCAACCCAAAUCUAAUAAUAAACCUAACCUUAAUCCUAACCCAUACCUUAACCUUGAAUCCAACCUUAUAAAUAAUGUUAGAAUGAUUCACUUGCUGAUAUCAGCAAAGGAAUUCUCUUGCUGGCUCUAAUCGUCCAAACCGUAAUCUGAAACCGAAUCCCAAUCCUAAACUGAAUACUAAACCAAGUAUUUAUUUUAAACCUGAUCUUAAGCCAUAAUUUAAUCCUGAUCCAAAAGGUUUCCCUCUGCUAAUAUCAGUAGUGAUAUUACCGGUAGCAAAGGGAAUUUUAAACAGAAUGGUAUGUUGCUGCCAUCUACUGGCUAUUUUCAGUAUGACAGCUUUAUAUCUUUAACCUUGAAUGCAGUAUGCCAAAUGUAAUGUGAUCAGUGCUGGGCAACUGACAAAGCUCAGCACUGAUCAAGAUGCCAUUGGGGCAUGGAGGGAGACUCUCCAUGGUCUAUUUAGACCCUAGUGGUCUUCCAAUCACCGGAUCCAGUAAGAGAAUAAUUGUGGCUGAAUUUGAGAGAAGGCAAAGGGGAGUUUAACUUACUUGAAUUUGCCCCGUCGCCGUUUUAUUUCGGCUGGUCCUCUUCUGCUCUAUGCACGAGUGUGCAGCAGAGGCCUCUAUAGGAUCCCGUGAGAUCCUCAAUAGAUAAAACCAAUUUCUUACAGCCAUCACUGGUGACACUGGGGUAUUUACACUUCCACUUCUAAAUGAUGCCAGCUCCGCCCAGUGUCUAGAAGCCUCAGGUGUAAGAAAAAUACUGGGACUUUGUCUCAGUAAAUCUUUUGACUGGGUUUGCUGCUUUUCGUCUUCCUUUUAUUCAUAUAUUUGUUUUGUUUUUUAAGUAUAUGACUUAUAAAUUCACAAAAAUUUACUUCUUCUCAGGCAUUAAAUAUUUGACUAACUCAAAAGAGGUGACAUACUUGAUAACUACCUAAUUGAUUCCUGCGUAUAAUCAUCUUUUAGGAAUUACUUUACAUUGGGCGUAGAGUUGCUUGUUCGCAUGAGUCAUACCUCACCUCUCGGGAGACUCUAAUUAUUAAAUUUACAUUGAGGUGUUUCAUUUUUUAUUUUUUUCCCUGCUUACACUUACACACAGCUAAUAAUUUGCAAAUAUAUUUUAGUAAAAAACAAAACAAUUAAACGAUUUUAAAAGGCAUAUUUAAAUUGAUAUAUACAGAUUAUCUCUUGUGUACUUACCCAAUUGCAGCUGUUUUCAUAUCAUGAUAUUAUUGGUUUAUAUCCCAUGUUGUAUGUAAUACUGGAAUUUAACCUCUUGUCAUUUUAAUGCGAUACAUAAUGUGUUAAAAAGGCACACGAAAAAAAUAGAGAACACAAAAUUGAGACUACCUUUUGAGCGUUCUGCACAGGAAAUCCUUCCAAGGAUUUUCAACUGAUGCAGGGAGUCUGCCAAGACCAGGAGAUAAAUGGAAACCGUUUAACCAAUCCUGGCACUUCCAUUAUGCUCAAAGAGAGAGAGAGAACUGAACAUAUUCCAUAAACACGAUGACCAUGAACAAACCAGUGGGCAGCUCUUUUUUUUUUUUUGUAGUGCAGAAAUAUACAAACAGGCUUUGGGUUCCCCAACAGCAUACCACAAGCAAACCCUCAUGCAGAACAUGUGGGAAAAUUGAGAAAACAUUGCACCACUGAACUGUGAUGUCUAAGUAAUAAAACUAAGAUAUGUGAAGCAAAAGAGCUCCCUAGGUGAAUAACAGAUAUUGCUUAGCUUUGUAGAGAUAAGACAUAUGCAAAGGAUACUUUUCAUACACAGUGAGUGCUAUCACUUAUAGGAAGAACAAUCGUGCUAAAGAUGCCUUAUGUAUUACCUCAGGUUUAUAAGACAACUAUACUGCACUAUACCACGAUUAUAGAGAGUAGCUGAGUGCUAAAACAAAGGUAAUAAAGAAAGAAAAAGAGUUGCUUGGCUUAUGUGGUUUUUAAAAAAAAAAAAAAAAACAUACUACACUAUAUAUGACAUACUACACUAUAUAUUUCCCCUUUUUUUUUCUUCCUCUCCCUGCUUUUAUAUAUAUAUAUAUUAUUAAUGGAGGACUCACCACCAUGCUAGUGCUGGGUGGUAGCAUGGUGGUGAGUCCUCCAUCAAAAUCAGCCGACUCCCAUAAGUGGCAGAAUUGCUUCACACCUAGAUAAGACUUGUAACCGGUAUCGGGAGCCCCUCCAGCCCCAGGCCUGGGUGAGGGCCGGCAUCAAAAGUCCAAUUCUAUUCCCUUCUGAGGGUGGUCGGAGGAUUGGGAUAAAGGUUGCCGCAGUAUGCGGUUAAUCUUCUGUUAUUGUGGACAAUAUGAGGCAUUCAAAGACCCUCGUGGCUUUCAGCCAAGGAAGGCAAGCAAUAGGGUGCACAGGCUUCCUCACAAUCCUCUUGCCAUGCUCUUCUCUCCAGUCUCCCCUCACUUGUUGAGCCUAAGUGGCUAUAUUACAUAACCCAAAAGCGCUGGAAGUUCAGGUCGUUCGGCCUCAGGGAUUCCGCAGCAAAGUCACGUGGAGCCCUCGGAAUGGUACUCGUGUCUUGUGAGUGUGUCCACCAUAUUGGAUCUUGGUUCACGGCAACUCUUGCAAUGUGGUAAGGGUUAAAGGAACAGCUUAAUCAGUUCUGAGGGGACCGGGUUAUCCCCAAGUGUGUAGGGGGUCCGUGUCUUAAACCAAAGCACGAGGAGAUCGGCUGUCCUCCCCUCAGCUCAGUACCUAAGUCACAUUGGUUAGCUUGCCCGAGACCCCCUGGCCUCGGAUGUUUGUACAGAUGGACGUGGUAACCACUUAAUCGGUUUAAUACCCACAAUUCUGUGAUAGGUUCAGGUGCUCAAGCAUUCCACAUCUGGCCAGCUUGCAGGUCAGGCUUUGCCCCCCUUGUUCAAAAGAGGUAAACUCAAUCAAGCGACAACAUGCAGUGAUCACUCUUUACAUUUACUUCACUCUGAAGAGGGGUAUCUUUAGGCACUCUGUACAUUGAAUCUUGUAGGGAAUUGGCUAUACAGAAGACCUUUUGUCUUCAAAGAACAGGAAGAUGAAUGUGGGCAUGUAAUCCCCAUACCUAGAUGUCUAAUGUUUAAGAAAAUGCAUUUUCGCCUGUGUAGCCAAAAACUCUUGCACCGGCCCUGGAUGCAAGGGUGUCAGGAGAUUUACUGAAAAGUAUGCAUUACAAGUGCACACCCAGAGGCACUAAUACAUAUCAAGUUUUGUUUACGUAAUCAUGAGCUAUUCUGACCAAUUUCCUUUUUGAAGGUGUUUUAACAGACCAGAAGGAUGGUAUCUGGUGCUUUUGCUUUUCUCUAGAUGGACUUUGUAUUGUGUUUUGUGUUUCAACUGUGAAAUGACUUGCUGAAUGGAUAAUAAAAAAAAACACUGCACCUGGCUGGAACGCAAAUUAGAUUUGCUGAAAAGAUUGUGUUUGUUAAUGGAGCUUUUCAUCCAUUCAGCUGAAACACACUUACAAUCUUUUAUAUAUAUUUUUUGUUCUUGUCCCCCGCUCCCCAGUACAUCUGUCUUCAUUUUCAUACUUUGUUUGUAUAUUCUUUUUAGUAUUUUUUUCAGUAAGCAUGUUGCCAAUGACUAUAUCACUUGUAGAAUACAAGUUUGCUCUUGAUCUAAUGCAAACGUGACACCAAUGAAAAUAUAGUCUGAACAUUUUGUCACAUUGCUUAUUAGAAAAAGGCAGUGCUAUUGAAAGAGAAACAUUUUAUAUGCUACAUCAAAAAAAAAAAAAAAAAAACACAUCGAUUUGGAAGGAAAUGCUUUUAUGUUCAGAACCCUUUGAUUUUUACUAGUACUGAAAAACAUCUGAACAACAUCUCUAAAUCUUACAUUUACUGAAUCACGGCUUCUUAGAUCUCUGUUUAUAGAAACAAAAAACAUGGUGUCAUGUUUGACAUCGAGUUGAUGUACACAAAUGUUUUGUUUUGUUUUUUAGCAUAAUUUCUUGCACUGGUUAGACAGACACUGUCAAUGUCCAAGAACAGGAUAUUUAUAUGCAUGUGGCCAGUGAGUAAGAAUGGCAUAUAUAAAUAUUGUUUAUUUCAAUAGGCAAAUCAUUUUUUCAAAACCAAUUCCAACUUAACUACUUAACUAGCCAUAUCGAGUGGAAGUGCCACUUGCAUGUUACUGAUAUCAAUUGCUCUUGUGUAACUGAAGAGGUGACUGGACUAGAAGCUCACAGGGGACCCAGUGUAAGUGUUAAAAAUGGUUUCACUCUUAACUGGGCGAUUGCACAAGGAGAUUCCUGGAACCAUAAUCACUACAACUUACUGUAGACUUACACAAACUCUUUUAAAUGUUAUUUGGGAAAGACGUUUUUGAUUUAGGUCUUUAAUAUUUUUUUUCCUUCUUUUCACCUUCUAGAUUAUUGGAAAUUUAAACGUACUUCUGGAGAGAGCUCUUGACGUUAGUCAAUCUAAGUGUAUAUUUUUUCAGCGUGUGGAGCCUGCCCCCACACACUUUACCUGCCAAACACGGCCUUUACCUGUGUUUUCCGGUGUUUCCCGUGCGAUCCUUCCUGCGGGAGCGCCUCGUGGGCCACUCCAGAAUUUACUCAGCGUUCAGUGGCUCCAAUGGUGAAAAUGACAAGGUCCAAAACUUUUCAAGCAUACUUACCAUCGUGCCACAGAACAUACAGCUGUAUCCACUGCAGAGCACAUCUUGCAAAUCACGAUGAGCUCAUCUCAAAGGUAAGAUGCAUUUUACAGUCCUAUUAUUAAUGUCUUGUGCUUUCUGUAUUUGUCACCUGUAUAUGAGUACAAACCUACACAUGCAAUAAAUGGAAAUGCAGAGUACUGAUCUUUUGGGGUUUCAAUCUAUUCCACAAAUGUUGUAGUUGUUCUGAUAUGCAGGAAACGAAAUUGUUGGAUUUUGUAUUCUGCUAUUUGGGAACAAUUGUUGUCAUUGUUCCUGCAGUAUUUUGCACUUACCAGCUUAUGCAGGAGGAAUACUUGUCUUUAAAAAAAAAAAAAAAAGCAAGGGAAACCAGAGACUCAAGGCAGGGAUCAAAACACAAAUAUAAUGUUUAAAAGGAGCUUGAACUUGAUAAGGAGGACCGUAGCAGGCUACUGAGCAUGAAAUGGAUGGGAAAUUGAAGAGCAGGCUUAAACAGGGGACUUGUUAAUUGCUGUUAAUGUAUGCGGGUGAUAAAAUCAAGCUGUUGCAAUAAUUUCUUUUCAGAUUAAAAGUAUUUAACAUAUUCACACGUUUUUAAAUAGUUAAUGUGAAUAGAUAUUACAAUUUCAUUAUUGAGUCUUUUUUUUUUUUUUUUUCUCUCACAAAUCUUUUCCAUUUAUUGAAUCACUGCAAAAUAGUCCCAUACUUUGGAAGAAGAUAAGAGCAUUAUAAAAAUUCUGCAACAUUUCCUGGAGCAAAUACUUCUAGAGGGACAUGCUUCUGUCUGCAUUCCCAGCUGUCCUAGCACUACUGCUUUCCCUGGGGUCAGUCUAAUCUGCAGCACUAUGAGCUCACUCUGAAAUUUGAUUGGACGCCUUCUACAGCAUAGAACUCUCCAACCAUUUUAAGGAACAGAUUUCUCUAGGGCCCGAAGCUAUAUCUUUCCCCUUAAGCUUGGAGCCUACUCUUAAGCAGUUAACACCUUGCAUUAUUAACAUUUAAUAGAUUUGUAGAUUCUGCAGCACAAAUUCCCAAUUUAAUUAUUUGAAGACUUCACAACUCUGCCAAGGUGGCUUUGGCUACAUAUCCGGAGCUUCCUGGCAGAGUCUACGCCCCCACCCUCAAGCCUCUGUAUAGCCUUGAUCAAAACUGAACAAAAUUAUCAUAACUUUAAACAUUCCAUACUUGUACAAUCCCCUUGCCCAACCCAAAAAUAAUAAUAAAAUGACCUAUAUUUUUUUUUAUUUGUAAAACACAUUUGAAAAUACUUUAGUUUGGAAAUCCUUAAUAUUUGUAUAGUUUUUAGUUUAUAAUCACUGGUCAAGAAUCCAGUAUUUAUUUGCAAAGACUUGUCAAAAAGGGCAGGCAAUACCUUUCUGUCGGUGGGUAUGCUUGACAUAUUGAUGACCUGUCUGUUAUGUGCCUGCAUUAAUGUCAAAUAAUCAAUUGUGUAAUGUAUUUAAUGUUGUUUUUUUAGCAAGUCAAUUGAAAACUAUAAUUCUACUUUUUCAUUUAUAGGCAUAGCACAUGUACUUUUGUUCAGCACUUUUAUAGAGUUUAAAUGGACACUUUGGGCACCCAGACCACUUCAAAGAAAAAACCUAAAUGUUCAAAUCUCACUAGAAAAUAAAUGUCUAUUAAAGUGCUUGUUUUGGGUGUAGUAUCCUUAAUGUCUUUAGUGGUCCAACCGUUGAGCUUGUAUGGAAAACAGAAAGCAAGGAAAAUAAAUGGUACAGUAUGUCCAAGUUCAUAUGAAUAAGAUAAACAAAUAUGUGAAGUCAACUCACAUUUAAAAGAGCUAUAGCUCUGGUGUGAAGAGCUUACAGCGGUAUAAUCCCCACUGUAAAGGAUAUGUGGUGGGAGUCCUCCAGGGGGAUGGUGUCAAACACUCAGGAGAAGUAUAUAUAAAAACAUCUAAUAGUGCUCUCAGUAAGUUAAGAUAUGCAAUAAACAUAGAAUAAAAAGGUACUCACAAGUAAAGUGCAGGCCAACUGCACUUUGAUAUCAGCGUUGGUGGUAUGAUCCCCACCUCAGGAAAUACUUGGAAUUCUACGAAGAUAAAAGGUAGCCAGGUAAAAAAAAAUUCCAAUUGAAAAUGUGUAUUAAAAAGAUAAUUGACACAGAGUUGUAACCAAAAAAUCCUUUAUUAAAUAAAAUACACAAUUAAAAUAACCAUAACACGUUUCGUCUUAUCAGACUUUUUCAAAUGGUAUUCUGCUUGCCGCUUUAUGUCUUCCUUCCUUCCUUCUUAAAUCUUAUUUUCUCUAACUCCAAAAAAGACUCCCAAAAAUGUGACCAGUCUGAGCAGAUCCUUAGAUGUGCCGACUUGGAUUAGUUUUUUCUGAUAUUGUGUUGUAGUGAUUUUUUAUUUAUUUAUUUAUUAUUUUUUUAUAAUAUAAUUAUUUUUAUUUAGUUCUGCAGGCUUAUCUACACCUUUCACUCUUCUGCUAUUUAUGACACCUGAAACCCCUCUCAUCCCACUCUGCUUCACUAACAACAUACUGAUAAUGAUCAGUAUUACUUCAGACCUGAGGAAGAGAGGAUCCCUCUCAAAAGCUUGUCUUUUAAGUAUUAUGUUGGUCCAAUAAAAAAGUUUAAUUGCUUACUGAAAUACUCUAUCUUGGCAUGUUAUAUAAUUUAAAAAAAAAAAAUUUAAUACAGAUUUUUUUUUUUUCCCUUCCCUUUCUAUCAAUGCUACAUGAUCCAUCAAGAAAUUUUCUUCUUUUGGCUAAUACAGAUGCGUGUGUGUAAACAGGGGUCUGCACUCACCUGAACAUGCAUAAAAGAUCCAUCCACUAAACAGCAACUUCAAAGUUCAGAGAUUGUUUUAGUUUUUUGUGUUUUAAAACCCACCUAAUCUAGGCAGAAAUAAUGAGGGGUUUAGUUACAGUGUAUGAUCAUACAUUGCAUAAGCCUGCUGUGGCGGUGCUCCCUUUACGCUGGCUGGGUACCUCCGCCAGGGACCGCUUCCUAGCUGGGGCCGGAUAGGGGACUAUCUCUAUCCACUCACAGGGACUGAACGACACAUAGCCCUGAGAGCUCUUAGUCCUUACAAGGACUUUCCUCUCUGCCUCCUCCACGAGCUGGAGCAAGCUGGUUCAGUGAUUAGCCUGGGUCUCCCCACAGCAGGUCUCCAUUCUAUUCAGCACAAGUCUCUCAGGCUGGAGGGGGAUGGUUUACAUAGCCAUCUCCCACUUUGGGAGAUGACUAACAGUAUAACAAUUACAUACAGUAAGACACAUCACAUACAUUGGGUAAAACUUAGGGGGCUCUGCGCCCCAGGAAGGAAAUUGGGUACACACAUAAAUGGGGCACACACAUUCACCCCCGGUGGAUAUCUCGACUUAGGUAGCACCGGAUAGAGAGAGUGCUCUUUGGGCUGCCACUAGCCUGGACUCGUAGCUCCCAGGUAGGGGGCCUUGCUGACAGUCCGGCCACAGGCAUAAGGCUCCUGGAUCUCCCCCGGACAGUAAUUGGACUCCUUUAGGAGUAGAUGAGGUUAUAUCCAGCACAGGACCUGAGAAAAAUUCAGGCAAGCAAGUGGGGACAUGUGGACAUGGUACUCAGUUACGGCGUUCCGUCACACCUGCCAUAACUUCAGUGUACCCCAUUUUUGGCAGGUACUACUCUAACAACCUAAAAUAUUUCCAUCUGGGGCUCUCUGAAAUACAAGACUAAAUAGGGCCCUACACGGGUGCAAAACCAAGGUUCACCACCCUCCGCCUCCACCCCCCCUGUCACAGGUGCUUAAUUUCAGGGCCCUAUUUAGCCUUGUACUGCUGAGAGCCCCAGAUGGAAUUUUUUUCACCCAAGUAAGUGGGUUAUUCUCAUAAGAGCAGACAUUAGGUUAUUCGAGUAGGACCUGACAAAAAAUGGGGUACAUUGACGUUGUGGCAGGCUUAUGCAAUGUAUGAUCUUAUACUGUAACUUAACCCCCAUUAUUUUUUCCUAAAUUAGGUGUUUAAAAAAACAACAAAAACAGCAGAGUGAUCCUGGAACAUUUUAGGGUGAUAAUUUCACCCCAGACCUGAAAGGAGGUAAUUGCAAUUCUCUACACUCCAGUAAGCAAUUCAAUAGUUCGGUGAGGGAACUGGGAAAAACAUCUCCCUGAGAAAUAAUCGUUUUGCUUGAUCAAACUCUGUGUCAGCUAUACAUAUUUAGAAUGUAAAUGUGCUUAACACGCAAGCACAGGGAUAGCCUAACACGCACGCACAGGGAUAGCCCAUAGGCGAUGCCAGUAAUAGAACACACCCUGAGGGAGGGAAUUUCACGGGUGCUAAUACAGAGGCUUUGUGGAGAUAUAGACUGCUUGGUUUUGUUUUCUGCAAGGAAUGAACAAUUCAGAUACUUAUUGCUUUUACAACUAUCAUUUUUGUUUUUCUCGUGUUCCUUUUUUUAUUUUUUUUUAUUCUUAAGAGUAUGAUAGUCCAAGAAACAGAAAAUAAAGUUCAAAGUAAUUGAUUUCCACCUGCACUUUAUAGUCACUUUAUAAAUUUGUCCACCUUCUAAAUUACAGCAGUGAUUCAUUCCUUACUUUGAGUCUUGUGGUUAACUUUUUAUUAAAGUGUAAAGCUUCCAUGCAGACGGUAUAUCCACUAAAUUGGGAACUGGAGAAAACGGACAAGAGAAUUGCAGAUUUUUUUUUUACCAAAACAGCUAAGCUGGAUAAUACGUUUGCAUUAAAUGUGUGAGAUAGAAUACAGCUUUUAAGAUGAGAAGACUGCUGUCAUUACCAGUCAGAUGAUUCUAUGAGGUGUAAGUUGUUUUUUUUUUUCUCCCAUCAACGAUUUAUUUUUAUUUUUUUAUUAUGGUCUGAUUCUCACUAAUUCCAGUUUACUUAUAAAAAAACACACCCUGCUAUCUAUCCAACUAUCACCUUUCUCUUAUUGUAAAACUUGGACUACAGGAAGAUAUCACAAUUUGUAUGUCUCCAUUGAUACUUAUUUUGUUGUGCACAUGUAUCUCUUACUAUCUUAUCAAAUAUAAAAAAAAAAAAUUGGGGUAAAAAACAAAACAAAACGAAACCUCCUUCUAUGACGUCUUCUGGCUUGUUGGAGGAAAUCGGACAUCUUGUGUAAUUGUAAAUCUAUUUUAUACUUGUUUGGACAAUUUUGUUUUCCUAAUUAUUUGUCUUUUGAUGAUUAAUUUAGGUUGAUUUUUAUUUUUUUUAUUUUUUUUUUUAUCCUUAUUUGCGUUUGUGAUCAUUAUUUUCUUUUAUUUUUUUUUAUUUUUUAUUAUUAUUAUUCUGGCACUGCAAGAGCAGACAGUAAUCCAAUUUUGGUUUCAAGUCUCUGCGUUUACAUAUUUUUUGUAUUUUCAGUGGAAAUUCUGUAUUAAGCUGGAAUAUAUUUGAAAUAUAUAUAUUUUUUUUUUUUUUUACCCUGCCUAAUCUGGAUAUGAUAUUGUAAUAUUUACAUCAAAAGCCUUUCAAAUAGAUAUUUCCCCAUUUAUUUAUUUAUUUUAUACAUGUAUAACCUGAAGACUGUCAAGUGUUCAGUCAAGUUUCACAGCCUUUGUCCGCUUGGUCACUGGCUAUACUCCCCUCCUUACAGCUUUGUGUCCCUUCCAGAAGGGACACGUCACUGAUACUGUGUUGAUUCUCACACAAUCAUCAAUACAGGUCCUUCAAUUUACUUGCAUGCCCAAUGAAGGGCAGAGCAUGGGAUUCCUGCUGCCAUCAUCCCGGCAGGACUGGCACAAUGUUGGAAAGGCAAGUGACACUGGACGUGAGACCUGAAAUCGAUGUGCAAGGGGCUAUAGGGAGGCUGUGGGCAGGACCAUGAAAAAUUACAGAUCCACUUUAAGCAGAAAAUAUGAAAAUUUUUGUCGUUUACUUACCCCAAGACUAAUCCAAGGUCUUAUUUUACUUGUUAUUGUUUCAGUUUCUAAAUUCAUCAUGCAUAAUUUCAAUGAGGUACUAAUUUAUUCCAAGUUUUAUUAGUAUAUCAUAAAAAAAAGUACAAUAGAAGAUAGUGCAAGUGGGUAGUGAUUUAUGUCAGUGUAUUGUGUUUUUAAAAAGUGUUUCUCUAAUAAUUUUUUGUUUAAAAUAGAAAAAUGUCCUAUUCGCAUUAUUCUAUUGGCACCCCCCACACACAAAAAAAUCAAGGCGCCUUUAAAAAAAAAUAAAAAAUUAAAGUAGUCAAAGAAAAGCCGAUUUAUAGCCGUAGGAGCAGUGACCCUGAAACCAAAAAAAACUUACACAAUUGGUUUAAAUUUCUUCUAAGUUUGGCCAUGUGGGCUAGUAAUCUCCAGGGCCUGCUGCCCCACCUAAAGAAGUGUUAUGUCUGAACAUCAAGUCUGGGUUGUGCCUGGUUAGUCUAAAAAGUUGUGAGUGUUUGUUUCUUUUCGUGAAGCUGCGAGAUUCAGUGAUUGAAGUGUGGUCUGAGAGUGAAACAUUUAUUUAUUAAUUGUUAAAAUAUUAUCAAAUCUUAGCAUUAUGGAAGCCGUCAUCUAAUCAAUAACACACAAAAUACUAAACACCCACUUUUUAUUUCCUGAGCCUUUUCAAUUUCACCUUCUCUUACAUCAUUUUUAUAUUGGUUCUUUUUUUAUGCAGUUGCUAUGGACACCCAGAGACUGCAUGCGUAAGUAUGACACAGAUAACCAUCAAAUUCUAAAUUGAAAAUGUUCACCUAUAAGAUUAGAUAGGAUUUUUAUUUAUUUAAUUUUUUUGUUUUUAGAGAACCCAUUUACAUGACUUCUUAUUUUUAAAGGAACACUAUAGUGACAGGAAUACAAAGCUGUAUUCCUGUCACUAUAGCUGUGAAAACCUAGUUAAGGUUCCUGGUUUACUCUCCUUUUUUCCAGUGCCACGCAGGUUCGUCGCAGUUGGCCCCUCCCCUGCUCCGCCUCUAUAGCUAAGAUUAUCAGUCUUGAUAAUUGCAGCCAAUCCAAUGCCUUCCCACAGGAAAGAAUUGGGAGGCUAUUGUGCAUGCGCAGCAAAACACUGCGCUGCGCCAAUCAGCAUCUCCUCAAAGAAAUGCACUAACACAAUGCAUUUCUAUGAGGAACGUUCAACUCUUUAAAGCAGGGCAUGGAGACACUGAACAUCAGUGCUGUGCAUUAUGCAGCUUUGACCCAGGAAGCAUCUCAAGUGGCCAUCUGAGUGCUGCCUAGUUACACGUCUAGUGGCAGUCAAUGUAAACACUGCAUUGUCUCUGAAAAGGCGGGGUUUAUAUUGUCUCUGAAAAGGCAGUGUUUAUAUUCAAAUUCCUGCAGGAACAGACUAUACACACACCAGAACAACUACAUUAACUGAUUAUAGUGUCCCUUUAAUAAUGCUUAUGUAACCAGUAUGCAAGCAACAUGUAAUCACUGUAAAUUGUGUUUUUGGCCCCAGAUAUAUUUUGACUUAUACUUAGAUUCUAAAGUAGCAGCAGCCAUCCUACAAUUUUUUUACAGAUAUUUUAUAGAUAUUUUCUUUUCUUAACUGUAAGUUAGACAAAAAAGCAGUAUGAAAGAUUACUUGUAAACAUUGUAUUGAAAUGAAAGUAACAAUUUUACUGUAGCAGUAUAUUAAUUUGCCAUUGAUAACAUUACAAGGUGAAUGCACCAAAAGGUGCCUCAGAGCCACAGGGCAGCAAGGUGUUUUAAUCACUUAAUUCUCUUUGUAAUUGGGCUGUUAACAUCACAUCUAGAACUGUAUCGGGGUUAUUCACUAAAGACUGUAAAAUGACCGAAUUCCGACCUCAGUGGUAGUUCUUAUAUUUACAAACGCAAAAAACGUUGGAAUUCAGUCGGUCCAGGUAGAUUCUUAGCUGGUGUCUGGAUACAUGUUUUAUGGAUUAAAGUCGGUCCAUUCUCAUAUUGUAUCCUAUAAAAAGUAUAGGAUUCAGAAUAUUUAGAGAGCACUGGAUUUAUUAAAAUUUAGAACUGAAUAAAUUGGGCAGAAUGUACAUUUGCAAAAUAUCACUCGCUUUUUUGCAAUUGAAUAAUAAUUUGAGGUGCUGCUUGCCAGCUGGCAUCGCUCUGACAGCCAAGUCUCCAGAUAAAUCUCACUUCUCUUGAUAACUUGCCUUUUAGCUCUCUUACUGAUAUUGUUUAACUCAGUCUCUUGUGAGAUCACGGUGGACAGGACAAUAGGUUAACUUUUUUUUAUUAGAAUAGCUCUUAACCACUGACCGUGGGGGAUCAGGGUGAUUUAUCUAUCCCCCAUCCAUGACAUGAGGAAGAUAGUUUUAAACCUCCCUUAUUUACCCCUUUAACCCCUUAAGGACCAAACUUCUGGAAUAAAAGGGAAUCAUGACAUGUCACACAUGUCAUGUGUCCUUAAGGGGUUAAGCUUUUUCUUUCUUUUCUUAAAAAAACCCAAACUAUUUAAUGUGGCGGAUGGUUAGCAGGCACUGACCAGCCACCACAUACUUAAAGGGACACUAUAGUCACCAGAACAACUACAGCUUAUUGAAUUUUGUUCUGAUGAGUAGAAUCAUUACCUUCAGGCUUUUUGCUGUAAACACUGUCUUUUCAGAGAAAAUGCAGUGUUUACAUUACAGCCUAGUGAUAACUUCACUGGCCAUUCCUCAGAUGGCUGUUAGAGAUCCUUCCUGGGUCAUGGCUGCCUAAAAUGCAUCCAAAUAUUCAGUAUCUCCUCCCACUUCUGAUGAUCUCGGCAGACUGCUUUUUUUUCAGAGGCAAACAGCACGCAAAGUUACAGCUUCAAGCUUGAAUACAGUAAGAUUUUUACUAUAUUUAUGGAGGCAUGAGGGGCUCAGGGGGGCUAGAUGGUGGUGUUAACACUACAGGGUCAGGAAUACAUGUUUGAGUUCCUGACCCUAUAAUGAUCCUGUAAUUCUCAUAUUGCUGAGGUUUACUAAACUAGAAAGGGUUCAGAUUUUUUUUUUUUAAUCCUGGCCUGGAUUUUAAGCGUUCAGUCCAAAUUUCAGUCACUCUGAAGUGUUUUGGUCCUGCUCCAAUCCAGACCAAAUUCAGACCUGAAUUGCAAAUUCUGGACAUAAUUGAAUAGUGCAAACAGUUUUUUGGAUUUCACAAUUCCAAUGGCCUUGUAUGCAGCAGGAUGGUUUUGUCAGAAUUCAGUAAGUAAACCUGUAAUGUGUUAUUUAUUUUUAAGAAAAUUGUGUCUUCCUUUCUUUAAAGAACCGCUAUAGUGCCAGGAAAACAAACUCGUUUUGCUGGCACUAUAGUGUUAACAUGUCCCACCCUCAGGGUCCCCCUCCCGCCAGGCUGAAAUGGGAGGAAGGGGUUAAAAUCUUACCUUUCUCCAGCGCUGGGGACUCUCCUCCUCCUUCCAACAUCAUCGGCUGAAUGCGCAUGCGCGGCAAGAGCCACGCAUUCAGUCAGUCCAUAGGAAAGCAUUACUCAAUGCUUUACUAUGGACGCUGGCGUCUUCUCACUGUGAAAAUCAGUGAGAAGCGCGGAAGCGCCUCUAGCGGCUGUCAGUGAGACAGCCACUAGAGGCUGAAUUAACCCACAUGUAAACAUAGCAGUUUUUCUGAAACUGCUAUGUUUACAGCAGGCAGGGUUAACCCUAGAUGGACCUGGCACCCAGACCACUUCAUUAAGCUGAAGUGGUCUGGGUGCCUAUAGUGGUCCUUUAAGAGUGUACAGAUCACCCACCCAUGUGAAAAUAGCUGUUUUACCCAUAAUGUGCAGGUUCCCCCCAAUAUUUUAGUUUCAUUAUUUUCUGUUUUAAUCAGGCUUACGGAGUUUUACAAGAGUAAUUCAGAAACAAAAGCAAAGGGAAAGAAAAAGUGUCUGCAGUAUUGACAAAGUUAUCCACAACAAUAGACACUGGGAAAACAAAGGAAUACUUUCAAACUUCACUAUAAAGAGAUCUCCCCAACUCUAAAAGCAAAAAUCCUUAUUGUAGCAUUUAUUGGGAAGGAAUGGCCUUGAAUGGUCUGCUACAUAGCCAGGGCACAGUUUGCUGUACAAAGUGAAACUCAGAAGAGGCAAUCUCCUUGUAGUUAUCAUGUGAGCAUAAUCAUGUGAGAACUACAUGGAUUAUACUGAAAUUAGCCUUAAAGUAUGUCAUGGUAGAGAUUGUAAACAGAUGAAACAAAUGAAUUAUAGGUAGACCUAUCAGAAUUAACAAACAUUAGGUGCUACUGGAUAUGAGAGGUUUAGCUACAGCAAAUGUCAUACAAAACACAAGUACAUUCACUAUCCACUAUUGCUGCCUGGUCUGAAACUGUUUCGAGUGAACAGCAGCUGAUUAAAAUGGAAACCUUUAUCAAAUAAGAUAUGGAUAAUUUGCCGUUCAUUCACUGGCUUCACACAUGGUUAUUCAGGAAAUUGCAGAUAAAAGGUUAUUUGAAUUUACACCUGUUGGAUAAAACUCUAAAAUUCAUCUGACUUUUGUUAGGCUUCUUACUCCUUGUCUUAAAUUGUUUUCUAUGAGAUGCUAAUUUUCUUUAGAUUUGUCUAAACAAAUAAAUAUAAUAAUAAUAAUAAAUAAUUAGCAAAAGACUUCAUAAUCCAGUUCACAGCCAGGGCAAACAUUGCAGAUGAAGAGGCAAAUAGAGAUUUAUCAAAGUAUUGACAACUCUUUUAUGUCUAGCUUGCAGCACAUUUUUAGCAUAAUUUUAUUAAAUCUGUAAGUUUUUUUUUUUUUUUUUUUUGUGCUCUGUCAUAAAAAAAAGAAUAUAUUUAUUUUUCCCUUUUUGUUUUUAAAAUUCUUUAUUUUUAAAGUGCAUUGCCAAUAUCACAUAUAUGCAUAUAUAUUACAAGAUGUAACAUCAUAGAAGAUUAAGAUUACAUGUUGACAUUUCUGCACUGUUUUAAGGUAAAAAAUUAAACAAAAAAAGCAUACAGUGUAUAUGGUGAGAACUUCAUGGAUUAUACUGAAAUUAGGCGUAAAGUAUGUCAUGGUAGAGAUUGUAAACAGAUGAAACAAAUUAAUUAGAGGUAGACCUAUCAGAAUUAACAAACAUUAGGUGCUACUGGAUAUGAGAAGUUUAGCUACAGCAAAUGUCAUACAAAACACAAAGUAAGCUAUCUGAAAAUAUAAAUUUACUCCUUCAGAGAGAGGGAUAUGGCCCCCAUAGAGCUGUAGUCCAUGAAAACCAAGCAUGUCAAACUCAGACUAGCAAGGGCCAAAUAAACAAGGUUUAAGUUUAUGUGGGCCACAAAAAACAAACAAACUUAAAUUUUCAUAGAAACGUAGGUUUGUUUUGAAAAGUACAGUAUAAACAAAAAACCACAGCACCCCCCCAUAUACUAAAUCCCAGCACCCUCCUCUAGCCAAAGCGGAUCCUCCCACUACUUCUUGACACCCUGUGAAAGUGGAGCACAUCAAUGUCACGUUGGAAUGUGACGUGGCUUUGUGUGCCUCUGUGCACCUCUAGGUCCUCAACUGUUCAGCCGUGGCCAUUGCAACCCAUCCACACACACUCACUGACACAGACAGACAAACAUACUUACUGACAGACACACACACACACUCUCGCUGACACACAGACACACACACACACUGACCGACACACACUUACACAUCCUUGCACACACUCACAUUAUUGUAAUUAUUCCUGGGGUCCAGUGGGGAUGUUCUGUCUGGAGAUCUCCUUCCAGCUCCUCACUGCUCCCUCACGCGCAGUUUAAUUAUGCCGGGUGCCGGAAUAUGAUGUCAUAUCCUGGCGCCCGGCAUCACUACAGCGCCUCGCUGCAUCCACCUUACUUACCCUUCCUUCCUGGCUGGGUAAAUUAUAGCAGAGUAGGCACCUGCAAUGUGGGGAAAGCAGAUGCCUACUUUGCUUGGAUUUGCGUGGUUGUUCAAGUUCUCCCAAAACUGCGCACACAGGUGAUCGAAUGUUUUGAGGAAAUGGUCCGCAAGGGAAGGUGGUUGUGUGAAAGCUUGUGAAACCAUAGGCCCAGGUGCAGCAUCCAUCUUAGUUGGUAGCUCCCAUCCCUUGGAGUCGAUCAUGACUUCAGUGCCUCGCUGAGGAGGCCACCAGUGCUGACUGGUACUAAGGGGGAAAGUACAUGGCUCAGGCGUUUUUAAAACCAGUACAGAGGAUCGGCCUCCAUCCCUGCCUCCAGAAUAGACGUAGGCCGCAGACAUAUGUAUCAUGGUUAAUGCCCUCAAAUUCCAGGCAGAAGCAAGUCAAACAAUCAGCCAAAUGUUCCCUCUGUGGAUAAGUAAGAAUAGGCUUUUUCAAGGGAGCUCUAGCCACAUGCGACAUGCUGGGCCGUUGUCAGGCUGUCCCACCCCCCACAUUCUAUCAUUUUUUUUAGUAUAUACCUUGUUUUUCCUCCUUGACUCCAUAGAUUUACGCAUUUUACCUCACUUUUUCUAUUACAAUUUCUACAUAAACUGGCCGACUUUACAGAAUAACAUAAUUUAUUUUGGAUACUUUAAAUAAAUACAUUGAUGAUGACUUUUAACCGUCACUUCAGAACACUUUAACACAUUUGUGACGGAUCGCCUGGCACCCCACUGGGUACCUCCAUCAAUUUCUGCUUCCUAGUACUUAUGAGUACCAUCAGCACUGCACUGGAACACCAUAACCACCAUAAACCCCAUGAACCGUUGCAGCUUGGUUGGGGUCUUGCCGUCCUCCACCCACCUUGGACCCAAGACCAGGAUCCAUCUUCCAGUGGGUAGGCCUCUCCUAGUCCAGAGAGCGUAGCAGGAACCGCUCUUACAAGAGCUUAGUGAUCAUUAUAGCAAUCCCCAGAGUGUAUGUAGUUCUCCAAUCCCCCAAACAUGAGCCUAAACUUCAUGAAGGGUAGAACAAGUCUGUUUAAUGGAAGCCAAAGCUGGCUUUUUAUGCAAGUUUCCCAACAAAGGUGAUGCCCAGGUGGACCUUGUUAGGCACAGGGACACAAAGUGUACAAGCCAAUAAAACCAAUGUGACAAUGAAUGACACUCCCACACAAUCCCUCCCCUCUGCCUGUGAUAUAAUUUAGGCAGAUACUACAUUAACGUAAUUAUCCCCAGGCAUAAAAAACACACAUUUAUACAAAGUCCAAUACGUACCCCAAAAUACAACAUAUCCCCAUAAAUGUUACAUCCCCUGAUAGCCCUGAUCUGGGUGAACAACAAAAAUCCAGAUCAGAUAAGGGGUUCAGAAAUUUUAUUGAAGUCAUAUUUUUGCCUAGGCGCAGAUAUGGUACCAUGCCCAAAACAGUUCCAUAGAAUCGCGGCUAAGUGCCGCCGGAGGACCGACCAGGAACCACAAGGGUGUCAUGCCAAAAAUAUUUCCAGGGCAUUCGCGGCUAAGUCCCCCUGAAGUCUAUUCGCGGUUUUGGUCCAUGCGAACAAGAUGGCCCCACCACCACGUGUUCAAAUGGUGGCACUUCGACUAUUCGGGAGUUCGAAGAACCAUUGUUUAAAGUUCCAAUAGCCAUAAUUGAGGUCUCUCAGCCAAAACAUAUUAAAGGGGCCAUAGUCAAAUGCUAAAAGGCUGGCAAGUAGUCCCCUCCAAGAACCAGUGGCGAAGUUGCUUUUGUCACAACAUUAAAGACACAGCUUCAGUUUGUCCUUAAAGAAUGGUAAACUCAACACUAUCUUUAAACAUAUUGAUCUUUUCAUCACGUUUUGAGAGAAAAUAGAUUGUGGUAAAUGAAGUAUAUGUAAUAAAGUGAGAGAAAUGCAUUACUACCUUUAUGGCCUUCUGCCAUAUACAUAUAUCCUGGAUCAUACAGUGUUUUGAAUGAGACUAUAUAGAGGUUUUCAAACACUGUCUGACCCAGGUUGUAUGUAAAUGGUUGAAUGACCCUGUCAUAUACUAAAGGAUGUUUUUUUUUUUUGUUUUUGUUUUUUUCAUAUACUUAUAUACAAAAUAGUGUAUAAAAAAAUACACUAUUUGUUAAAUAAAGGGAUAAUUUGAAGAAAAAAAAUAGGAAGUGUCAGUUCCCUUUUUAAAGUGGCUAUAGAAUCUUUAUGAAAUUCUCAUGUUGACUGUGUUUUAAUUUCACUGAAAUUCCAACCCAGUCAAAAAAUAUACUUAAAGCAGGGACUCUUUUGUCUUAGUAUUUUUCCACUGCAUGACAGAUGACGGAACUACCUUUUUGUAAACCUUGAUAUUUCCCCCUGCCGUCACCAGUGGCUGUGGGGGACACCUCUUUCUAUGGAGUAUACAGCGGUUCCAUAGAUCUGUGUUGUACUCCCACAACACUGCGGUAUCGUCCAUAGAUCUCAAUGUUGUACUCUCACAUAUGAGCAAGAAUACAGCGCUGACUUUGGUUCCCGACAGCUGAAGCACCAGGAGCUGAAGAGGAGCUGACGGAUGAGGAUCACAGUGCAUGCGAGUGACUGGUUCAGGUAAGUAAAACCUAAUGUCACUACCCAGAUGACUGACCUGCUUUAAAUCUAUUGGCAGUAGUAACCUUUUUAGAACCCUGAAACUAGAGACGUUCUUCUUAUGUGUCCACACAAUGAUAACUUAGUUUACCUUUGGCACUGCAACUCUUAACGCACAAAAGCGGGAAUCCUGUUUGAUUUGCAAAAAAGUAUUAGGAGGAGUAGUAUUGCACGGUAUUGCUAAACUGAUAUGUGGGGGAAGGUUGCUAACCAUGCUGACAAUAUAUUAGAGCUGAAAAGAGCUCUGGAAAAAUCAGGAACUGCCUCUGAUUUUGCUUGUGUAAUAUGUGUAAUGAGAAGAAGAGAGAAAAACAAACAAGACAGUCCAAGUGGUGUUUGGUCAGUACUAUUAACUGGGAACAGUUGUGUUAAUGUAAUUGUAUUGUUUUGUUUUAACCAUGUGAAAGUUUUACAUUGAAAUCACUUAAUGACAUUUAGCAUAAACCAAAACCUUUUUUGACCUACUUAUUUUUUAUUUUUUUUUUAAAGUGCUGAGAAUAGGUAUGUUUUAAAAAAGCCUCACCCUGUUCAUUUAACAUUGAGGAUCACCAGUAAAUCCAGUUUGAUUUCUUAAUUUCUAACCCAUUGCACACCACAUUGUGAGGUCUAAAAAGCUCAGGUUGAGAAGCCCAUGUACUAUCACCCUCAUUAACAUACAACUAAAUGUUUAGAACAGUCAUCUUACAGAGUAGGCUACAGCCUGUGGGUACAAACGGCGUAAUCCCAAAUAAGAUUGAUUUGGUCAAUUCGCUAUCAUAAUUACAUUUGGACAACUGCAAUAAACCAUAAAGGUUUGGAACAUAUCACAUUACAUGGCCAACAUUGCACAAGUGUGAUUUUUGCAUUUUUUUUUUUUUGGGGGGGGGGGGGUGUUGCACUGUUUUGGUUUUUGUGACAGUGGCUUUAUGCAACAGUCACGUACAGCAGUGGUUCUAAUUUUAUUUGGACACACUGUGCAAGCAAUUUCCAUUGCUAACUUCUUUCUUUUUAACCUUGAGCAGCUGCUUAUACAUAUCAGGGGAAUUCCAAUCUCAAAGGAACACUUCAAGCACUGUAACCACUACAGUGCAAUGUAGUGGUUAUGGUGCCAGGAAUACACUGGCACCCUCCUGGUAAUAACAAAAAAAACGUUUUAGAACACUUUUACUUCUUCCUACCUCAGGUCCACUGGACUCUGCUCCCAGCUUCCACUAAAGCCUUCCUGAAAGCCAGAAAGGGCUCAACAAAUUUCAACAGUAAAUAUUACACUUAUCUAAGUCAUAGAGUAAGCCUUCAAAAUUCAGUUUCAGUUCUAAAAUCCACACCACCGACUGAUAGAAGUAAUGCAGAGACCACUUGUGCUUAUCCAUUAUGGUGGCAUUACUCUAAAGCAGGGGUUCCCAACUAGUGGUACACAUACCCCCCAGGAGUACAAUGUAGUGCUGCCGGAUGCACGUGAAAGAAAUUUGGUAAUGGCGGCUUUGUACCAUGAGGGGCAUGAGUGUGCGCUGCAUCGCUUCCUGCCAGCUCACACAGACCGAGUCAUGUGGGAGAUGGGAGCCAUGAUGGGGGGGGGGGCCGUAUUGGGAGAGGAGCAAGACCCCAACUGCCUAUGUAUCUGCAUGUGUGUCAGUAGGUGUAUAUGUGUUUGUACAUAUGUAUGUGUAUCUGCAUGUGUGGCAGUAUAUGUGUCUGUAUGACAGUGUGUGUACCUGUAUAUCUUUGUAUCUGUGAGUAUGUCAUUCUUUGUAUUUGUGUAUCUGCAUGUGUGGCAAUGUUUGUAACUGUGUGCCUGGACAGCAAUAUAUGUGUAUCUGCCUGUGUGUCAGUAUGUGUUUGUAUCCAUCUAUGUAUCUGCACGUGUCAAUGUAUAUCUGUGUGUCUGUGCAUCUGCAUGUGUAUCAGUGUUUUGUUUAUAUCUGUGUCUUUGUGUGAUUUUGCUUGUCUGGAUGUAUAAAAAAAUAAAUAAAAAAAAUUAAAAAAUAGGAGAGAUCCGCACUCUCAUCACCUGUAGACCUCGGUGCACUGUACCUAGAGCUUGCAAACACCUAAUCCAUAUAGUAACAGCAAAGUAGUCCAGGCAGUCAGCUGAGCUUGAUAAAGAUCCCUGAAGGAAUCGAAACGUUGCUGUAUCUGUCAUGUUUUUCCGAUAAAUCUAGUGGGUCGCACUGCUCCUUUGAUGUCAUCAGAUGGAGGGGAUUUAAUGCAUAUACGUGGCAACAGCCACGUUCACAUUAGGCCAUCCCCAAAAGAAAGCAUUUAUCAAAUGCUUACCUAAGGGAUUAUGCUUGAUGCUGGAUGUCCUCAUACAAAAAUAUUUUUUUUUAAAUGUGUAUGUAUGGUUUUUUUUUUCCCCCCCCACUUUUUUUGCUGUUCUGUUGUGAUUCUUCUACAUUAAGAAUUUACAGAUAAAUAAAAGAUGAGGUAUAUGUAAUAAAUAUUAGCAAAGGUGGUUAUAAGCUAUAUGUCUUUCUUACAUAAAAAUGAAAAUUAACAUUAAUCAAAUUUAAGCAAAUAAAUGUAACGCAAAGCUAAUGAACAUGCAGGAGACAAAAUCCUGAUUUGUGUUUUCAGUAGUGACCUCAUGGAUAUCCAGACAUGUAGCUGCUCAGACAGAUUAACAAUGGAAAAGUAGAAGCUCUUCCUUUCAAUGCCCUUGCUUUUUACCUAAAUGGUCUAAUCUGCUUAUGCUGCUUGGCAGCACGUUCCAUCUUAUUAAUUAUGAAUGAUGACAAGUAUGUCAGCAGUUGUAUUUUAAGGGUUUUAUUGAACACCUGAAAAUACAUCUCUAUUCUUAUCUCUUGAUACCUGCUAACUCAUAAGCCUUUUUAAAAAACAUAGUCCUGUUAUCUGUUUCCAUGAUCCCUCACCUCCCAUCCUCCAGUUUGCACUGCCAGGCUAAUGUGCUGAAGGGAUUUCUAAUUUAUACAUUUAAAAAAAAAAAUAAUAAUAAUAAGUUUUAUUUUUUUUUUAUGGCUUUUAUCACAUGUACUUAUGGAGCUCGAAUUGUAUACUUGUAUAAAUCAAUUACUAGGUGCUAAGCAUGAAUGCAACUGCUUGAUACCUUUUCAAUGGCCUGUGAAGGAAAACAGUGCUGAAUGAUUUAGAAUAAUAUGGUGUGUAUGUGUAUAUAUGAGGUACAUUGGCAUUGUGCAGGUUUAUACAAUUUAUGAUCAUAAAAACAAAACCCAGCAAUUCUAUGAGUUUUAAAAUUGACAUUUAGUGAAUAAGUGAGUGUGCUAGACCCUGUAUGAUUUAUACCUAUUUUUACUAAUUGGUGCAUUCAGUUUUUUCAGCCUUGCCCAUUUCUAAUCUGUGCGCAUAGCCAUUAAAUAAAUCAAAUCCAGCCAUUACAUAUCCAUAGUUAAACACUGAUGGUACAAUGGCAGUAGCAAAGAGCUUAAAGGGACACUGUUGGCAUAACAUAGAUCAUAACAGAGAUCAUGGUCCUGCAGUUUCACUACUCCAUUAUCUGCCAUAGUUUAUACAGCCCCACUCUACUCACACAUCACUACUUGCUCAGUCUUGCUAAACACUUCCUGUAAAGAGAGAUCUAAUGUUUCAACUUCCUUUAUUGCACAGUCUGCUUAAUUUAGAAUUUAUCUCCUGCUAUAUCAAUAGGUGUCUUGACCCUGCAGGAGCCUCCUGCAUGUGAUUAAAGUUCAAUUUACAGAAAGAAAGACUUCUAAAGCAAGUUAACAUCUGAAAAUAAACCAUUUUCAUGUGAGUCACAGACAUAGGGGGUGUGGCUAGGACUGCAUAAACAGAAACAAAAGGGAUUUGACACCUAAAUGGCAGAGAAUUGAGCAGUGAAACUGCAGGAGCAUGAUCUAUAAACAUAAACUUCUUCAUUAAGCCAAAGUUGUUUUGCUGCCUAUAGUAUCCCUUUAAUGACUUGAAACAUGGCAUAGUCAUAGAAUACCACUUUUUGCCUUCUACAUAUCCUUCAGUCAGUUGUGCUAUUUGUGGAGUGGACGUGUGUAGGAGCAAAAUGCCAUGCCACAAAAUGUUACCACCGUGGUACAGACGUUUGUGUGUUUCUCUUUUUUCUUUUAAAGAGAAAACAAGUGUAGGCUUGUGCAGACUAUACCUAUUCUGUAAUGUAAGGCUACUAGAAAAGAAGAAAAAUGUAUAACUAAAAUGCUGAGUUCUUCUAUCUUAGUGUAAAGACCAAGCUUUAAAUUUCUUUACUCUCUUGGCUGAGCAUACUUUGCUGACUAAAAAAAGUCAAAUUAAUCAUCAUAUUACAAGUAAUGGUAUCCUAAAAAUAGCUGCUCCCACAGUCUUUAUUUUGGUAAAUUUCCAAGUGUAAAUCUUAAAGAGAGAGCCAGUAUUUACUUAGCAAAACUAGCUCCUGCCAACAAAGAAACUCUUCUGUUAAGAUCUGGGGCCAGAAGAAGAAAUAUUUCGGCAGUGCUAAACUGACACAUUAACACACAUACAGACACUCUGUCAGUGUGUGUGUGUUUGUGUGUGUGUGCAUUGUGCGUGUAUGUAUGUGCAUGUAUCAGACAUACAUUCAGAACCUGUAUCUUACUGCCCCCUAAACCCAAGCUCCUCUCCGUUAAUGCAUAAGUCAACUAACACAUUAUCUAUCCUACCAAUAAUGAUGGACUGUCACUGCAAGCACUAGGGGUGGGUUACCGCUCAUCUAUGUGCAAACUUGGUUGACUUUGGCAGGGGUAAUGGGGGAGUAUAUAGUCUACAUUAUCUGAGCUGCUGCAGAGAAGGUAGGCUUUAGGUGCACAAAGAGUCCUGAGGUUUGUUAAACUGCUAAAAGUGGGGGGAGGGCACCUAAAGACUGUCUGCACCAUAACAUUAUUGCCACCAUUAGCACCCUUUUAACCCUCUCACUGCCUUCAGUGUUGUACAAGAGUUUGGGUGGGGGGAGGAUAAUUGUUAAGCGGGUUCCAGGCGCAUCCAUUCCAUAUUUCCAUAUUAUGUGUAUAUAUUGAAGAAAUGUUUUAAUAUUUAAUAUAUUGGUUUGUAUUAUAUAUAUAUAAUUUUUUUUUUUUCUCUGCAAUACCAGCACAGGCCAGUAGAGGUCACUGUGUAUGGAGAGAGGCAGGGAUAGGAAGUUACAGCAUCUCCCUGCCUCUCUCUACUCACUGAUCCAUGGGGGAGCAGCUACAUAGCACAGAGGGUCCAGACAGCAGCUCCCAACCUGCAGAGACAGACUACAGCUCAUUUAUAUGAAGGACAUAUGGGGAUACUGAGACACUAGGGGACACAGACACUAGGGGAUGCGUGAGGACACUGAGACACUAGAGGACACUUAGAACUAGGGCACACUGGGAAACAUGGAGACAGACAUAGGGACACUGUCACACAUGGGGACACUGUGAGACAUAGGUAGAUGCAUUGGUACAAUGUCUCCCAGUGUCCCCAUGUCUCCCAGCCAGUGUCUUAGUGUCCCCAUGGCUCCCAGUGUCCCCAAAUGUCUGUGUCCCCAUGUCUCCCAGCAUCCCUAUGUCUCCCAGCCAGUGUCCCUAGUGUCUGUGUCCCCAUGUCUGAGUGUCUGUCCCUAUGUCUGUGUCCCUAGUGUCCCCAUGUCUCCCAGUGUCCCCAUGCCUGUCCACAAGUGCCCCAUGUCUCCCAGUGUCCCCAAGUGUCUGUGUCCCCAUACCUCCCAGCCAGUGUCCCUAGUGUCUCAGUGUACCCAUGUCUCCCAGUGACCCCAUGUCUCCCAGUGCAUGUGUCCCCAUGUCUUUGUGUCCCUAGUGUCUGUGACCCCAUUUUCCCAGUGUCCCCAAAUGUCUGUCUCCCAGUGCCCCCAUGUCUGUAUCCACUAGUUUCCCAGUGUCCCCAUGUUUCCCAGUGUCCCCAUGUCUCCCAGUGUCCACGGGUCUCUCAGUUUCCCCUAGUAUCCUAGUGACACGGGACACACUGAGACAUGGGGACACUGGGAGAAAUGGGGACACAGACACUGGGAGACUAGGGGACUGGGCGACAUGGGGACACUGACACUGUGAUACAUAGGGACACUGAUGCCAGGCUGGCCUUCCAAUUCUUUAGACAGAUGUUCACCACUUUUGGCAGUUCUGGUCACGUGAUUUGCAUCAGUGGCCCACCAUUUUACCCCUCCCAUUGACUUCCUGUUUCACUGGACACUGCUGUUAGGGGGUAUGGAUUUACUUGAAAGAUGAAAGCAUAAAUUAGAUAAAGAGAUUAGCAUAGAGUAUGUGUUUUCUUAUAGCUGCAUCCUUUGAGUUUUCCUCCAACACCACCUCCAUCAGAUACAUGACGAUUGAGAGGUAUGACUGUUUUAGUGUUUUUGGUCGAUAAGAUUCUGUAAUUAGGCCCAUCAUAAUUGUCAGCACCAGACCCACUGGGCUCUUAAUCUGGCCCUGAAUAAAUCAAGCCAUUUCCUGACAUCUAUAGAUCAAUAUAAGAAAGAAUUGCCAACACUGUCAUUAUACCACUAUUUCUGGCUUGUAAAUAAAGAUAUAUAUUAUAUAUAUGGAGAUGGGCUGUCAGCCACAUGAAGAGUUUAUUCUGCAAUAAGAUUUAAAACACAAAUGCUGAUUAAAAUAAUAAACUUCUUCUCAGGGUUAGUGUCAGAAAACUACAAAGAAAUAUAUUUAAAUCAAAAAAUGUUUAUUUAGAUCUCUUCAGACAUACCAGUACAAGCACAUGCAUACCUCUACAAAUUCACUGCACAAACAUCAUUAUCAUAUAGUUUGUGUCAUAGAACUCUACAGCAACAAAUCGCCUAUCCGUGCGACCUCCUUUCACAAACACUGGGGUUAAGGUAAAAAUAAGAGGUUGAAGAGCUGUUUUUGAAUAUUCUGUCCUCUGUAGCUUACUGACGAACACAUUUAAUUACACUUUUUAUUACAGUGGGUCUCUUUAAUACGUUAAUACACAUUGCACAUUACAAUGGAGCUUUGUAAUGUGUCCAUACAUACUGCACAUCACUGUGGAACAACUGUGUAGGGCAUUCAUAAGCACUGCACAUUACCAAGGCGCUCCCACAGCCACAUUCCCCUCAUCCGUUAAACUCUGCCACUCAGUCAUUUGUGCUUCACCUUUAUUCCCAUGUACACCCGUUUUUAGUGGCACAACCAUUUUGCAUUUCUUCACCAAGGGGCGAAAAAAUAAAAAUCCAAAGCCUUUGCCACCAUUGAGUCAAUAUCCUACAACAUACUAUUCAACAUUGUAUGACAUGGUCAGUACUAAAAAGAAUAUACAAAAGAAAAACAUGAUGAGGACCCCAACAUGUAUAUGUAUCCUGAGAACAUUGCAUGUUCCUUGAGCCUAUAAGGCUAUCUAUACGUGCCACGAAAUAUACCAUCUUACAAAGUAAUGUCUAUUUGGAAGUGAUUUCAGUAUGCCUCCAGAUUUAGAUAAAUUGUGCAAAUUUACACAUACAUGCUUUUAUUUUCUCUAUUAUCAAAAUAAGGUGAACAAAUAUAAAUAGCAUAAGGUAUUUUAAAUUGAUCAUGGGAGUAAUUCUGUCAUUCAAUGUAAUAAUGUUAUGUUGGUUUUAAGGCUAAUGAAAAAGGCACAGCAAAAAAAUUACAGCUUGUGGAAAUGACAAUAAAAGUUAAGCAGGGCUCUUAGUCAUUCGAUAGUUUCCUAUUUUUACCCCAGAAUACUAUCUCUUUCUCUCUCUCUGCAAUUUUUAUACUUGUUAUAAGAUCGGUUUUAUUUCCAUUAGUGCUUACAUUCCUGUUUUGUUUUGGAAACUUUUGACUGAACAGUGUGAGGCUGUCAUAUGAAAAAUUUUAAGAUUAGGGACUCUGCAUAUAGUAUCUAAACUUGAACAGCACUCAUAGUCAGAUUGUUAAACUUGGAUAUGGAAAUUUAGAAUCUGGAGAUUCAGCAAAUUAAAGAAAAUAUCAGACGUGGAAGCAGGGUUAUUUUAGUAGUUUUUUUUUAUUUUUUUGAUAAUGACAAAACCAACCCUUUUUAGCAAACUGCCUUGUUUUAAAAUGCAAUUGUUUUUCUUACUGACUUUAAAUUAUUGUAUUGCUCGAGGAAAAUGUUCAGUUGAUGCACUGAAUUUAGUUCUGAAUUAAGUCUGCUAAGAAACGUAGCCAUUGUCCAUUUGUGCAAUUUCUUAAUCUGAGGGAGAUUGUGAAUAGGGUUCCAAUGAAUGCAUUGAAGAAGAAUGCACUUUGUGUUUCUGUAACACAACACUAAACCCAUAAGAUUGGUUUGGUACCCUGCAAUGUAAAAUGCUACAUGUAUAUAUUUCACUUGAAGUGUGCAAAAAUGAAAUAUGCAUACUAACAUUUUGUGCCAAGUUAAGUAUUAAUGGAAACUUAUAACUCUGAAAACAGCCUUGACCGAGCAAUUUGAUGUUGUAUUAACUAUAAAAAUUGUAUCAAGGGGCGGUGCCGAUGCAAAUGGCAGCAUUCUGCUAGAGCUCCACACCAGCAGGACCUCAUUAAGCUAACAAAAGCAGCAGUUCCCCCUAUUUUUACCCCCAAACGAUCGCCAAGCCGCCCAUCACGACGAACGAACACACCGACAUGGGAGGCAGCAGAAAAUCUAAACAGAGCUCCGCGGUAGCGCCGAUCUUUCGCAAUCGCAGGGAGGGAGACCCGCCACGUGCGGACGAGAGCCAAGAUUACGACUCAGAUUCUGCGGCCGGCGACAUGAACCACCAAACCUAUGCAACUCCCAUCACCAGGGAUGACCUUCAUACCCUCCUGCAGGAUAUUAAACUGAACAUGGCAGCAGAAUUUAACAAGCAUUUGGGCCCCAAUAAAGGCAGGCCUUAGUGACCUCGUGCAGUGCACAAACCUCAUGGAGGAGAGGUUGGACCACACCACAGACAGGUCCGACGCAAUAAGUCUUGGUGUAACAACAUCAGGCUAAGGGGAAUCCCUGAAUCCAUUGAAAUGGACACCCUUUCCUCCACCCUAUGAGAGACAUUCUGCAGAGGCACCGCCUGCGGAACUACUCCUGGAUAGGGCCCACAGGAUGUUGCGGGCCCCAUCUAUGAACAUGGCUCAGCCGUAAGAUGUAUUUGUCCGGCUGCACUACUUCUAUGUCAAGGAAGCAAUAAUGAGAGCUGCCCAGGACUCUCCACUCAUAAUUGAAGGACAUCAACUCCAAUUUUUCAAGACCUUGCCCCCAGCACUUUACGCAAGAGAAGGGAGUUACGUCCCCUUACUCCGGAAUUAACUCGACGACGGAUCCCCUACUCCUGGGGACACCCAUUUAAACUAACAGUACGCAGGAACUAUCAAAUGCAUACGCUUCAUGACAUUGCUUACGCCGGAGCAUUUGACGGACGACUUGGCUUACCCUGCAUCGACACCAACGCUGCCAGACCACCCACCAGGGCUCCGAGAGGGCCUCUAUCCAGGAGCGAUGAAGCAGGGCCGACUGGCGAGCCACUUGCACCUCCUCGGGACUGACCUAGUCAAGCACACCUGCACGCAUGCUAAACCAGGGGCUCAUGUCUCCACCCUGAGCUCCAAGCACCAUUCAUACCCACUUGCAUGGACACCUGAUGAUCCACCUAUCCAGAACACUUGCUGACCCGAACACUCAUGGCAGCCCACCUGGAAUGCACCACAAUAAGCUAAGAUAUACAAGUCUUCUUUCCUAGCUCUGACAUAUCUCUUGAUUAUCCAUGUUGCAUAUGUUCUGUUUAGCACCAUUAUAGGCAUAAGCUCCAGCCCAUUACCUCUAAUCCACCUGCAGCUCACUUCCCCCAACUGACCACCACAUGGGGUGAUAGCAGGGCCAUCACCAAAGACCUAAACAUAGCCUGACCCAAGCAAAGAACACAGUCACUAAACCCAUCCCCCCCCCCUCAGGUCAUUCAUGGUCCCACCCCAGAGCAUUGAAGCCCGAGGAGAGCACAGGGCCCGUGACUCCUCGGAGCACGCUGGGCCUCCCCCUGCCCCGUUGCCAAGAGGGGGGUGGGAUGGAGCGGGGUGACGCCGACUAGUAACUUCCCUCUUUAUCCCUACCCUAAACAAACCACCUACCCCUACCCAGGCCCCUCGACUUUCUCCCUACAACCUCGCCGCCCCAUCCUGCCCCUCCCCUUACCUUAUCCCCUAAAUUGCGAACUGCACUCCGGAACGCACACUAGGACAACCACCCCGGCACUAACACUACUACCAUGCCCCUCACCAUUAAUGCCAAGGGACUGAAUACACCCACUAAAAGACACGGACUGCUACACUGUGCUCACAGACAACACAUAGACCUCUUACUACUCCAAGAAACACACUUCACAUCAAGUCGCUCAUUCCCUCUUACUAACCGAUACUAUAAACAGAGCUUCCUCGCAAACUCCCUCGAUACUAAGACAAAAAGGGUAGCAAUCAUACUGAAAUCAACAUGCCCUCAACUGACAUCACAUACGCCGCAGACCCCAAAGACGCUAUGUAACAGUGGGGAAAAAAUAGGUCACAUGGAUUAUGCCUUCUGCUCGGUCUAUUCGCCGACUGUCCUGGAUGGCAACAACUGGCAACCCACCUUCAGGCAUACUCCAACAAACACAUCAUCAUAGGUGGAGAAUGCAACGCAGUACAUUUACCUGCGAUGUUCACUUUGCCCAAUUCCUGGCCGCACAAACUCUGAUAGACAUAUGGAGAGCACCAACACCCCUCAAAACGAGACUUCACUUUCUACUCGCAUCCACUCUUUUAGCUUUAGCACUUGCUUUAUAUCAUUUAGGUGGCACUAUGAGCACUUAUUAUUUAAGCUUUAUUGAUGUUCUAAUAGGGACAGUCGGUUCAGAUGGGCACCAGCCUUUUGCGGUGCUGAGGUACAUUAGGGAUAGACUUCUCAAGGUCUUUGAUCACUAUUCCCUAGGUCUACCAUAAGCUUCUAUUUAGUGGUGUGUGUUGGGCUUUAGCUUUUUCGUCCACAACGGACCGCUUAUAAAUAAGAUACUUACCAUAGCCAGCACACACUUUUAUGUCUAUUUGACCUUUGGGAUUGUGACUGGGUCAAUAAAGGAUCAUAGCCCUCCCUACAAUUCUAAGACUAUUGUGAUAUGCUAAGCAGCCUUGAUUCCUUAUGUGUGCGUCUAAUUCUCCAAUAAUUUGCUGCACUCGCUGUAUACUUAGCUACCUCUGCUAUUGAGGCACUCUCUCCGACCAAGAGGAGACUGAUAGGGAUAAUCCUUAGGGGAUAUACUAUACCCCCAUUUUUGUUUCUUCCCUUACCUGUACACCAAUACUUUGGUGUCUGUUUUUUAUCCCCUAGUGGACAUUUUUGGUAGGCCCAGUCCUCCGUAUUUUUUUUUUUAUGUUUUAAUUUCUAGUUUAAAUAAAGGUAGGAUCUUCUUCCCUUUGUAACAUAUUUCCUAUUGUACAUACAUCCAUUAUCUCCUCUACUGUGCUCUCCCUCAUGGGUCCCUGAUCUCCUGGGUAACUCAUUGAGAUUUUUUAAUUCUAUUUUUGUAUAUUUAAGAGUUAAGCCCUAUCAUUUAGAGAGCACAGUUUAGGCGACCAUUCUCCUUUUUGAUUCAGGGGUCACCACUUUAUCAUUAUGUCUUUGUUAUGACACAACCAAAGCCCUCAUGUGGCUUAAACAGAAGUAUUAUGAAAAAGGAAACAAAGCGGACUCAAUGCUAGACCGCAGGCUCAAAAAACGCAGGGAAACCAAACAAAUCACCUCAAUACAAACAAGGGAUGGAUCUCUCAGCUACACCCCUGAGUGCAUAGGCAAAACAUUUAAACACUACUUCGACGCCCUAUACAACCAUUCUCCGCACCUACAACGAGAAUCUGUAGUCCAUCAGACCCUCAUUGAUAACCUAUUUCUACGUAUCACACUCCCAACCCUACGCCAAGUAUCCAAACUGGCGAUGGCGAACGACACCAUGGUAGAAGAAAUGGCAGCCGCCCUAGGGACCUGUAAACUUAAUAAAAGCCCAGGCCCCAAUGGCUAUACCGCCCUUUAUUAUAAGGAAUUUAGCCCCUUGUUUCUCAAACACCUAUGCACAGUGUUUAAUGCCUCGCUAAGAGGGGAACACUUGGCAACCGACAUGACUACAGCAAACAUUUGCCUGCUCCCCAAAUCCAAUAAAGACCACACAGAACCCGAACACUACAGACCCAUAUCGUUACUAAACGUGGACCGUAAAAUCAUGGCCAACAGACUUAACCCUUACUUGGAAGGAUUGAUCCAUCCUGAUCAGGUUGGCUUCAUCCAUCACAGACAGGCCUCCUACAACACAUGCAGAAACUAAGACCUCAUCGGGCUGGCGCUACAUUGUCGAAUACCUAUAGUCGUCAUAUCGUUAGAUGCCGAAAAGGCAUUCGACCGCCUUUCUCUACUGCACCCUAGACCGCAUGGGAUUCUCAAAGGAAUUCCUCUCCUUACUCCAAGCGACUUACCAUUACCCACACAGAGCCCUCUUUCUACCCAACAUCACACCACCUAGGUUUCCAAUCACCAACGGCACCCAACAGGGCUGCCCACUCUCGCCCCUCUUGUUCACCCUUUCCCUGGAGCCUCUGCUCCAUUAAAAUGAAUCUCCUCCCUAGACUCCUCUACCUCGUCCAAACUCUCACUAUCUCAUUCCAUAGAGCAGAUCUAAAAGCCCUACAAUCGGCCAUAGAUACCUUCAUAUGGAAGGGCCGCAAGCCCCAAGUAAGCAGUAACACCCUCUAUGUCCCCAAAAAAUACGGAGGACUGGGCCUACCAAAUUUCUCUCACUACAACUCAGCAGCACAAUUAGUCCAGAUUCAACAGUGGCACUCCCCACCACAAACUAAACGAUGGGUCGACCUCAAACACAUAAUAUUUGGAUGGGACCACCCAUCCCUUACAUUAUUCACAACUAACUGGACCUUCAUCAGGUGUGCUUCCCAGUCCACCCUGUGAAUUACAUCACCAAGGGAGGCAGCUGCAUACUCUCUGUAGGGCCAAAGUAUUCUAUUCAUCAUAUGCGGAAAGGGGGCCGGUGCACCAUGCAACCUGAAUGGCAGUACUUUAUGUUGCCAUAACCCCUCGGGAGUAGAAAACGCUGUCCUUCACUUUGCUUUCUCUGUCAGGGGAACCUGCAAAUACCCUAUGAUCACGUCCAAGGUACUCAGAUACCUGACCUUACUUAUUCGCUCUUGCGUUUGAGCUACACGUUCCAUAGUGGCUUUAUUAAGAGGAGGUUCUACCUCAUUACCCAGGCACUCCAAGGGUGUCUUGUUCAGUACCAAAUUCAUGAUCCCUUAUCCCAAUGCUCCCUACAGGGGGCAAUCUGCAAAACCUCAGUAAGGGCAGCUUUAUGCUCCUGCUGAGCGUCCCUCAGGUUCUUAACCUGUGCAGCCAGUAAACGGUUGGUGUUUUGUUGUUUAGCGGUUGCCUGUACCACAGCCUUCAGCAGGUCCUCCAUUAUAGCACCAAGCAGGUAACAGGCCUUUACGUUGUUAAUAUUGGGUAAAGGUUCCACAGGAAUAGGCCUUCCGUUGUUAUUAAUGUAAAUGAAGAAGGGCAUUUUCAACACCUCCUGAUUUUUAUCAUAUGGAAGUAGAAUCUAGCUUCAUGGCCAAAUAUUAGAAUAUCUGUAGCAUAAGUGUGAGCAGCACAUUUCAUUAGGAUGUACACCCAGGAGUAUUUUUUAGAAGGCUGUGUGUCAGAGGUUACUUUGUUUUGCGUGGGUGUGGGGUGGCUGUAAAUGUUGUAUCUGUGUGUGAUAUGUGUGAGGCUGUGUGAAUAUGAGAGUGAUAUAUUUUUUGGUAGCUUUUAGUGAUGUAUGCGGCAGUGCGUGGUGUGUGUGUGCCCGUGCGUGAAUAGUGAGUGGGGCAAGUGGGAUGGGAGUGAUAAGAAUGGGGAGUGAAAGUUAGGCGUGGGAGUGAUAGGAUUGAGGAUGGAAGAAAUGGUUGGGAGUGAUGGGAGGUUGUGGAGAAGGAGGGAAAGCAGGUUGAGGAAAAUGGGAGUGAUCAGAGGAUUGGGAGAGAGGGCGGGAUGUGACUGAAAUGAUAGGAGUACGGGAGGGAUGGCUGGAAGUAAUGGGAAAGAUGGUUUGGUGUAAUAGCAUUAAAAGACAGAGAUAGCUUUGGAAUGGUAGGAAGAUGGGUUGAGAGGGAUAGGAGGAGAGAGGAUGGAAGGGACGGGUGAAAGUGAUAGGAUGGAAUGGGUCAGAGUCAGGGGCAGUUCUCUAAUUAAGCGACUUAGGCGGCUGCCUAAGGCCUUGUGCUGACUGGGGCCUCUCGGCCACCUAAAUCCCCUAAAGGCUGACUGAGCUGUUGGGUCCUUGGUCCAUGACCGAGGGCCCGACAUAGGAGGGGGUCCUGGAGACCUUCUCUGUAUGUCGCUGGGUGUGAGGCCCCUCCAUCCAGUCUGCCAAUAGAGGGAGAGAGACAGCACUGCAGUCAGUCUGCAGUUCUGCCAGGUGCAGAGCUUAAGACUUAAGUGUCUCGCGAUCUCCAGCCAUUCAGAGCGUUGCUUGCAGCAUUGGAUACAUAGAGUUAGUCUCUGUAUUUAUCGUUCAGAGGCUUGCAUUGUUGCGACUCGCUGUGCCCCUGCGUUAUGAGCUCUCUGACUGUAGUUAUGACAUAAUUUGCAAUAAACAAAUAUUAAUUUGUAAUUAUGCUAAUUGAUCACGAUUGUGGGGUAUGGUUGCAUAGCCUGGCAGUUCUGUGUACAUAAAUGCUGGUGUGAAGGGGUUAUUGAAAACAAAACUCUAAAUUUUGGUUGGGCUUAAAAAAAUAAAUCCAUCACAAUGUGUAUUUCUGAGUGUGUCUGGCAUUGUCUACCGGUGUAUGUACCUGAGAGUGUGUGUCUGACAGUGAGUAUCCUUGUGUGUGAAUGUAUGUUUCUGUGAGCUUGUGUAUGUUUGUGUCUGGGACCGUGUAUGUGUGGGGUAGCUGCUUUCGGUCUUGUGUGUACAUCUCAUUUUGAUUAAGUUGUCAUGGUGCCAAAACUGGUUCUUUAAAAUAAAUAAAUUUGGGGGUGCAUCGCUGUUCUGCUUGGUGGGAGCAUGAGGGUAUGCAUGGGCACACCUUGUGCACAUAUCUGACCUACAGGCUGAAAGUAGUGAAAUCUUAAAGAAUGUGACUUUUUUAGGCUCUUAUAUACUUUAAAAAUGGGACAUAAAAACAAAACACAUGGCUAAACUUUAAAGUUGUUGUGUAAAUGGAUGGGCUGUUUUUAAUUUUCUGUAAGUAAUUUAAAGCCGCACUGUUUUGUAUUUUUGGUUUUGUUUUUAAAGCUGUUUUUACUAAUGCUGCUUGUAUCUUUAUUAUCUGCUUUUCAUUGUGUCAGAUCUCAAUACCUGCACUCUUCCAUUUGUUCCCCUAUGUCCAUGAUGUCUUUAUUUUUUUAAAUAAAUUUUUCAAUAAAGAAAGCCAUGAGAAUUGUCGAUUAUACUAACGUAGUGUACCUAUAAUCUUAAUUUUAAUAAUGACAGGAGGCAAGUAUUUUGCAUGACUUUCUUUACUUAUGCCUCCAGCAGCACAAGUCAAUCAUAAAACUUUAACCAAUCAGAAACAAGUAUCAUAUCCAUAUAAAGCACCGUCAGGCAUAGCUCUUUCUCUUUCUUUGAUGCGAAACAGUCUACAAUAACAUCUGGAACCAUAACGACAAUCUUUAAUAACUUUAAUAACCUUAAAGGACCACUAUAGGCACCCAGACCACUUCAGCUUAAUGAAGUGGUCUGGGUGCCUGGUCCAGCUAGGGUUAACCCUUUUUUAAAAUAAACAUAGCAGUUUCAGAGAAACUGCUAUGUUUUAAAUAGGUUAAUCCAGCCUCUAGUGGCUGUCUCUUGACAGCCGCUAGAGGCGCUUGCGUGCUUCUCACUGUGAAAAUCAGUGAGAAGAUGCAAGCGUCCAUAGGAAAGCAUUGUGAAUGCUUUCCUAUGAGACAGGCUGAAUGCGCGCGCAGCUCCUGCCCCGCAUUCAGCCGAAGAGGAGGAGAGCUCCCCGCCCGGCGCUGAAGAAAGAGGUAAGUUUAACCCCUUCCUCUCCCCAGAGCCCGGCGGGAGGGGGACUCUGAGGAUGGGGGCACCCCCAUGGCACUAUAGUGCCAGGAAAACGAGUAUGUUUUCCUGGCACUAUAGUGGUCCUUUAACUCGAGCUGAAGAGUGAAGUAGUCCAGCUUGUCCAUUUUCGAGGCCAUAAAUGAAGAUUACACUGAAAAGAACAGAAACAAGUGAAAGAUGGUGGAAAUAAAUUGUUAUCCACAUAUUAAUCCUAAAUUAAAUUAACAAUAUUCAAGAAUUUAUAAUAAAACAUAUUCGAAUAGUAUUAAACCAUAUAUCACAUUAAAGGUUUAAGAAUUUAUACCUGAGCAGUAAUACAAUCGUUGACCAUACCAGAAACAUACUUGCAGCUUAAUACACAGUAACAUGAUAAACCGAAACAUAAUGUAAUCCCAAUAUCACCAGAGUUAUAGGGAGGGAAACCCGGGGAGGGAAAAUACUUGCCUCCUGUCAUUAUUAAAAUUAAGAUUACAGGUAUACUACGUUAGCAUAAUCUACAAUAUUACAACAUGACAGGAGGCUUUGUAUUUUGCAUUUUUAAUGCUGUGCCCGAAAAGCAAAGGAUGCAAGUGAAGUCUGACGGAAAUAAAAUUGGCCUGACUGGAGACCGAAGAGAUGCAGUAACCGCAACAUAACAUAGUAGAGUGUUCACCACACAGAGACGAGGAACCUUUUGAGAAAAAACGGACAUGGCAUGGAUGAAGAAUCCAUCUCGGUCCGCCGUGACACCGUGAAGGAAAUGCCUUCUGGAGAUAUCAGGAAACCAUUCGCAUACAAAUAGUUUGAACGUCCGACCCCAAAAGAAGGAAACGCGACAUAAAGGUAGUGUGAACUUCGCCGAGAAUUAACGAAACGAAAGAUCCGAAUUAUCUAGGCAAUCCACGUAGGAAGCGGAGUACUACACCUACGUCCCAUAUAGAGUGUAUUCCGGGACUCUGGGUCCAAAUUAGAUAAGGGACAUACCAAGGGUCCUGACUAACCAGUAUGCCCUGAAGUGGAGAGUGAGCCACCGAGAUCACCUAUCACACCAUGUUGAUGGAAUGGUAGAAAUGACCCAAUAAAAAAAGUGCGAUGAAACUAUAGUGAUAGGUGUCGUAAAGAGAUCGUAGUUCCUCUCCAAACACCAGCAACUCCAAAUGUUCCAUUCGGAGUUUAGCUACGUCUAGUUCCUGGAGUCCAUGAGUCCCAUAAGAGGUUUUUAGUAGAUUGCAAUAUGUCCUUGACUGACCAAGAUCCCCUGAAAGACUCCAGGUCACAAGUUUCAAGCUGUCCUGUAGGAUCAGCGUAUGAGGUUCUCCUUGUGAGUUCGUUAGGAAAAAGAAGAAACCCUGAAAGGAGCAGCAGAUUGUCUUGAUAUAGAGCCAGUCAGUAAAGGAACCACGCUUGAUUCUGCCAAGUGGCAUGAUGAGUAUCAUGGGGAUCCCUGUGAUAUGGAGCCGAUGAAGGACCCGAGCCAACCUCCAUGAAGUGAAGACACAAGGUUGGAGAAAUGUAUCCACUGCUUCGCAUUUUGGGUCCAGAAGUUAGCUGUAGUACCUCGUAGUUUGUGAGUUUGUCCGGAGGUGGAGAGAUCUAUGAGGAACAGUCCUUUGACUGUUCUCCACGUGGCAAAAGUGGCAGAGUUGACCAGUUGCUAAGUUCUACUAUCCUGUCGGGGGGAAGAAAGAUAGUCCGUUGUAAGAUUGGUUAUCCCUGGAAGAAAUUCAGCUUGAAUCGUGAAAUUGCGGGGAAGGCAAAAUCGGUAAAUGGAUCUCAUUGUCUCUGUCAGGGCACAAGAUUGGGCUCCGGCCAGGCGUUUAAUGUAUUGAACGGCCGUGAUACUGCCCAUGCGAAUUUGGAGUCUACUUCAAUCAGACAUGUCCUUGGUUAGGCUGUGGAUUGCAAAGGAUCCCGCUAUCGGUUCCAAUCAAUUUGUGUGAAGGACCCUGUGUGGAAUUAAAGAUGGAUAAGAUCCAUAUAGCGUGUGAUCUCCUCCUUGCAAAUGAUUGGUUCACUCGCCUGGACUUUAAGAACGCAUACAUGACAAUUUCAAUCGGAGGGUCGUCUAUUCAUUAGUUUCAUCUGGCGGGACAGACCUGAAUCAUCUGCUCUCCAAUCGUUCACUAUAACUAGGGAGGGAGGAGGGGAGUCAUCCGAAAUGGUAGUAGAAGGGGAACUAGGUCCUGAGGUUCCACUUGUCAGAUCCGUUGCAGAGUGACCUUGCCUUCGUUCUCAGAGGGCCCGUGUUGGUGCCCUACUAGCGUCGUUUGGACAUAGGUUUUUGGUUUUUAGAGGUCUCAGAACCCAUAACGUUUGUGACAAGUGGCACGUCAAGGCCCGUUAUAUCUGGACAACCCUGUACUAGCAUCUCUGAGAUGGCUGUUACGACCGAAGCUGCAACUGCAGCAUUUAUCCUAGACUGACAUUCUUGAGUUGGAGGCGAGACAUUCAUGAUGUGUGGUAUUCGAACCAUCCAGCCUGCGGAAGGAAGACACAGUUGAGGUACAGAAGUACAAGUGUUAAAACACGCAACAAGCCUCCACAUACAAUUAGAGUUCACCCAGGGUAUCAGGCAAUCAAAGCCCACUGUUGGUGAGGUAGUAUUGACAGGCAGCCAGAAGAGGGGUUCGCCCUCUGUGUGACCAGUAUUAGCGGUGUAUAUGUAAAUGGGGUUGCAGGCCCGUGAAAUUGAAAGUCUUGAGCAGUCCCAAUACCAUGUUAGGGAUUUACCCUUGUUAAGCCCCAAUAAUGUGGUGACUGUACCAUUGAGGGGUUCACCCUCUAUAGAAUGUGUUGUAUCAUGGAGGUGAUGUUAUCACUGUAUGUUUUUUGAAUUGUAGUCUAUAAGUGGUACCAAUAAGGGGGGGUCACCCCUAUUACAGUGCCUCCGUGGGUUUAGAAUGCAUGGGGGUUACCCAAGCGUAAAGGGGGGUCACCCCUAGAAAUCCGUUUGCCACAACUUUGUGGAUGAAUGCAUCGCUUGGGGUUCAUCCCAGCAUUAUGGGGUCACCCCUGUAAUGAUGUACAUAGCAAUUAGUUGGUAAAUGCACAUAUGUUAGUGGGGGGGGUCACCCCUCACCCCUCACCCCUCACCCCUAUUGAUAAUGUCUCAGUAGGUGCACAGUCCAUCUGGGGGUUCACUCCAGGCAACAUACCAUAUGCCCUUUCCCUAUAAUACUGCCUCUGCAGGCGUAUGCUGUCUGGGGGAUCACCCCAGAUCGAAGGGGGUCACCCCUGAAAUAAAAUUGUCGCUAGGAUGUAAAUUGAGCUUGGGUUUUACACCAGUUGAAAGGGGGCCCCACUUGGUAUGUGCGUAAUAAUUAUGUGUAGGGAGUGCACAUAUUUCAGUGGGGGGGUCACCACUGUGUAUAUAGCCUCAGUAGGGAAGUAGUAAGUGUGCAGAUUUACAAGGGGUCCCCCUAGUAUUUUAUAUGCACUGGAAUAGCUGUAGAUACAUUCCCAUCAAGAGGUGACAGAUUUUUUGCACCUUUAAAACUGACACAGGGUAGUUUGUAAUUGUAGAUAACAUGCUUUUACAAGCACAGCACUAAUACAUUAUACUAGCUUUAGCAAAGUAAGUACUUUCAUUUGAGAAAGCAGUAAAUAAAAAAAUAUAUAGCAAAGUAGCACAGAUCAUGUGAACCACACUCCCCCCACCCGCAGAACCUCCCAACCAAGCCCCAGAAAGCCAGAACGACUGCAAAAAAUGUCAAGAUCGCAGCAUCAGCCACGAUCGCGCAAGUGAGAGACUGAUAGAUCCCCUAGGUUAGAGAGCCAGGGGCUCAGACCAGGAGGGAAAGGCUCUGGGGAUGCAAAAAACCUUACCAAAGCAAUGUAAGAGGGGAGGUAAAGCCAGGGGAGGGAGUAGAAAGGGGAAUAAAGAGUACAAUCAAAGAAUAAAUCCAAUUCCAGUAAAAUUAAGUCAAACAACAAUAAAAUGUCACAGAACAAAGUACUCUGACCUGUGCCUGGCUGGAGCAGCAAAUAAAGAGGAAGAGCUAUGCCCGCCAGGGCUUUAUAUGGAUAUGAUACUUGUUUCUGAUUGGUUAAAGUAGUUUGAUUGACUUGUGCUGCUGGAGGCAUAAGUAAAGAAAGUUAUGCAAAACACAAAGCCUCCUAUCAUGUUGUAAAAUUAGGAUGAUAAGAAAUGAAUUAAACUAAUUUAAAAGUAAAACCUGUAAAGUGACAGCGGCACAAUAAUUGGUUAAAAAGUAAGCCUGAUUAAAUAAAUACCUUUCAUUAUUAGCACAUCACAUUGUAUUUCACUGUUCUGUCCAGGGUUCAAAACAAUCAUCUGUUAUAUCUAGGCACUAUGAUCCAUACCAACCUCGAACAGACAUCCUCACGAAAUUUUCUCUCUUUACUGGCCCAAGUUAGACAAGAUCUGCAGAAUUGGUCUCUCCCUCAUAUCAUAUUGGUUUGGAAGGGUAGAGGUCUUGAAAAUGAAUAUUCUCCCACGAUUUCUAUAUCUGCUUAAAACGCUGCCGGUCCACAAACCUCAAGAUUUCUUUAGACAAAUUCAGUGAACCUCCUGGAAUAUGUCUGGCACAACCAGAAAGCCCACGUGAGAUGCAAUAUCCUCACAAGACCCAAAAACAGGAGAGGUUUGGAAAUGCCGGAUCUGGCCACGUAUCAUAAAUUUAUCCAUGGAUAGUUGAUUGGAACAUUGCAUCCCCUGAUAAGCUUUAGAUGCAACGUGAAAACCAGUCCACUGACAUCUGCAUAGUGCAAGUGGUCAUUCAUCCUAAAGUCCUGAAACGCUAUCCCACGAUGCCAGCUACUGGCAGUAUAGAGAAGAGUGGUGGUGGGGUCUGCCAUUUCCUCACCUCUGCCCAUUUCCCCUGGCAAAAACAAAGACACACUUGGUCUCCCUUAUUUUCUCCACCUCAUAGAUGUAUACACGACUGACCAACGAAGCCAUAUAGAGAAUUGAAAUAUAGGUUGAGCACCUUCUCUGUUGGCAUGAUUUUGCUUCCACCAAAUCUCACAUUUUAUAACUCACUUGCCUGGCCUGCCGACGUUGCUUGCCCAGCAACAAACUUUGAAUCAUUUUGUCUACAGACAACUCCACCCUCACAAGUGAUCUCCCUUCUAUACUCAAACACGAUCUCCCCUUCCAUAUUAUACGAGACACUGGGAACCCAACCUAAAACACUCAUUUGUCUUGGAAGAAUAGUUCAACGUAUUGACGCUAACACAAAAAAAGAGCAACAGGUGUCAGGAAUCUGUUUUUAAACUUCUCACACAUUGGCACAAAACCUCUGAUAAAAAAGCCAGGUAGGCGCAUGAUCAGGGUCCUGAAUGUUGGUGAUGUUGGAGGGAGCUCAGCUCAUUGUUCCAUUUAUGGUGGGAUUCUUCUCAGAUACAACCCAUUUGGAAACAGGUACACGCUGUUAUAUCCACUCUCACAGACAAACCCAUGGAGUUUUGGAGGCAGAGUUCCGCACCCACGGUCAGACAUUGGAUUACAGAGUGGAAGAUACAUGUUCUAUAGAGGAAUUCAUUGGCUCACCCCCCUCCCGCCCUGUUGUUUUCUUUUGUUCUCUCUCUCUCUUAUACCACCUUUCUUAUUCCAUACAAUCGACCCCCCCUCACCAUUAUUUUUACUUCAUACAUACAAUUCUUGUAUAAGUACAAACCCCAAAACAAAAAUUCUCAAUAUAUUUUAAAAAAGGUGUGUGUGUGUGUGUGUGUGUGUGUGUAUGUAUGUAUAUGUGUGUGUGUGUGUGUGUAUAUAUGUGUGUGUGUAUAUAUAUAUAUAUAUGUGUGUGUGUGUGUGUGUGUGUGUGUGUGUGUGUGUGUGUGUAUAUAUAUAUAUAAUACACAAGAGCCAGCCCCCUCUUAUAUAUAUAUAUAUAUAUAUAUAUAUAUAUAUAUAUAUAUAUAUAUAUAUAUAUAUAUACAGACACAAAAAUAGAUAGCUUGGCACUCACCCUGUCUCUCAUUAAAUAAAUCUUGGUGCAAUCCCACGUUAUAGAAUAUAUAUAGAGAAAUAAGAGACGCACCCUCAGGACUUUACUAUAAAUCCAUUGGUAUUUAUUAAAUAAAUAAAAAGGUUACAUCAUCUGACCGACGUUUCGACCCUACAGGGUCUUCCGGUUUCGUCUAAUCAUUGAGCGACUCUAGCAGUGAUUGUAGUUCUUUCCGGUUGCAACAACCGUAUAGCAGGUAAUGUUCAAUACUUGCCAGGGUACACUCAAUCUUGUCCUGAGGGAGUUUAGCCUGCAUGUGUAUCGUGUCUAGUUGGAUCCCCAAAAAUUGCAUGUUGGUAUCUGGACCCAAACUCUUGUGAGGGGUGACAGGGAUAGUGCGAGAUUCAAACAAAGCCAACAUGUGUUUCAAACUACUGGGGGAGAGUGUGUUAUUCUCAAUCGUGAGGAAAUCGUCCAGAUAGUGAAUAACCGAAGGGCACUUACACACAUUCAGUAACAACCAACACAAAGCUUCUGCAAACGUGUCAAAAAUACGUGGGCUGCUUUUGGAGCCAAAAGUGAGACGGGUGAAGAAAUAAUACAUCCCCUGCCAUUUAAUGCUGUGUAGAUGCCAUAGGAAAGUGUGCAUGGGUAGUAAUUUAAAAGCGUUUACCACGUCAGUUUUGCUUAGCCAUGCCCCUGUGCCAGCUUGAAGAAUGGCCCCAAUGGCAUGGUCGAUAGUGGCGUAGUGUAGUGAAAAUUCUUUGGAAGGUAUGAGUGUGUUAAGGCUGGGAACAGUGGAGGAAUGUGGUGCAGAUUGUAGCGGAGGCCUGGUAUUUCACAGGUUAACUCCACCAAGAUCCCAGUGAGGCAGGAUCCCAGGAACAAGUGAUGAAAAAUCCCAUGAAUAAAUCCCAUGAAGCAAUAAUUCCAAUAAGCAAGGCAAUCCAAGAAUAUCCCCAUACAGAUCCCAAUGGCUGGACGACACACAGCAUCAGGAGCAGAACUGACUUUUAUUACACACAACCUCCUUUUAAGCAUUUCUCCCAUGCAAGGGAGGGAUUCACAUUCAUUAGGACAGUACCCAAUGGCAUAGUAGUUACCUCCCACCCAUCUCUUCCCCUUAGUAUGACACCUAAUCCCAUUAUACAAGACACAGUUUUCCCCAAGUUCUGGAUGUACCCCAAGAUUAGCAGGUCCACCCAUACCAACAUAUCCAAAAUUCACCCAGAUCAGACCAGGGGUUCGGGAGCUAGGUGUCUGUUCGGGAGGUAAAAUACAUAGAAAUACAUGCCAUCCACGAUUAAACAGUCAUUCGCCUGAAUGCCCUUGUUUGGUACUCCAAAUUCACCGAACGGGGUGCUGAUUCGUCUUCCCGUUCGGGAGUUUUGGAGAUCUGGAGGUGUCAGGAAAAGAAUGCAUGAACAGCUGAAUCAUACGAAAUGAGUGCAUACACUAAGUGUCGUUCGAAUACCGAAAAAGAUAUAUAUAGUAGAAUGCACGAAGUGAAACAUGCGAAGCAUAGGUGGAUAUGUGUACUAGAAUUAGCCGAACGGCCUGAGUGGUUGAAAUACAUGACAGAAAACCAAACGCUCAGUAUAAACGAAUGGAGCCCCGCCGUGAAAGGUAGCAAUGUUUGCGGCUGUUGCUUUAUGGCGGGGCCAGACUUUCGGUUGAACCCGGUGUUGGAGCUGAGAACGGUCUGCGCGGACGCCAGCAACGGGUAGCCGAGCCAGGGAAGCACCGGACCAGGAGACCACGAGGAAGACAGGUAAGAAAAAAGUAAACGUUUCAGACUCGCCAGACCAGCAACGGUAAGGUGGGAGUGGAUUGGCAGAGGGGGGAACCAAGCCCCUCCCACAACUACAGGCCAAGCCUUCAAAUAUAUAAAAUUAACCCCUGCACUCCAACCAAAAUUCUUUUUACAUACCCGGUGCUCUGGUUGCUCAAUAAUAUAAAAUGAAAAAAUACCAGCACUCCAAGGAUUUUCAAUAAGGCAUCUUCUUUAUUCUGAGAAAUACAUCAACGUUUCAGCUCCCCUAAGGAGCUUUCAUCAGGACAUAUAUAUAUUAUUUACUUUCCCCACAAUACAGUUUCUAUUGACCAACUUUAAAAUUAUACUUUUCAUGGGUAGUUAAGGUUAUGUUUAGAUGCAUUUCUGGGGAAGGGGGGGCCUUGACCGCCAUGAUGAACCGAUGCUUGGAAAGAGGGCUACUCACCUAAAUUGCCCUAAUUUUUCCAAAAAUAUCGAUACUACUGUGCAAACAACUUCUGAAGCUAUCUAGCCGUGUAUGGGAAACCUUGGAUCCCUGUCGGUGCAUUUAUACAACUCGCUGCAGUGGAGCUCCGAUCCUAUGUAAUUGUAACCUAGUGUGGUCCUGACUGUGAGUGGCGGCCGACCUCCUCAGUUGAAUUCCGCAGGCUGAACUGCGGCAGAGCCCCAUAUUUUCCACACCACCCCCUUGGACCAGUGGGUAUUAACCUAGUCCUCACCUAUACGCUGGUUCACUCUACUCAGGCAGCAGUAUACUGAAUGUUUAGCCUCAAGAUGGCUUCCAUAGGGGUUAGUGGCAGAUCUGCUAGAGAGAUGGAGGGGAGACCUUCUGUUUAAAAUGUAACCAUGUAUGUGCACAAUUCUGGCUCCUUAUCCAGACCAGGGCAACACAAGGCAACUAACCAGCUGAACUGGUGAUCCCUUGAGAUGCUGACAAGGUGCAGAAGGGGCUUCUCCCUGAACACAGUCCACAAACCAGAGAGAACCUCUCUCAACAGGGUCCAGAGUCCUGCCCAAAAUUCUGCCAUGAUUACAUGGAUCAGUGGACUCUGUGCCAUUUCAAAUAGUUUACACUGCUGCACAUUAGAUUUAUUUUAUUCCAUUUUACAUAUCCGUGCCUGAUGCUGUUGCACAUAUUCUGGGUAUACUAUAAAUCUCUACAUGAAUUCUAGAGCUCCUGCUGAGUGGAAGGUUUUCACCUUUUAUUCGUCUGCGCGAGAUAUGACUAAAUACUAUUCGCUAUCCUUGUGGUGUUUUUUUUGAGGGUGUGGGGGGUCACAUCCUGUAUUAUUAUUAUUAUUAUUAUUAUUAUUAUCAUCAUCAUUAUUUUAUUAUUAUUUAUAAAGCACCAGCAAAUUCGGUAGCACUGUACUGUACUAACACACGUAAUUGUAAUCAGAUAUGAACCAAGGGGUUAAGAGCCCUGCUCAGCAUUGUUAGCUAUAUUACUUGCUAGUUUAAUUAUUUUUCCCAUGGAACACUUUGACAUAAUGUAUCAACAUCGUUUUUUUGUAUGUGCCGUUGUUGUAUCUGUGUGUCAAUGUGUAUCUGUGUGUGCAUGUAUCUUGUACACAGAUAUACACACACUGGCACACAGACACACAUAACUUGAUACACAGAUGCACACACUCAGAUAUACACAUUGACACAGUGUCAAAUAUACACACUGACAUACACACACAUACACACACGGAGGCACAUACAAACACACCGAUAUACUCUGGCACACACAUGCUGACAUACACACACACUCAGAUACACACAGUGACACAUACACAAACCUUGACACACAGAUACACACACAGACACACAUACAAACACAUGCACUCUUGCUGACAAGCACACAUACACACUCACUGACAAAACACAUACAUACACUCACUGACAAAACACAUACAUACACUCACUGACAUACACACAGCCAAUGACAAACACACAUACACACUCACUGACAAACACACAUACAAACUCCUUAACAGACACACACACACGAUUUAUUUAAUCUUUUUAAAUUUCACAAAAACCAGCCUCCCUGCCUUUGGGAGUGCUGGCAUGGAGUCUCUAUUUCCCUGGGGUCCAGUGGGGCUGCUGGGCUGAGUAACUGGCGUGUGGGCGGCGAGGGAGCAGUGAUUUUCCUGCUCAGCUCCCUCGCGCGUCUUAGUGGAGCUGGAGUGACGUCAUAUUCCAGGUCCGGCAUCACUGCUGUGCGCUCAAGGGAGCUGAGUAGGGCAGAGUGCUCCCUCGCCGACUGCCUCAAUUAUCGCAGGGGCCAUUUUGUUUCCCGAAAUUUUGACGGAACCACAUUUUGUUCUCGCAAAACCCAAUUGGGAAACACUGCUCUAUUGCAAGGAUAAGCAACCUUUUAGUAGUACUGUGCCAAAACAAGAUUAUUUUGAAGUCCCUUGGCAUGCUGGUCCUAUUAAUUUUUUUUCUAUUUAUUUUUUAAAUGUUGUCAUAUUCUGCUUGUGUUUAUGGUUGCUGAAGUUGCUUUGUAGCGUUGUAUUUGUCCGUAUGUAGAGUGGAAUAUUGUAUAUGUUCAUAAGUAGUUUGUUUUAUUGUGUAUGAUAUCUAUGAAUGUGGGCUAUGUAUGGAGACUGCUUGUGAAAUUGUGUGAAUGAUAUGUCACUUGAUAUCUGGGGUUGCUGGUGGUAUUGCAUGUGAGAGGCUGCUUGUGGAAUUGUGUGCGUGUAUGUUGAUUGUCAGUGGUGUUGUGUUUGUGGGGACUAUACGUGGGCUGUUUGUAUUAAUUUUAUAAGGGGAAGCUUCUUCUGCAGCUCUGUGUAUAUCUAGCAGUGUGGUUGGCUUCCCUUGAGUCCAGUGGGGACCGGGGUGGCCAGUUACAGGUCAAAGGCAGAAGCUGCGAUAGCUGCUGCGGGCUGUUCUACUCCAGUGCGGAUACCCGUUCACAAGUGCUCAGAGGAAGUUUUUUAAAUUAACUUCUCUAAGUGCUGCAAUGCGUUGAGGAUUGUCCCUCACCAUCUGCUAUCACUGCUCAGUUUGCACUAGCAGAUAUCUGAAGUCCCACUGGGACUCCGGAUAGACGAGAGCAUGUUUGGCUCUGGGAGCCUGCCAUAGGUUGCUGACCCCUGCUCUGUUGUAUAAUCAUAGUUUAAUUCAAGUUAUAUCUAGUUUCUUAUGCUUAUUAUUCAUGUAUCACGCGCAUCAAUGUUUUCCUAUGGGGAUUCCGGCGAUGCUGGAGUCCUCAUGCAUGGCGUGAGAACGUCCAGCGUUGUUUAGGCGACCAAAAGUCUGAUAAGAAGCCAGAAGUCCUUCUAGUGGCUGUCUGGUAGACAGCCACUAGAGGAGGACUUAACCCUGCAAGGUAAUGAUUGCAGGUUAUAAAAAGGGUUAAGGGUGAUGGGAGUUUGCACCCAGACCACUUCAAUGUACUGAAGUCUGGGUGCCUACAGUGUCCCUUUAAUAUUUUGUAAAUGUAAAGACCAGUAUUCUGAGCAAAUGCUGCCUCUUUAGUUUAGCUCCACUGAGCUAACCAAACCAGGAAGUAACAAGACCUGUUGUCUAAUUGCAAGCCAGUAGCAGUGUUACCAGGUUAAUUUAUAUAAAUGUCAAGUACUAUUAAAAUCUGGAAUUUUUGCAAAAUCUAAAAGACACACUUUUCACACUCAACACUUUUCAGGAGUUUUCUUGUCUGGAGUUUCAUUUUAACUCUUGAGGUGGACAUUAGAUGAAUUUCAAAGUGCCUCUAAUCACGUGGAUAUAUCUGAAGUACAGUUAAUUUGGCACCCCUGCAUUAAAACACCAAGAUUGCAUGCAAACACAAUCCUGAACUGAAACACCAUUACUUUAAAUACACCCCUGCAUUCAAAUGCACACACACUACACAAACACAUCCCUACAUUCAAAUGGCAACAGUACACACAAACACAAAACUGUGUUUAAAUGGCAAAAUACACACAAAUCCGCCUUAAAAUUUUUUUUUUUAUUGUUUUAAUGAAUUGCAUUUGAUAUUAUGUGAAGUUGUUCUUCGUUAGUGCUCUUUUUCUUGUUUGUGCAUGCGUGUGUGUGUAUAUAAAUUUUUUUGCAUUCGGCCCUAUUUAAGUGGGCAGUUUGGCCUUCCAGAACAAAUUAAUUUAACACCCCUGCUCUAAGGGAAUUUUUAAAAAAAUACUCAAAUAUUGGUUUACAUUGCAGGGUUAAAACUACAGGGCCGCUUCACCCAGACCACUUCUUUGAGAUGAAGUGGUCCGGGUGACUUUAGUGGUCCUUUUCAGAUGUCACGAGUAAAUAUUCUUGGCUAAUUGGAUCACUUUUAUUAAAAUAUUGCUAAACGGUUACUGUCCAUUUUCAAUAACAAUCAUGAUGUAGACAUCCAAAGAUGUUUAGGGACAGUGUAAUGUUGCAAAAUACACACUGGGCAUGCUAAAAUAAUCUAUUGCCUGAGAAAAUAUCCACAUAUCUAGGAAGUAAUUAAGAAUCAUUCAAUUUAAAAACUAUAUAGAUGCAGUUUCUAUGUUAACUAUAAAGUGGCAGGAAAUCUUUAGCCAUGACUAGCCCACCUGUUUCUUUUUCGUCGGAUAUGUGUAGUGCUGCAAAGUGCUGCAGUAUACAAAUGCCAAUAGUAAUAAAAAUUGUACAGCACUCUGUAGUGUCAUUCCUUAAAAGGCAUGAAUGAAACAACUGUGCAAAUUAGUAAAAAAAAAAGUAGUGAAAGCUACUUUUUAUCCCAUAUAUUGGUUGUCCGUAUCUUCCCCCUGUUUUUUCGCGUGUUUUGCCCCGGUUAUUUCGUGUGGUUCUUCUUUGGCCAUUCGGGAGACUUCAUAUGAACUGAAUCCAUUUGUCUCCCGAACAAGGACCACCCCUGUAUCCCAUUAGAACGUGAACACCAACCACCUAAGUGCGAAACCGCAAGGGAAACAAUUAAUGAGUGCUUCUCCUGGGUGGCCGCCAUUUUGUAUAAUUGAACAUGUGGCUUGGAGAAUAGCAGCCGUCUUGUCUCCCGAACGAGGGCAGCAUUACUUGGUCGUCGAGUGCUUGAAACUAUUUUCGGCUUGGCACUCGCAUGAACACUGGUAAACUGUCGACCGGUGCCCGUUCCUGUUCCUAACCACUUACAUGAACGGCGUUCGGGAGAUAUAAAGUACUGAACAGGGAGAGCAUUCGUAUCGUGAAAACACAGGUUUUCGCACAGGAACCUCAUGAACAGAGACCGGCCAGGGCACCUAUUCUCCUGGAAGUAUUUUCCGCUACCACCUUGUGUCUGGCAUUCAAAUCUUCCACACAAUGCCAUUCCCAUUCUACCAAACCGAGUGAUUCUUGGAUAUGUUGGUCACUUAGAUCGGGGCUAUCAGGGAAUAUACUUUUUGUGGGGUUCCUAUGCAUGGUUGAGGGAUUUUUGGGGUACGGGAUAUUUUUGGGAUUUUUUGUACCUGGGAGAUAAUUUAAAAUGGAGGAAUUUACUCAGGCAAUUAUCUCUCAGGCACAAGGGAUCCUGGGAUUAAAACCCUUGCCUGUGAGACCCCUUGCAUGUGAGAUGGCAUAAAAGCCGUGUAUGUGUUAAUAAAAUUCAGUUUUACCCCAAGAGCUGAGUGUCGUUCAGUUGCUGGGGAUGAGGUGGAGGUUUCUUGGUUAUUUUUGCUGUGCCUGACUUUUCCAUUGGAUUGUUUUACUUGUUCCUGAGUGUAAUUUGGAGUAACCAGCUGAGGAGAGUCUCUGCUAGGACAAGGGCUCAGUUACAGGGAUAUUGGCAAAUUGCAACACUUAUGAGCAACAAAAUAAAGCGAGACUACUUGCACCAUAGCCUAUGAAAGGAGCACAAAUAUUUAAGGUACAUGGUGCAUCCUUUCAAAUGAGGGGUGUUUUAUUACAGCUCCCAUAUUUCUCAGUAAGCCAUAGACUGGCAGAUCAAUGUAGUAAAAUGUGCCUAAAACAUCUGGGGCACAGUUUGAAACCCCUAUUUUAUAAAUGUUUUCUUCAUUCAACUGAAUUGAAUUAUUGGUAAAUUAAACGGUUAUUAACCUACUUGAUUUGAACUGUUGCACAUUUUCAGUUUGUGUUUUGUAAGUUUGAUUAACUAUAUCCACACAAAUCGUAUUAGUUUUUUUUUUUAUCUAUUAAUAUUUAUCUUUUUUCUAUUUGCAGUCAUUUCAAGGCAGUCAAGGUCGAGCAUAUCUAUUCAAUUCUGUGUGAGUAUUGCUUUUUUUGUAGCCAUAUUUUGCAUUCAGCAAUGAAAACUUUAUUUUCGGCUGCACGGAAUAUCAGUUUUCAGUGGUUUUCUUACAAAUGUUAGCUAAGGCUAUAUGAGAGUAGCAGCUCUGUUCCUUGAGCUAUCAAUAUGACUCAGCCAAAAUGUUCAGUGAAUGCAGAAUUACAGCCACGAAAUUCAGAAAGAGCAAUUCUUUAAUCUACUGGUAUUUGUACAUGACCUCUGGAUCACUCUGAAAAGACAGCUAUUUAAGAAGGCAGCAUAAUGACCUGAAUGUGUGAACGUGGAAAUUGUAUAAGUGCCUUGUGUUCACAGUUGCACAGAGGUGUAUUCGCUCCAUGAUUCUUGCAUUCAUACUGGAGGUGAUUAUUCAUUAAUGUCCCAACAGUCAUCACCUAUGAAUUCAUUCAUGCGAACCUGGAUAUAACAUAAGUGUGCUUUCUCAACACUGUGUACCAGAUCUUUUGCCAACUGAGAAUUUGCUGUCUUCAUAAAACAUUCCAUAAACCACAUCUGAGUGCAACUAGCUUGGUAGACUUUGGAGACUUGCCUUAACACAGCUUUGAACUUUUUUUUUUUUUUUACGGUCACCCUAUAGCUAAGAUUCUUUGAUUUGUAAAAUAGACUGAUAUAUUGUAAUGUAUUUCAGUACUGCAUGGGUAAGGUAUCAUACACAUUCCACUGGAUGACUUAUAAUAUCGGUAUAUGUCUUUACAAAUUCUAGCCAUUCCACUUAUCGUGGAACUGAAUUAGGAGCAAUUAAUCUGUCUUUUGCUGCCAAGGAAUGGGCUACUAAUUAACAUACAAAUGCCACAAGUUCUUUGCUAAUAUAUAUAUAUAUUAUUUUUUUUUGGAGGGGUGUAAUCUAGCCUUUUGGCUUUACGUAGUACUUGUCACUGCAAUCCUUUUAUUAAGACCGUAACAUACAACUUUUCAGGGACUAUUCUGUCUAUUGUCAAGUCAUCAUAUAAAGAUUGUGCAACCAUUAGGAAGGGAACAUCCCAUGAUUUGAACAGGUGUGACUACCAAGUGAAGAUUCACAUGACACCGUAUCUAUGGUAACACUAUUACACCAUGGUCAUCUGACCCUUUGUUGGUCAUGUGAUCUAUCUAAUAAAAGCAAAGUAAACACAGAGUAUAUUAUUUGCAAAAUAGUGCAUAAUGUCAUGAACAGUACAAUGUAAUAUAUUAAAAUUAAAAACACAAAUAUAAAUAUAAGCCUUGGCGGAUCUACAGAAAAGUAUACACGCGGAUAAAGCCACGACAUUACAGGCUUGGUUGGCCGCAUGGUCUCCCUGGAGGCCUCAUCAAACAAUAAAGACACAAAGAUCACUGCCCUGGAGAGAACGGUGCAAGCAUUGCAACAACAAAAGCUCUCUGAACACAAGUAUGCGGCUCUUGAGGAUGAGAGGUGACACAACAACCUGAAAAUUAGAGGCAUACCAGAGGAUGUACCAGCCGCAGAACCUCUACACUUGCUGCGGAGGCUCCUGGAGGCCAUACUGACCCCAAAACAAGCCAAGCUAAUCACACCAAAAGGCAUAUUCCGCGUCCAGAAACCACAGAAGGCACCAGAGGCUAGUGGUACGCUUUUGUAGCCAGAGAGACAAGGCUGCGGUACAGACAACCCUCAAAGGGACUUCUCCUUAUACAUUCAAGAGCAUGUCCCUCUCCUUUUAUGCCGACCUAUCGGGAAGCACACAACAGUGGCGAAGAACCCUUCAACUAUUUACCAAAAUACUCCGGGACCGGGAUCACUUGCAAAUGGCGUUCCGCUCGCACUCUAUUGAUCUCACAAAGGGACUCCUCCUUUGCCAUCCGCGAUCUACAUGAAGCAACAGGCCUUAUGUGACCCUUUGGCCUCCCACUGGACUCUCUGCAACAGUCCGGACCACAGCAAACCGCCACUACCUCAGCCAGAUGGAAUCUGGCGAAUUUCGUCCCUGGGAGGGUCAACACGGAUGCCUAAGCAGCAGCUACAUCCUGAGCCCGUACAGGCAGAUCAGACCAAGCAUACACACCGCAGUUAGGACGUUUAUAACCAUGUUUAUUUGUUCCCUCUACUUUAGUUUUAUAUGUUACACAACUUAAAUGCUUGAUGUGUGCCCUACGGGGCAGUGAUACUACACGUCCCCCUCUCAGGUGAGUUGACCAUUCAUCCAUCACUUCUCUCCCCACCUCGCCUCACGGCAAGCAUGCUCUUAGAUGAAAUGGUCCGACUGGACCAAGAGGCGUAAAACCACACUCCGCAAAACCCUUCCAUCCUGGUCCCAAGGCCCUUACUCCUUAGGUAACAGGUUUUCUUUUUACUCACUAUUCUACCAGCCUGCGCACGCAGUACCCACAUUUCCUACCAUCGGGAUUAAGCAGAAGGCAGGCUUGCCAUCCAGGAAUGCAUAAGCACAUGCACUAUGCCGUAGCUGUAACUUUCCCACCCGACAAUUAUACACCUGAUUAACUGUACAUGCUUAUAAUAGAGAUGUUAUGUUGUUAUUUUUUUAAGCUGUUCUAUGGUUGGUACACUCACAAGUUUCACACUGGGCAGGGUACGAUACUGUAGCACUCCAGGCAACCGAGACCAGUGAUUCCAAAGUUAUUUUAGACUAAAUCUCUAAAACUAUUCCAGGUGGACAUACCAUUACAAACCGUGUGUCAUCACUAGCUUAAUCCAUGUUAGAUUGUUGGGCCUAUGGAUGGACACACCAUGCCCUACUACGUCAUUUUUAUAUCUAAAAAAAAGUGCAAAUCUAUUUUCUGGAUGAUGUAUGGUCAUAUCCUGAAAUUGACCUUUUACUAUGUUCAUGCAAGCCUGUCUAUUUAACAUGCACUGCAAAAUAAAGAAUUCAAAAAUCAAAUAUAAAUAUCUGGAAUUCCAUAUGAAAAUACAAUAUUCUAAAAUGGUACUAUAUGGUAAUACGUACUCUUAAUACGGAAUAUGUUUCAAACUAAAAUACAAAAACAUUUUCAAGCGAACAUACAAAAUGUCACCACCAAAUAGUAGAGCCCCAAAGCCACUGAGUAGGCUCUCUGAUUCCAGAUGAAGGCGCUAUAAUACAAUAAAUAAUCUAAUAAGUAAAAAAAUUUUUACAAAAUCAUUCAAAUUACAAAAAAUAGAAGAAUCUAAUUCCCUAUACUUCUCCAGGGCUCAGCUGAUUGGCUUUGAUCGUCUGCUGAUUGAGACAAUCAGUAGCUCCCUUUUCGCAAAACAACUUUAGAAACAUACAUCCGUUUCUCAAGCUAUCUUUUAUAAAUAUGCUGCUACUGAUUGGCUUACAGCGUCCUAGUUAGUUAAAGGCUUCAGUUUUGAACAUUUUCAGAAAGCAGAUGUUGGAGGGAGCAGAGCAAAACUGGAGAGGAGACUUUGGGUUAGACAAUUCGGCAACGGUUUGGGCUAGACAAUUCGGCAACCUCCUGGCAACAUAACGUUAUUUUGAUGGCUUUAUUAUGGUGCGUAGAAUGUUCCUUUUUAUGUAUCAUUUAAAAUAAAAAAAUAAAAAAAACAGGGCAGCUGUAGUGGGAUUUUGGAAUUACCAGUGACUAGAAAAAGUAACAGAGCUGUUUUAAUACUUAUGUCAUUAGCAUUUGCUUAGUAAAUCACUUGUGAGAUCUGUAUGAUAAUAAGAAGCCCCUGUAGCAGAGUCAACAGUGCAACCUUGUGCUGCUGAAUAGAUGGGUUUGUAACAAGAUAUUGUCUUUCUCAUAAGAAGCAAUAAUGGCAUUCUCUUCCAAUAAACAUAAAGAAGAGUUGCUCCCCAUACUACAUACAUAACACCCUCUGUUGACAAGUAAAGAGUACAUAUAUUUGACAAUCAUUCCAAUGGCUGGUAAAAAUGCCAAAUAUAAUAUAUACGGUAUCUCACAAAAGUGAGUACACCCCUCACAUUUUUGUGAAUAUUUUAUUAUAUCUUUUCAUGUGAAAAGAACUGAAGAAAUAAGAACUGACACUCUGCAUCAGUGUAAAGUAGUAAGUGUAUAGCCUGUAUAACAGUGUAAAUUUGCUGUCCCCUCAAAAUAACUAAACACACAGCCAUUAAUGUCUAAACCAUUGGCAACAAAAGUGUGUAAACCAUUAUUUUCCAGCAGUGCCUUAACCCUCAUGGGCAUGGAAUUCACCAGAGCUUCACAAGUUGCCACUGGAGUCCUCUUCCACUCCUCCAUGACGACAUAACGGAGCUGGUGGAUGUUAGAGACCGUGCGCACUACACUAUUGGAUCGUCUUUGUUGUUUAUAUUUUCCAUGUUCAUCUCUGAAUCAAGACUCCUCUAAAGAUUAGAAGAUUCAGUCUCUUAUUGGACUUUCUACUUCCAAAUACUUACCGGAACCUGAAAGAGAAAUAUACCAAGUACUGUCACUAUCAUCCACUUAUUUGAACUUUUUAAAGUAUAUCAAGAAUUUGGACUAUUUUCUUUUAUAUAUAUUUGUUAUAUAUAUUUAUUAAAUCCCCUUUUCUUUAUACAUAUUAUCCUUCUUUUACGUUUAAAGUGUUUUCCAUAUUUAUCCCUUUUUCAUUUGAUAUUCAUGUAGCGCAACCUAUUAUUCUUGUUUUUGUCAUUUCUCUUUUGAGGACUUCAGAGGGAACCUCAUACUUAUAGGCUGCAGCUUCCCACUUGACCACAUCACACAGCGCUGAUCCACUUUCUACCCAUAGACAUCGAUGGACUGACAUACUACACUGGCCCUGUUAUUUUACCAUGUGAUCUGGACAGAUUAACUACAAUGCUACAUUGUGUGUACAACUCCCUUUCACUAUACUUUUUUUUUUUUUUUUCUUAAGUCUUUAUUUUGGUAGUGCAUUAUUCAGUACAUGAGUUAACAUAAAAAUGUUAUUGGGUUGCAGUAUAAGGUGUCACAAGUAAUAGCAUUGUAGAUGUUAGGAUUGCUGCACUUUUUUUUGACAAGAAUUAUUAACGACAUAGUUGUGUUCAGUGCUUGAGAAGGGAAACGAGUAUACCGCCAUAUGCUGCUUGCUAACUAUGAUUACAUGAGUCAAACUGGGCAAUGCCACGAGGAGCCCCACACAGCGUGCCAGUGGAUAGGUAAUCUAAGACAUAGAUGGACAUAUAUUCAAGAUGAGGUUGCUUAUACAGGGAGUGCAGAAUUAUUAGGCAAAUGAGUAUUUUGACCACAUCAUCCUCUUUAUGCAUGUUGUCUUACUCCAAGCUGUAUAGGCUCGAAGCCUACUACCAAUUAAGCAUAUUAGGUGAUGUGCAUCUCUGUAAUGAGAAGGGGUGUGGUCUAAUGACAUCAACACCCUAUAUCAGGUGUGCAUAAUUAUUAGGCAACUUCCUUUCCUUGGCAAAAUGGGUCAAAAGAAGGACUUGACAGGCUCAGAAAAGUCAAAAAUAGUGAGAUAUCUUGCAGAGGGAUGCAGCACUCUUAAAAUUGCAAAGCUUCUGAAGCGUGAUCAUCAAACAAUCAAGCGUUUCAUUCAAAAUAGUCAACAGGGUCGCAAGAAGCGUGUGGAAAACCAAGGCGCAAAAUAACUGCCUAUGAACUGAGAAAAGUCAAGCGUGCAGCUGCCACGAUGCCACUUGCCACCAGUUUGGCCAUAUUUCAGAGCUGCAACAUCACUGGAGUGCCCAAAAGCACAAGGUGUGCAAUACUCAGAGACAUGGCCAAGGUAAGAAAGGCUGAAAGACGACCACCACUGAACAAGACACACAAGCUGAAACGCCAAGACUGGGCCAAGAAAUAUCUCAAGACUGAUUUUUCUAAGGUUUUAUGGACUGAUGAAAUGAGAGUGAGUCUUGAUGGGCCAGAUGGAUGGGCCCGUGGCUGGAUUGGUAAAGGGCAGAGAGCUCCAGUCCCACUCAGACGCCAGCAAGGUGGAGGUGGAGUACUGGUUUGGGCUGGUAUCAUCAAAGAUGAGCUUGUGGGGCCUUUUCGGGUUGAGGAUGGAGUCAAGCUCAACUCCCAGUCCUACUGCCAGUUCCUGGAAGACAACUUCUUCAAGCAGUGGUACAGGAAGAAGUCUGCAUCCUUCAAGAAAAACAUGAUUUUCAGGCAGGACAAUGCUCCAUCACACGCUUCCAAGUACUCCACAGCGUGGCUGGCAAGAAAAGGUAUAAAAGAAGAAAAUCUAAUGACAUGGCCUCCUUGUUCACCUGAUCUGAACCCCAUUGAGAACCUGUGGUCCAUCAUCAAAUGUGAGAUUUACAAGGAGGGAAAACAGUACACCUCUGAACAGUGUCUGGGAGGCUGUGGUUGCUGCUGCACGCAAUGUUGAUGGUGAACAGAUCAAAACACUGACAGAAUCCAUGGAUGGUAGGCUUUUGAGUGUCCUUGCAAAGAAAGGUGGCUAUAUUGGUCACUGACUUGUUUUUGUUUUGUUUUUGAAUGUCAGAAAUGUAUAUUUGUGAAUGUUGAGAUGUUAUAUUGGUUUCACUGGUAAUAAUAAAUAAUUGAAAUGGGUAUAUUUGUUUUUUGUUAAGUUGCCUAAUAAUUAUGCACAGUAAUAGUCACCUGCACACACAGAUAUCCCCCUAACAUAGCUAUAACUAAAAACUACUUCCAAAAAUAUUCAGCUUUGAUAUUAAUGAGUUUUUUGGGUUCAUUGAGAACAUGGUUGUUGUUCAUUAAUAAAAUUAAUCCUCAAAAAUACAACUUGCCUAAUAAUUCUGCACUCCCUGUAUAUGACAUAGACUAGUAGUUAGACUAGCAGUUAGGGAAAAGCCUAAUUGAUAUUGCGGUAUAACAUGCUGUAGUAAAUAUCAGUAAGUGAAACCUCCGUUGCCAGGCCUGUCCAUAUGUAUGCCACAGUCUGUAGAGUGCUGCAGUGUCAGUCUAUUUUAUGGUAAUUUGUCUGAGGUUGGGAUCAGCCAUCCCCAGUGGGUGAUGAGGCAGGAGGGACCGUGCAUGAGGGUCUCGAAAUAUAGGUAAGUGGCCUCUUCAAUCAACCUUUCUCCAGACCCGACCUCAGGGAUUCUGAAUGGAUUAGACUUCCGUGGGCUCCGUUCGCCGUCUCUGCUCUCCAGCUCCAGCCCUAGCCCACUCUUCAUGCGACCUGAAGGCAGUAUCGUGUGCGGGCUUGUUAGGUAGGGGCGAUGUUCAGCAGACUGUUUCUGUCCGCAGGCAGGCGUAGUUGUGUUGUCUUGUGCAGGUCGUAAUGCCGCCAUUUUGGUGGUCAGGCGCGUGGUGCACAACUCCAGGUAGGCUUGGUGUUAGGCCUUUUUGGGGCAGUAAUUCCCUCCGAUGGGGACAGGGAUAACUCCCCCCCCAUCCAUGGGGGGGAGGCGAGGCGCAUCGCUAGGCUGUUGCGUGGUAGCCAGGUUCACAAACAGGACGGUGGCCGGCCGUCCCGCUCUCUACCCUCUUAGGCCACGGUCCCCAAAGUCUCAUUUCGCUCGCAGGGGGCUCCAAGACUCCCGUUUUCGGGGACCGCGGUGGCUCCAGCUUCUGCCCGGAUACAUGAGACGGCUUUUGGUCACCCAGAUUGCUGUAAUUCUUGAGUUGUAUGCCACAGGGGACCAAGUGUGUCAGGAGCCUCUCCGGCCUGCGACCGGUCAGCAUGGCGGUUGGGCCCCCCUAUACUUUUUAAAACAAAAAUAUGCACGUUGGAAAGCUAUUCAAAGAGUAUUUACAGUAUUUGAGGUAAUACCUAUACAAAUAGAACAAAGCUACAUUUCAUCGUGGACUUGAGCUGUUUGUAUUGGAAAAAGCCAGAACUACCACACAAUCAAGUAAGAGUAGACUGAAUGUCCAACAUACACACAAAUCAGGUGAUCAAAUAUCCAUGGGAAAAAAAUAUAUAUAAAAUGUAAUAUAUGUUAUACCUCUAAAGGUGCCUAUUUGGGGCUACAGUCGUUCUUUCCUACCCUGGUUUCCCUUUCCUUUUGGGCUUGUAAUAUUUAUGGCUGUAUGAUGGUGCCGUUGAACUUCUGGAUAAAUACUUUAGACAUCGGUGGAGUUUCUCAGACAGAUUUUAUGACCAUGAAGUGUGGGGCAGUUGUGUCAAACAAAACAGUUCUGUACGUUCUUAUGUAUGUUGACUUUACAGAUAUUUAUUUAUGACACGUACAUGUACCAUUCCUCCCUCAGUUGAUGGCUGGCACCAACAUUUACUGUAUCAUCAUAAAUUCUCAAACCGUGGGUAUUGACCAGGAUUUAUUUCCUAAACGUUGAAGUUAUUUAGCAGGAUAUAGAGUGAAUAAUUAAAGUUGGACUGUCAGUUCUCUGGAAAUUAUACCAUUGAACCAGCAUUGAAGAUAAUGUAUAACUUGUGUUAAAGGGUUACUUCAAUCACUAUGACACUUCAGCAAUAUGAAGUGGUAAUGGUACCUGGAGUCUAUAUGUCGCAGUUUUAUUGCAACAGUUUUUUCGCAAUAAACAGCUGCACGUUGACAGUUUAAUCCCCUUUCUGCCAGAAGGUUCUUCGGGGCAUCUUUAGCCAACCUGCAAGGUCUAGGUUGACUAAUGUCAAUUCUGUGCAUAUCUCUAUGUAGAGCUGUAUCCAUUGGCUACAGCGGUAGCAGACACUCUAAGCCAACGAAUAGCUUAUGGGAUCAGCAUCCCAUAUCAUAUCAGAUCUGGAGGAGGAUGCACAGAGGACUAUCUGUUACCAAGAAAUGGCUCUAUGGUACUCCAAAAAAAAACAAACCUUAAACCUUUUUUUUGCACAAUACUCUUUUUUUGAUAUUGAAAUGUAUAUUAAAUAUUUAGCAGUUGCAUGUGAGGAGUAGAGUGAAAUAUUGUUCUUCUCUUCCUCUCCUAUCAGAAUUCAAAAUUUCCACUAUUCUGCUCUGUUAUGUAUUGUAGGCAAUUAGAAACAAAAAGAUCAGCCUAUGUGUUUAUACUUAAUUGUGCGAUUCCUAUGACUUAUCCUAACCCCAUUCGCUACUGUUGAGAAAGUAAAACUGCUAGUAGUAACUUAAGAAAUAAACAGUGCUGCUAUUUGUAUUUGGGAGGAGGAGGGACAGUGAGAAGGAGAGUCCUGGCGCCCUUGAAAAUCAGGUGAUAUUGUUUACGGUUAAUAACAUUUAGCAACAUGAAAACAUGGGAGCAGAAUGAUUGCAAAAAUGAAAAUGAUGAAAAGCAGAAAACCGAAAGGUGUGGAGUGCAAAAAAAAAGAGCUAUACUAACGCAUGUCUUUAACCCCUUAAGGACCAAACUUCUGGAAUAAAAGGAAAUCAUGACAUGUCACACAUGUCAUGUGUCCUUAAGGGUUAAGGCUCCUGCUUAGAGACUUUUCUGUAGGUCAUCAGCGUGUCUCAAUAAGAAGCAUUGGAUUGGACCUUAGAUCAUCCAGAUUGAUGAUCUUUAUUGAGGAACGGUGACUGCAGCAUGUAGACUGGGAUGGCGUUGGAUUAUCGGUAUGUUUACCAGUAUAAAUGCUAAGUAAUUAAUAAGCUAACAUUUAAAGUCUGCUUUAGCGGAUAUGAGUAUAUCCUCUCACUUGGCACUUUUUUGCUUCUCGUGUAAUAAUUGAAAUUUUAGGAAUCAAUAAAAAGGUAAUGUUUAGUAAUGUUUAAUUGUGUCUCUCUGCAGUGUUAACGUUGGUUGUGGUCCUGCAGAAGAACGUGUUUUACUCACUGGGCUUCAUGCGGUAGCAGAUAUCUACUGUGAAAACUGCAAAACAACACUGGGCUGGAAAUAUGUAAGUAUUUUCUCGACAGCAUGCGCCAGUAGUAUGAAAGCACAACUUUUACAGUGCAUUUAAAAUUAAUAUACCCGGUGCGAUACUUGCUAGUAUACCCCACCCCUCCCCACCACCUGAUAGAGGUGAAAAAGAUAUGCCAACAUCAUGUACAUGUAAAAUGGGCUUUCAUUCAUUUCUCGAUGAAGUGCCUCCUCUUCUUUUGUAAGUCCUAAAUUUUGUAAAUCAUGCCAUUCUAGCUUUCGUAUCUAGAUCAGUGCUAAAUCCGCUCUUCAGUAAAUCGAACAGUUCCAACUGAGCUAAUAAAAAACUGUCCUUUGUUCAUUUUAAAAAUAUGAACUUUUGUUUUCAGGAGGCAGUUGAGGUUUGCUUUUGUUUUAGUUUCUCCAGCAAACUAUAGUGCAAUCGGCAGAAUAGCAAAUAUUUGGCUCAUCGAAAGCCUUGAUUUUAGUUUUAAUCAAUAACUCAGUUUUUUCCUUUUAUUUUUCUAUUAGGAACAUGCAUUUGAAAGCAGCCAGAAGUAUAAAGAAGGAAAAUACAUAAUUGAAUUAGCUCACAUGAUCAAGGAUAAUGGGUGGGAUUGA